AUGUCAACACAGGCACCAACAUUUACACAGCCUCUGCAAAGCGGUGUGGCACUAGAGGGUAGUGCUGCAACGUUUGAGGCUCAAGUUAGUGGUAAUCCAGUUCCCGAGGUGAGCUGGUUCCGUGAUGGCCAGGUUCUUUCCGCUGCCGCUCUGCCCGGCGCACAGAUCUCGUUCAGCGAUGGCCGCGCUGUUCUGAUGAUCCCUGCUGUGACAGCCGCGCACAGUGGAAGAUUUUCUGUGAGAGCCACCAAUGGUGCUGGACAAGCCACCAGCAACGCUGAACUUCUUGUUACAGCGGAGACCGCGCAGCCCAACUUUAUUCAGAGACUUCAGAGUAUGACCGUGAGACAAGGAAGCCAAGUGAGACUGGAUGUUCGUGUUGCAGGAAUCCCUACACCUGUGGUAAAGUUCUACAGAGAGGGAGCUGAGAUACAGAGCUCUGCUGACUUUCAGAUUGUUCAAGAAGGAGACCUUUACAGUUUGUUGAUUGCCGAAGCCUUCCCAGAGGAUUCUGGAACUUACUCUGUAAAUGCUUCAAACAGCAGUGGACGGGCUACCUCCACUGCUGAACUACUGGUUCAAGGGGGAGAAACUGUGCCUGCCAAGAAGUCCAAAACUGUUGUGUCAGCCUCCUCUCAGACCAGAGUUGAGACAAGGAGUAUGGAUGCUCGUUUUGAAUCCUCAUCCAUGCAAAUGCAUGUUGAAGGUGGUGUAGUGAGCCACCAAGCACACAUGACCCCACCACGUGUGCCUCCAAAGCCAACCUCAACCUCCAAGUCCCCAGCACCUCCAUCUCUUGCAGCCAGGGUUGCAGGGGGACGUCAUCAGUCACCAUCACCUGUGAGACGUGUCAAGGUGCCCACUCCGGCCCCUGUCAGGCCUGUAUCCCCCUCAUCAAGACUGUCUGUGUCCCCAAUCAGACCAGUUAAAUCCCCACUGACCACACGGAAAAAGGUAGCCCAUGGUCCUAAUGUCCCCCCACCAUGGAAGCAGGGAGACUUGGUGGAAGGUUCCAGCAGCUAUUCCAGCAGCAGGACUUCUAGUGCCACCCAUGCCCAGGCCUCCAUGUCUGCCACCCAUGCCCAGGCCUCCAUGUCUGCCACCCAUGCCCAGGCCUCCAUGUCUGCCACCCAUGCCCAGGCCUCCAUGUCUGCCACCCAUGCCCAGGCCUCCAUGUCUGCCACCCAUGCCCAGGCCUCCAUGUCUGCCACCCAGGUUCACAUGGAGCAGCACUGGGAGGGCUCUUAUGGAUCGCAAAUGACUGGUGCCGCUGUAUCUGGUGUCGCUGUGAGAGAGGAGGCACAGCAUGAGGUGGAUGAUAAAAGCAUUGCUGUAGCUACUGUGGUAGCAGCUGUGGACCAAGCUUGCAGCCGCAAGUCUGCUGGUUAUACACCAGAGCCGGUGCCAGAGCCGGUGCCAGAGCCGGUGCCAGAGCCGGUGCCGGUUGAGGGUGGGAAAAAAGCGGAGGCAAAGGCUACAGUUGUUGCUGCUGUUGACCAAGCACGUGUUCGGAAGCCAAUGCAUGGAGAGAAGGGUCAUGCUGGAGAGGAAACUUAUGAAUCUGAUUUAAAACAGCAGUCAAUGCUGUCUACCACUGAGCAACAAGUCACAAUACAAAGAGGUACAGAAACUACUAUCGCCCACGUGGAUGCAGCUCCUGCGCCAUCCCCAAUUCCACAUUUCACAGUUUCAAAAGUUAUGGUUCCUGAACCUGACCAUAGCUAUGAGGUAAGCAUAGCAGGUUCUGCUAUUGCCACACUGCAGAAAGAGUUAUCCUCUACCUCUGCACAUGUUGCUCAAAAGAUGAUUUCGACAAUCAGAUUAAUUCUUAACUUGCGUCCAUUUCACCCAUGUUUCACCACUCCUAAAGUCAUAAUUGUUGAGACUGCAGCAGUCCCAUCCCAUGCAGAAGAGCCAGUUGUGCCACCUACUCUUGUAGCUGGCUUGAACAACGUGACUGUGACUGAGGGUGAAUCUGUGACUCUGGAAUGUCAGAUCACUGGUCACCCUGCCCCUGGCAUCAUGUGGUUCAGAGAGGACUACAGAAUUGAGAGCUCCAUUGACUUCCAGAUCACUUAUGAGAGUAAAUGUGCCCGUCUGGUCAUCCGCGAGACCUUCGUAGAAGACAGCGGUCGCUUCACUUGCACUGCUACUAGCGAGGCUGGAACCAUCAGUACAUCCUGCUACCUGCUUGUCAAAGUAACUGAGGAGAUUGAGACCAGGGAAGAGAUGACACAAGAGAUGACACAGCAGGAAAUGAUGACACAGCAGAGAACUGUCACUAUCUUUGCUGUUGAAGCAAAGGAGGAGACCAUGUCGGAGGUGAAUGUCACCACCGCAGGAUCACCAGUAGAUACUGCAGAUGCUGUCGCUCCCUUCUUUGUCAAGAAGCCAACUGUGCAGAAGUUGGUGGAGGGCGGAAGAGUUGUCUUUGAGUGCCAGAUCGGAGGCAGCCACAAGCCCAACAUUAUCUGGAAGAAGACUGGAGUGCCCCUUACUACAGGAUACAGAUAUAAAGUGCACUACAAUAAGGAGAGUGGAGUGUGUAAAUUGGAGAUCUCCAUGACGUUUGCUGAUGAUGCUGGAGAGUACUCCAUCUUUGUCAAGAACCCUCUUGGAGAAGAGUCUGCCUCAGCCAGUCUGCUGGAGGAAGGGGAAUACGAAGAAUACAUGAAGAAACAUGAAAUUACCUAUAAUACUGAAGUGACUACGGUGCAGGCGAAUGUUUCCCCUGUUGUUGUGAGCGAAUAUGACGACCAGAAGUGCAUCCAGAGAAUGGCACAGAUGCAAAGCUUUGUUAGAACUCAGGAACUCCAGAUUUCUUCCUUUGAGGAGAGGAUCAUCCACGAGAUUGAGGUCCGCAUCCUGCAGAUUACAUACCAACAGAUUGUGACUGAGGAUCGGGAAGAGAUGGUGACUUGUGCAGACCGUGAGGCUGUACAGUCAGCCUUUGCCACUCCAGUUAAAAACUACAGCAUCAUGGAAGGAAUGGGGGUCACUUUCCACUGCAAAAUGGCAGGAACUCCACUACCCAAGAUCGUAUGGUAUAAAGAUGGCAAGCGUAUCCAUCAUGGCGGCCGUUACCAGAUGGAGAGUCUUCAGGAUGGUAGAGCCAGCCUGCGUCUUCCUGUGGUGCUGCCAGAAGAUGAAGGUGUUUACACAGCAUUUGCCAGCAACAUGAAGGGAAAUUCUGUGAGCUCUGGGAAACUGUAUGUGGAGCCCACUGCCAUUGCAGUAGCUCAGCGUUACACACCUGAACCUCAGGCAAUGCAGAGAAUUAGGUCUCAGUCCCCAAGAUCUCUGAGUCGUUCUCCCGGACGCUCUACAAGCCGCUCUCCCGGGCGUUCUCCCGGACGCUCUACAAGCCGCUCUCCUGCCCGCUCUCCUGCAAGCAGGCUUGAUGACACUGAUGAGAGUCAGCUGGAAAGACUAUACAAGCCUGUGUUUGUCUUGAAGCCACAGUCAUUCAAGUGUGCUGAAGGGCAGACUGCCAGAUUUGACCUGAAAGUAGUUGGUAGACCCAUGCCUGACACUUUCUGGUUCCACAAUGGACACCAAGUUGUCAAUGAUUACACCCACAAGAUAGUGGUGAAGGAAGAUGGAACUCAGUCACUGAUUGUGGUUCCAGCCACGCCCCAUGACUCUGGGGAGUGGACGGUAGUUGCUCAAAACAGAGCUGGGAAAAGCUCUGUGUCCAUAACACUUACAGUUGAUGCCAAAGAGAACCUGGUCAGACCCCAGUUUAUUGAGAAGCUGAAGAACGUCAGUGUCAAGAAAGGCACUCUGGUUGAGUUGGCUGUCAAAGCCAUCGGAAACCCCCUGCCUGACAUUGUUUGGCUGAAAAACAGUGACAUCAUCUCCCCACAGAAGCACCCAAAUAUUAAGAUUGAGGGCCUCAAGGGACAAGCCAAAUUCUAUAUCCCACAAUCUGUGAGUUCUGAUAGUGCCUGGUACACAGCCACAGCCAUUAACAAAGCUGGAAGAGAUACCACUCGCUGCAGGGUCAACAUUGAAGUGGAUGUUGCUGCACCUGCACCGGAGAGGAGACUCAUUAUCACCAAGGGAACCUACAAGGCCAAGGAAAUUGCAGCUCCAGAGUUGGAAUCUCUGCAUCUACGUUAUGGCCAAGAGCAGUGGGAGGAGGCUGACCUAUAUGACAAGGUCAAGCAGCAGAAACCGCAGUUUAAGAAGAAGCUGACUUCCGUCAGGAUGAAGCAUUCUGGUGCUGUCCACUUUGAAUGCAGACUGACCCCUAUUGGUGACCCCACUAUGGUUGUUGAGUGGUUACUUGAUGGCAAACCCCUUGCAGCUGCUAACAGAUUGCGCAUGGUUAAUGAAUUUGGCUACUGUAGUCUUGACUUUGAAGUUGCCUAUGCCAGAGACAGUGGUGUUAUCACCUGCAGAGCCACUAACAAAUUUGGAGUUGACCAGACCUCAGCUACACUCAUUGUAAAGGAUGAGAAGAGCCUUGUUGAGGAGGGCAAGAGGGAAAUAUACAGAAUUGAUGAGAUGGAGCGCAUGGCUCACGAAGGAGGUCCUUCUGGAGUCACUGCAGAUGAGUAUUCAGAGAAGUCAAAGCCUGAAAUUGUCCUUCUUCCCGAGCCAGCAAGAGUGUUGGAAGGUGACAUUGCAAGAUUCCGUUGCAGAGUGAUUGGUUAUCCUAUGCCUAAGGUCAACUGGUACCUCAAUAAGCAGCUCAUUCGAAAGAGCAAGAGAAUGAGACUUCGCUAUGAUGGCAUUUACUAUCUUGAGAUUAUCGAUAUCAAGUUAUAUGAUGCAGGAUAUGUCAAAGUGGUAGCAGAGAACCCUGAGGGCACAGCUGAGCAUCUGGUGAAGAUAGAGAUCACACAGAAAGAGGACUUCAGAUCUAUUCUCCGUCGCAUUCCUGAACCAAAGGCACAUGACACUACUGAACAUGAAAGAAUUAGCUUUGAAGUUGUGAAGGUUGACAGAUCUGCUGAUGCCCAACCAAAGGAAGUUGUCAAACUGAGGAAGACUGAAAGAGUCAUUCAUGAGAAGUCCACAGAGGAGACAGAUGAGUUGAAGAGCAAAUUUAAGCGCAGGACAGAGGAAGGAUAUUAUGAAGCCAUCACUGCUAUGGAGCUCAAGUCUCGUAAGAAGGAUGAGUCCUAUGAGGACAUGCUUAGGAAGAGGAAGGAAGAACUGCUUCACCAUCAGAAAAUGUUGUCUGAGGCUAAGAACAAGAAAGACUUGGAGGAGGGAAAACUCACCAUCCCCACAAUCAAACCAGAGAAAGUACAGCUCUCUCCCAGCAUGGAAGCUCCAAAGAUCUUGGAACGCAUUGCAAGCCAGACCGUGUCUCAGACCGAGGAAGUUCGCUUCAGAGUCAGAGUUGUUGGCAAACCGGAACCUGAGUGCCAGUGGUUCAAGAAUGGAAUCCUACUGGAGAAGACAGAUCGUAUUUACUGGUUCUGGCCUGAAGACCACGUAUGUGAAUUAGUGGUCAGAGAUGUCACAGCAGAAGACUCUGCUAGCAUCAUGGUCAAAGCCAUAAACAUUGCUGGAGAGGCUUCAAGCCAGGCACUCCUGCUGGUGCAAGGUAAGACAGUUAUUAACUUUGCUCAACAACUAGAGGAUGUGGAAGCUAAAGAGAAGGACACCAUGGCGACCUUUGAGUGUGAGACCAAUGAGCCUUUUGUUAAAGUCAAAUGGCUGAUGAACAAUGCAGAGAUUUUCUCUGGAGACAAAUACAGGAUGCACUCAGACAGAAAGGUUCAUUUCCUUUCUGUACUGACCAUCAACAUGAAGGACGAUGCAGAAUACAGUUGUGCUGUUAUUGAAGAUGACCACAUCAGGACCACUGCCAGACUCAAUGUGGAAGGUGCUUCACUGUCAAUCGUGAAGAGGCUGGAGAACAUUGAAGUGCCUGAGACCUACUCUGGGGAGUUUGAGGUAGAAUUGUCUCGAGAGGAUGCUGAAGGUACAUGGUACUUCAAUGACAAGGAAAUCACGCCCAGCAGCAAAUAUGUUACCUCAUCCUGUCGUGGACGCCAUACCUUGUCUGUCAAAGACAUCAAGAAAGAAGAUCAGGGAAAAUAUACAUUCAAAAUUUACGAUAUGCAGACCAGUGCCUCCCUGAAGAUGAAACUGCGCCCUGUGACACUGAUGCAACCCCUCACUGACCUGACAAUCUGCGAGGGUGACAUUGCUCAAUUAGAAGUGCGAUUCUCUCAGGAAAACGUUGAGGGAACAUGGAUGAAGAAUGGCCAAGCAAUCUCCGCUACAAAUCGCAUCCACAUCGUUAUCGACAAACUGGUCCACAAGCUGCUUGUUGAAAAUGUGAGCAGAGAUGAUGCUGCAACAUACUCAUUCUUUGUCCCAACUCAGGAUAUCGCAACCUCUGGGAAGUUGAACAUUCAAACGGUUGAAAUUUUGAGCCCACUCACGGAUGUUACCGCAGUUGAGGGCACCAAGGCUGUUAUUGAGACUAAAAUCUCUGCUGCUGAUGUUACUGUGAAAUGGUACCACAAUGACAAACUUGUGAUGCCCAGUGAGAGAAUCCAGAUGCUUGAAAAGGGUUCCAAACAGCACCUGGUAUUCCACAGGACCUUUGCCUCUGAUGAAGGAACCUACAAGCUAUGUGUUGGCAAAGCUGGCUCGAGCUGUAAACUGACUAUUGAAAAAAUUCAUAUCGUGAAGCAUAUGGAGGAUCAAGUUUGCACAGAGAGCCAGAAUAUAACAUUUAAAGUCGAGGUUUCCCACCCUGGCAUUGCCGCUGUGUGGACAUUCAAGAAACAAGAACUCAAAGCUGGUCCAAAGCACAAGAUUGAGGCCAAGGGCAAGAAUUACAGCCUGACUGUCAUUAACACCAUGAAGGAUGAAGAAGGGCAAUACACAUUCGCUGCUGGUGAACAGACAUCCAGUGCAAAGAUUUCUGUGUCAGGUGGUGCCAUAAACAGACCACUCCAGGACGUGACUGUGGCUGAGUCUCAGACAGCUGAGCUGGAGUGUGAGGUGGCCAACCCAACUGCUGAAGGCAAGUGGCUGAAGGAUGGACAACCUGUGAACUUCAGUGACAAUGUCAAACAUGUGAAAAAUGGAGCUGUCAGACGUCUUGUUAUUACCAUAACUAGACCUCAGGACAUCGGUGAAUACACUUACCAGGUUGCAAACUCCAAGACAACAGCCAUCCUGAGGGUUGAGUCUGUCAAAGUCAAGAAAACCCUGACGAACCAAACUGUCACUGAGACACAGGAGGCAGAGUUCAGUCUGGAGCUCAGCCACAAGAAUGUGAAGGACUCACAAUGGAUUAAGAAUGGUGUAGAGAUCCAACCGAGUGAGAAAUAUCAAAUCACAAUUGAUGGCAUGGUCCACACCUUGAAGAUCAAGAACUGCGACACACGUGAUGAAUCAGUUUAUGGAUUCAAACUUGGAAAACUAUCUGCUAAUGCCAAAUUGAACGUUGAGACAAUUAAGAUUGUUAAGAAGCCUAAAGAUGUGACAUCACUAUUGGAUGCCACUGCCUCUUUUGAGCUGAGCCUGUCUCAUGAUGACAUCCCUAUCAAAUGGAUGUUCAAUAACGUUGAGCUUAAACCAAGUGAAAACAUCAAAAUUCUGUCUGAGAGAAAAGCUCACAAGCUGAUCAUCCAGAAUGUGAAGACUAACAACCAUGGAGAGUACACUGCUGUAGUUGGAAACCUGCAAUGCAGUGCAUCUUUACAUGUUGAAGCUCUGCGUGUCACAAAACCCAUCAAGAACAUUGAGGUCCCAGAGACCCAGGUGGCCACUUUUGAAUGCGAAGUGUCACAUUUCAAUGUCCCAUCCACCUGGCUGAAGAAUGGAGUGGAGAUAGAAAUGAGUGACAAGUUCAGGAUUGUGGUGCAGGGCAAACUUCACCAGCUCAAGAUCAUGAACACUGGCAGUGAAGACUCUGCAGAAUACACCUUUGUCUGUGGAAAUGACAGAGUCUCUGCCACUUUGACUAUCAAUGCCAUUUUGAUCACCAACUUGCUGAAAGAUCUCAGUGCACAGGAGAAAGACACCAUCACAUUUGAAGUGAAUGUCAACUAUGAGGGCAUCACCUACAAGUGGCUGAAGAAUGGUGUUGAGAUUCGCUCCACUGACAGAUGCCAGAGCCGCACCAAACACCUAACUCACUCUCUCACCAUCCGAAAUGUUCAUUUUGGUGAUGGUGCAGAGUACAAGUUUGUGGCUGGUUCUGCUUCGUCAUCAGCAAAGCUUUAUGUUGAUGCUCGCAUUAUUGAAUUCACCAAACAUAUCAAAGAUAUCAAGAUCACAGAGAAGAAGAGGGCAACUUUUGUAUGUGAGAUCUCUGAGCCUAAUGUACAGGUGACGUGGAUGAAAGAUGGACAGGAACUGGACAUUUCCGAAAGAUACACUGUAUCCACUGAGGAAUUCCUGCACCGUCUAAUGAUCCAGUCAGUCUGCAUGUCUGAUGCCGGAGUGUACUCUGUAAUCGCUGGUGCAAGCAUGUCAAAGGCUCAUCUCACCGUGGAGGGCAAAGAUGUCUGCAUUACAGAACCUGCUGAGAAGGAAAUGACGGUUGUUGAGAAACAAAGAACAACGGUCGAGUUUGAAGUCAAUAAGGAUGACAUUGAAGGUCGCUGGCUGAGGAACGGCAUUGAGCUCCAGUUUUCCGUUGAGCAGAGGUUUAGUUAUGUUUGCAUUAGAAAGCUUCAUCGUCUGACCAUCACUGAGACCUGUAGAAGUGAUGCAGGAGAAUACACCUUCAUCGCUGGCAGGAACAGGAGGGUGGUGACACUUCAUGUCAAUAUUCCCGAGCCACCUCAGAUCAUUAACCACAUUUGUGAGGUCAAGAAUGAAGGUGGUGUUGCCACCAGUUCAGCUGCACUGAAUGUCGAAGUCUCAGAAGUAGUUUCUCCUGAUAUUGGAGCUCCUCUGUCCCCACCUACCAUGGUAUCACCAAUCAGCAACACCUCAACCACUGAGGGAGAGUCAGCCAGAUUCCAGUGCAAAGUUUCUGGAGAAGCUCUGAAGAUAUCCUGGUUCAGUGGUGAGAAGGAAAUUAAGCAGUCAAACUUCUUUAAGAUGUCUACGUUUGAUAACACCUGCCAGCUGGAGAUCACCAGAGUGUACUCUGAGGUUGAGGGGGAAUACACCUGUGUUGCCAGAAACCCAGCAGGAAUGGUCACAUGCUCUGCACAUUUGAAACUUGAUGGUGAGUUUGCAUAACUUUCUGUUCAAAAACAAAUGAUGGAUAUUACAUCCGAUUCUCAAAGGCAUGUCUCAACCAGUAUUUCAACAAGCUUGUCAAGUGUAAAGAAGGAGUAAAUUGCCCAAAGGCCUACUUUUAUUCACCCAAUAGAAAGCUGCGUGGUUCAGCAUGGUGAAGUGGCCAGGUUUCAUGCUUGUGUAUCCAGCAUGCCAAUGCCAGAGAUUAGCUGGUAUCAUAACCAGCAGCCAAUUAAGCCUACUAAAGAUAUUGUUUUUCAUUCUGAUGAGAUGACAAACACCACCACACUAAUUAUAGUUGCUGCUUUCUCUGAGCAUGCUGGACAAUACACUUGCAAAGCAACAAAUAAUGCUGGAGAGGCGGUGUGCACAGCAGCCCUUGCAGUAACCAAAGAAGAAGAAGAGAUUGAAGCAACCAUUGAGCAAGAAGUCAAAGAAUAUUCUAGCUCGACUGUGACGACAGUGGAAGAAGAACAAGAUUUCUACACUACUGACCUUAAGUUACCUCACAAAACAAAACGCUAUUCUAGUACUUUAGAGAAUAAAAAAGAAAAGCCUAUCUUUUUGACCCAACUCUCACCAGCAGCUGUCAAUGUUGGAGAGGCAGCUAGAUUUAUUAUCACAGUAUCUGGCCUUCCAAAGCCUACUGUUUUGUGGUUUUAUAAUGGGAAAGUCAUUACUUCUUCAUCAAUUUACAAAUUGGUUCAUGAAAAAGACAAGUACGCUUUAAUAAUAUCUGAGGUAAAAACAGAGUAUGAAGGUGAGUACUCUUGUACAGCUAACAAUAGAUUUGGCCAGACAACCUGUACUACUUACCUGGAGGUGAGAAAGAGAGCUUCAACUUCAGCUGAGCAAUGGGUUGAAACAUUUUUCAAAGCCACUGGUCAACAACCUAAUUUCACUAGCCAAAUCAAACCUAUAAAAUGCCAAGAGGGAGGUGAGGCUUACUUUAAAUAUAAAGUAACUGGUGAACCAAUGCCAGAUGUGCAGUGGUUUAAAAGUGCUCAUCAAAUUCAGUGUGGUAAGUCUUGCAUUAUAGAGAACAACACCGAUGGCUCUGGCUUCAUCAACAUGAAGGGCAUCCAACAGCAGGACAGUGGUCUCUACACAUGUAAGGCUUCCAACCCAUCUUGGGAGGCCUCUUGUAGUGCUGACCUAAUUAUGUUUAAAGAGUCUGUCUCUGUAUCUCAGUAUAAGGAACACAUGGUUGUUCAAAAAGAUAAUAAAGUAUCCAUGUCAGCUGAACAAGCUACAGAGUCCCGCUUGUACGAGGUCAAACUUCCUGGAGAGGCCAGGGCCAGCAUUCAGUCAGGACAUCAGAUGAUGUACACCAUUGGCACAGAGGACAGCCACGUUGUAAAAACCCUUAGAGAGUUGGAUAACUCAGCGGCUACUUUCCAAAAAGAGAAGGUCAAACAGCACCAUGCAUUAAUCCAAAAAGAAGAUUGUUGGAACAUCACAAGUGUGGCAGAUAGUCAAGCAUUAGAGGAUGGACAUACUGUGAGUUUGACAGUUGUUGACAAAUGUACAUGCAAAACCAAAAUAGAGCCUAAAGUACCUAUAGAGCCCAUACAAAUUGUGAAGAAUGCGAUCGCAACUGAGAGUAGGGCACUUCUGGAAGUUACAGAUCAAGAUUUUGCCAUCCUUAGACAGGAAGGACAGUCUGUUAGUCAGUCAAUAACGAUGGAUGAAAAAUGUAUGUUGAUCGAUAAAAUGUCCCAACAAAAAAACAAAUCAGAGUCGACAACAGUUAGUGUUAAAACUCAAAGAGAAAGUCAAACUCUUCCAAAGGAGCUCACAUUUGUUAUUCGGUUUCAAAAACCAACAAGUUUGGACAUCAGACAUCAGUUGAAAGAUGCACUUCAGUCUGCUGUAGCUCUUGAUCAGCCACUUAUACGAGCAGAUGUUUUUGGAAGUUUGGAGGCUACUAAGGUACAGGAAGUGAAGGUACGCAAGGAACCGAAACAUGCAAUGUUCACUUAUCUUAUCACAACACCAGGUGCCCCUAUGGAAAUAACAAUUGUUUUUGAAGGUCAAUACCCCCAGACUGCAGAUCUAAGGACUGAACUCCAGGCAUCUUUCUACUCAAUUGUUUAUCGCGAGCAGCAUUUUCUUACAUCUGACCAACCCGGCACAAUGCAAAUCAACAAGCCCCAAAGACUACAGGUUAGCAGUGCAGCCUCCACUGAAAUGCUGUCAUCGAUAGUGGAGACUGUCAAAGUAGCAGAGAGUGUAGUUGAUUUCGCAUCACCUAAAGCUCAGGCUGCUGCACGAAAGACCGAAUCUCGGGCUACACUUGAGACUGCAACUACUGAGGAACUUAGUGUGGUGCAAGAGUCCAAAAUAACUCACUCCAAAUUGGUUGCUCCAGCAAUGAAAGUUAAUACAGAAUUACAUGCUGAGUUUGAACAGUCAGUACAGGUGGCCAGGCUGGUGGAUAGAAUGACUGACUACGUAGGUAUGACUGAUAUCACCACUGACAUGUCCAUGACAUCCAUUCCAACUGAACAGUCUUUAGAUCUACUCAUCCAAAAAGAACACAGGAAGGAAUUUAUUUCAGAAGAGAUAGAAAAUAUGAUCCAGGACAUUGCAACGGGGGAGCAUUGUAAGGUUACAUACACUGUGACAGUAAAGUAUGUUACAAAAGUUAAUUGGAUUUUCAAUGGACAAAUAAUUAAAUCAGGCAAAGAGUUCAAGUGAUCCAAAGAACAUGACACAUACACACUUACAAUCAUGAAAAUUGUCAAUGAGAAGCACAAAGGAAACUAUUUAUUUGAGGCUGUGAAUGAAGCUGGAAAGACCACAACAUCAUCAAGACUCACAAUUGAUUCAAAAGUGCCACCCGUUUUCAGGUACAAAAUCCAGCCCCUGGAGAUCAAUGUUGGCAGCGGAGCCAAGUUCGAAUGUGAGAUUGAAGAUGCACCAAAUGUGAACUUCAAAUGGUUCAAGUCUGGCACUUCGAUCAAAGAGAGUUCAAAUUGCUGCAUCCUCAGUCAGCAACUGACAUCUUCAUUGGAGCUCCUGAGCCCAACCAAAGCUGACAGUGGUGAAUAUACCUGCAAGGCUACAAACCAGCAUGGCAGUGACACCUGUGCCGCCAAACUGACAGUAAUUGAGAUGUACCCGCCAGUAUUUAGUACAAUGCCUGAUCCUAUGACUUUAUACGUGGGCAAACAAGUAUCAUUCCAGUGUGUAGUUCCUUGCUCUUCGCCAAUGACUAUUGUCUGGCACAAAGACAAUAUUGCUGUUUCUUCUUGGGGGAACUAUCAGAUAGCGUCUGACAAGACCAAAUACUCCCUACAAAUCAAAAAUCUUCAGCUGAUCAAUCAGGGUACUUACGUUUGCAAAGCAUCAAACAGCGUUGGCACUGCUACAUGCAGUUCAGAGUUGAGGGUUAUCAACAAACCCAGUUUCGUAAAGACCUUCGAGACCUCAGUGUCUUCAGCCAUUGGUAUUACACUGAGGCUCGAAGGUCAAGUGGACGAAGACAUCACCUGGAUAAAGGAUGGCAAAAAGCUCCAUCAAACAAUGGACUGUAUACAAUCUUUUGAAGAAAAUGUUGUUCUUGAAAUUACUAAGGCAAAACUGAAAGAUUCAGCGAAAUAUGUCCGUACAGCUUCAAAUGAUUAUGGGAGUUCAACUUGUUCUAUGAUGUUGAUGGCACAAGAACCCCCAACCUUUGUUAAGAAAAUGGAACCAAAGCUAAUGUGGAAGCAGGGCAUAGCUGCUCGGAUGCAGUGCAUAGUCAAAGGAUCAGCUGAACUCAAAACUUCCUGGUCUCUGAAUGACAACGAUCUCAGUGAUGGAGAUAAACAUACAAUCACUUUCAAGGCUGGUCUUGCAACUUUGGAAAUAAUCAAUGUAAAUGUGUUAAAUAGCGGAAACUACACUUGCGAGGUGUCAAACGAAGCUGGUAGUGAGAGCAGCAUCACUGAGUUAUCUGUAAAAGAUACCCCUUCCUUUUGAAAAGAUUUGCAAAUGGUUGAGGCAGUGAAGGAAACUCCUGCCGUACUCGAAUGUGAAAUUAAAGGAACAGCUCUGUUUGAAAUCAUCUGGUUGAAGAAUAAGAAACCAGUCUUUACCACAGAUUAAAAGUAUAAGAUCCUUAUCAUCUCAUUUGAAAGUGCAGACAUUGGAGAUUACCAAUGCUGCAUAGCCAAUUAUGUUGGUAAAAUCACCACUAAGACACUGGCCAAACUUAAAGAACCACCAACAUUUGCGAAGAAGAUUGAAACCAUUACAACAACAUUGGGAUAUUCUGUGAAACUGCAGGGCACAUUGAAAGGCUCACCCCCCAUUUCCAUAAAAUGGAUGAAAAAUACUGAAAUGUUGAGAGAUGAUGAUCCAAAUAUCAAAAUGACAUUUGAGAACAACAUUGCUAUUCUGUCAGUAACAGCUGUUGCCAUUAGCCACGGCAGCAUGUACACUUGCCAAGCAGAGAAUGAGACUGGACAAAACAAAUAUGAUGCCACUCUAACAGUUUAAGAACCUGCUAAAGUCCUAGAGAAAGCAUAAUCCAUCAACGUGACUUCAGGGGACUCUGCAACCUUGGAAUGCAAAAUCGCUGGAAGCCCAGAACUUAAAGUGAAAUGGUUCCAUGAUGGAAAGGAGAUGAAAGGGAAUCGAAAAUAUAAAAUCGCUCUAAAAUAUAAUAUUGCCAUCUUAAAGAUUAUUGCAGCUGAAAAAGUAGACUCUUCCGAAUACACGAUGGGAGUGUCCAACCAUGUUGGAAAGGACCAGUGCACAUGCUCUAUUACCGUGCUGGAUUAUAUCAUACUACUCUUUUUCACAAAAUCUCUGAAAAGACUUGAUGGAAUUAUGGGUAACGAUAUUUCAAUGGAUUGCAAAGUAUCUGGAUCCCAGCCUAUGAUUCUGUCUUGGUUCAAAGAUGAGAAAGAGAUCAAGUCUGGAGAUGGAUAUCUACCUGAAAUCAAAGACAACUCAGUUGCACUGAAAAUGACUAAAUUGCAAGAGGUUGAUGCUGAAGUGUACACAUGCCGGGCAACAAAUUCUACAGGAUCUAAAGAAAGCAGUGGAACCUUAUAUGUCAAAGAACCUCCAAUCUUCACAUUAAAACCUGACAACCAAGAUGUCGUACCAGGAUCUACUGUUGUCUUGAAGUCUGCUUUCACUGAGUCAGCUCCUUUUACGAUUAAGUGGUUCAGAGAGGACAAGGAGAUAUCAAGUGGAGGCACAUUUUUUAUCAAGAAGGAGACCUACUCAAAUGUUUUGUAACUUCACUCAGUAAAACCCACCGACUUGGCUAAAUACACAUGCCAAGUGGCCAAUGACGCUGGAACGGUGGCAUGCACGGCUGUCUUGUUUGUGAAAGAACCACCAAUGUUUGUGAUGAAGCUUGAGUCUACAAAACUAGUGGUGAAAGGAAGUGCUGUGAAGCUGGAGUGGAAAGCAACCGGCACCCCUGAGAUCAGUUUAAAGUGGUUUAAGAACGAGUUCGAGAUGAGAUGAGACAAAAUGGCUGUUACUAACUCAGUUGCCUCACUGGAGAUUGUGAACUGCUCUGUUGAUGAUAGUGGAGAUUAUGUUUGUGUGUCAUCAAGUGAUGCUGGUAGUGAGCACUGCACCAGCAGAGUUACAGUUAAAGAACCUCCAAUAUUUACGAGGACCAUUGAAUCCAAAGAACUUAUCAAAGGGUCUAAUAUUAUUUUGGAAGGACAGCUUGCAGGCUCUGCUCCAUUCAACACAUCUUUUUACAAAAACACAAAGGCGAUCAGAAAUGAUAAAAGACACAAGAUAGUCUUAAAGGAUGACAUAGUUACCCUCCAGAUGUUGGCAAUUGACGCCGGAGAUGCUGGAAAAUAUCAGUGUACAGUAGAAAAUGAAGUUGGGAAGUCAUCUUGUGAUUGUGAAAUGACACUGAAAGAACCUCCUGAAUUUGCGCUAAAAUUGCCAGUCACAAAGUUUGUGAAGAAGUGCGAGCCACUCCGUCUGGAAUGCAAAGUUAAGGGUUCCCCCUCUCUGCGAAUGCAGUGGUACAAAAAUGACACUAAGAUCACAGAUGGUGACAACUAUAGACAAUCAUUUGUUGACUCAAUGGCAGUCCUUGAACUGCGCACCACAAGAUUUGAUGACAAUGGAGUCUACACCUGUGAAGCAACCAAUGACGCUGGAAGUAUAAGCUGCAGCACAACUCUUAGAGUCAAAGAUGCACCAUCUUUCCCCAAAGUACUUCGGCCAAUUGAAGGAAUGAAAGGAAAGGAUGCUAGCCUACACUGUGAGAAGUUUGGCACAGCACCCUUUGAGAUUACCUGGGCCAAGUACAAAACGCCAUUAAAGGAAAGUAGGAAAUAUACGUUUGUGAAUGAGGAUACUGCUGCCACUCUUCAUAUCAUUGGAUUGGAAGCUUCAUAUUUUGGAGAAUAUAAGUGCAAGGCAUCAAACAGUAUAGGAUAUGAAACAUGCUGUACUACAGUUAAACUCAGAGAACCACCAACGUUUGUGGAGAAAUUGUUGAAUACGACAUGCACAUUGGGUGAAGAAGUCACCCUGAAAGCCACUGUCAAAGGCUCUCAGCCAAUGACUGCAUCUUGGUUACAGGAUAAGGAUCACAUUCUCAGAGAUGGUGACAUCCAGAACAUUACAUUUGAAAACAACCAGCUCCCUCUUAAAGUAUUUAAAUCAGACUCACUGGCAAUGGGCAAAUACACGUGCCAACUCCGAAACGAUGCCGGAGUUGUGGAAUGUUUUUCUAAUAUAACUGUAUUAGAACCCGCUAAAGUUGUGGAGAGACCAGAGUCUUUCAGCGUGACUGCAGGUGAUAUUGCAGCUCUAGAAGUCAAAGUGUCGGGGACACCAGAGCUGAAACCAAAAUGGUUUAAGAAUGGAGUCGAGCUCUCCUCUGGCCAGAAGUACAACAUCUCCUUCUCAAAGAUGAUCUCCAGCUUGAAAGUGUUGUCUGCAGAGAGGAUUGAUAUGGGAGAAUAUACAUUUGAGGUCAAAAAUGAGGUUGGCAGUGAUCUCACCAAAUUAAACCUCACUGUCCUAGAUAAAACCAUACCUCCAACAUUCACACAGAAACUGAAGGAAUCUCAUCUUAUUGUUGGAAAAGCUGGUGAAAUGGACUGCAAAGUCUCUGGUUCUGCACCUUUCGCCAUUACUUGGUACCAUGAUGAAGAGGAGAUCAAAACUGGACCAAAUUACGAGAUUUUAUUCAAUGACAACACCUGCACACUUAAAGUGCCCGCUCUUAAGUGGUCUGACUCUGGAGUGUAUAAAUGCAAAGCCAUAAACAAGGCCGGAACCAAUGAGACCAGUGCCUCUUUCAUUGUGAAAGAACCUCCUUCUUUUGUGAUGCCACCUCAGCCAUUGGAAGCAAUGCCUGGCACAAAUGUAACUUUCUCAGCAAUUGUCAAAGGAAGUGCCCCACUGAAACUGAAGUGGUUCAGAGGCACAAAGGAAAUUGUGUCUGGAAAUGGCUGUGAAAUUGCUCUACGGGACAAUACAGCUACUCUGGAGCUAUCCAAAAUUGACAAAUUCCACGCUGGAGAGUAUACAUGCCAGAUUAUUAAUGAUGCUGGGAAGGAAAGUUUCCUAGUUAACCUGUCUGUGAAAGAACCUGCUAGCUUUGUUAAGAAGCUGAACGACCACUCUGUUGAAAAGGGAAAAUCAUUGAUACUUGAGUGCACAUACACUGGAACUCCAAAGAUAUUCGUCACCUGGUAUAAGGACGGCCAACAGCUAUAUGCCUCUUAUAAGCACAACGUCACUACCACAGAGACCUCCUGCAUCUUGGAGUGUUUAAACAGUGACGAUAAGGAAGCAAGUGGGGAAUACGCUUGUGAAGUUUCCAAUGACGCCGGAAAAGAUACCUGCAAAGCACAAGUGUUCAUUUUAGAACCACCUUAUUUCAUUGAUCAUUUGGAGCCAAUGGAAGUUACUGCUGGUGAUGCAGUUUGUUUGAAAUGCCAUGUUGGAGGAACCCCUGACAUUAAGGUGGCUUGGUAUAAGGCCGACGGAAAAGUGAGGUCUUCCCCUGAUUGCAAAAUAGAGUAUUCCAAAGGCAUUGCUUGCUUGAAAUUGAGCAAAGCAGCCGAGGCUGAUAUUGGUGAAUACACAUGCAAAGCUGAAAACAGAAUAGGAUCAGCCUCAUCCAGCUGUCGUCUCUCUGUCCAAGAGGCAAAAACGCCACCAACCUUCCCCAAGAAAAUAACCAGCAUUCAACAGACUGAAGGAAUGGAAGUCAAACUGGAGUGCCGUGUGGCAGGCUCCUCGCCCAUUGAGGUCUCUUGGCUUAAAGACGGUGAAAAUGUGAAAUCCAACGACUAUACCAUGAGUUAUGAUGAUAACACGGCUGUCCUACAAAUAUCCAGAGGUGAAAUGAGACACUCUGGGGAAUACACUUGUGUUGCUACCAACAGUGUUGGGACUGCAUCCUGCAGAGCCAAACUCACUCUUAAAGAGCCAAGAUAUCCCCCUGUCUUUGAUAAAAAGCUGUCACCCAUGGUGGACAUUUCAGUGGGUGAUAGUGUGGAAUUGGAAUGCCACAUGACUGGAUCUUUGCCAUUAAAAGUCACUUGGUCAAAAGAUAACAAAGAUAUUCGAUCAGGGGGAAAUUACAAGAUGGCCUGUGUGGAUAACACCCCACACCUCACUAUUUUGAAAGCAGAUAAAUCAAAUUAUGGCCGCUACAUUUGCCAUGCCACUAAUGACAUUGGAAAGGACUCUUGUUCCACUGAAAUUACUGUCAAAGAGCGUAAAAUCCCACCUUCAUUCACCAAAAAGCCAACAGAGACCUUAGAGGAAACAGAGGGCAAGAUGGUGAAGAUUGAGGCACGUUUGUCUGGAUCUCAGCCCAUGACCAUUAAUUGGUAUAAAGAUGACAGUGAGAUUCACAGCUCUGAUCACUAUGACAUGUCUUUCAAGAGCAAUGUGGCUGUGUUGUGUAUCAAGAGCUCCAAAGUCUCAGACUGUGGGAGGUAUACCGGCACAGCAACCAAUGAAGCAGGCACUGCCUCUUGCAAAUUGACAGUUACCAUAACUGAACACAAGAAGCCCCCUACAUUUGACCCCACUCUCAAACCUGUCACGCUGACCGAGGGUGAGAACCUGCACCUUAGCUGCCAUGUCCAUGGAUCACCUUCUAUGAAGAUUCAGUGGAUGAAGGACAGGAAAGACUUGAAAAACAAUUCCAGCAGUAAAAUAAGUUUUGCCGAUGGUGUUGCUUCUUUGGAGGUCAUGCGUGUAUCACAGAAUGAUGCAGGGGACUAUCUCUGCAAGGCAACCAAUGAGGCUGGUAGUGAAUUCUGCAAGGCCAAUGUAACUAUCAAAGAGAAAUCCAAAGCAGCACCUGAACCCGCUGAAGAGGAACCAACAGCAGCACCAGUAAAGAAACUGGACAACUUGUUCUUCAUCGAGGAGCCCAAGCCUUGCCAUGUAGCCGAGAAGGGCACUGCAACUUUCAUCGCCAAAGUUGGAGGUGAUCCUAUUCCUAACGUGAAAUGGAUGAAGGGCAAGUGGAGACAGAUCACUCAUGGUGGUCGCAUCACUAUUGAGCAGAAGGGACAGGAGGCCAAGUUGGAGAUCAGAGAAAUAACAAGGUCUGACUCUGGACAGUACAGAUGUAUCGCAACUAACAAAGCUGGAGAAAUAGAAUGCAACACCGACAUGCAUGUUGAGGAAAGGAAAGAGGAUGCUGGAGUUGAGGGAGAUUUCAGAGCAAAACUGAAGAAGACUCCAUCUAAACAGAAGAGUCCUCAGGAAGAAAAAGACAUUGACAUUGUAGAGUUGCUCAGAAAUGUGGACCCUAAGGAGUAUGAGAAAUAUGCCCGUAUGUAUGGAAUCACUGACUACCGUGGACUUCUUCAGGCCAUUGAGCAGCUGAAGAGGGAGAAAGUAGAAGAAAGUGGAAGACCGGAACCGGAGAGAGAGAGAGAGUUGGAUGAGGAUUUGGUCACUCUUGUGGCUGAUUUGCAAAAGAGAAUGGAAUGUACUGAGCCAGUCACCGUGAAUAAGGACAUAACAGAUCAGUCUACAGUUACCAACAAGGUCGCUACUUUUGAGUGUGACAUCAAGAUCAACUUCCCUGAGAUCACCCUGUCCUGGUACAAGGGAACUCAGAAGCUUAACAACAACGACAAAUAUGAAGUCAGCAUUGUCGGUGACCGUCACAUCUUGAAGAUCAAGCAGUGUCAAACCAAAGACCAGGGCAACUACCGUGUUGUAUGUGGCCCACAUAUCUCCAGCGCCAAACUGACUGUUAUCGAUGUGCCUCAAGCUGCACCCCAUGUUGCUGAACCAAAACCAGAGCCUGAAGUUUCACCUGCGACUAAGGUUGAACCUGAACCGAACCGUGUGCCUAUAAAGAAACCAGAGAGUCCACCAACCAAAGUUCCUGUGGAGGUUAAGAAACCAGAAGCUUCAAAGCCAGAACCAGGAAAGCCGACAGCAGCUAAAAAGCCAGAGACAGCCUCUACGUGUGAUCCAAAGGAGCCAGAGCCUACUGCUGCUGCUGCAAAGAAGGUCCCAUCACCACAAGUGCCAGAAGCACUAAAAAGGCAGGAGGUAACUCUGCAGCAACCAGCUACCAUCCUUCAAAAAGUGGACAGAGAGGACAUAGAGCCUCAAAUACACUCUGUGCCAGAACAAGAACCAGCAAUGAAGAAGGAAUCACCUCCACAGACUGUUGAACCACUUACAAAGAAAGCGUCUCAGCUAGAGAAGACUGUUGUUGCUGAAGGGGUGAAAGAAUCUGAACCAUUUGCGAAGAAAGUGGCUAAACCAGAGUCUAAACCAGAAAUCAAGCUAGAGUCCAAGCCAGAGAAGAGGGUUAUUGCUGAAAAGCCUGCUGAGACUCUUGUAAAGAAAGUGUCUAAGCCAGAGGCUAAAACAGAGCCUAAACCUAAACCAGAGGUUAAACCAGAUCCUAUGCCAGAGUCUAAACCAGAGGUUAGGCUAGAGGUUAAGCCAGAGAAGAAGACUGUUAUUGAAGUAGGGGUGAAAAAUGUACCACAGUCCACUGAGCCACAAGUGUUAAAGCCAGAGCCUAAGCCUAAACUAAAGGCUAAGCCAGAUCCUAAACCAGAGCCUAAAGCAGAGGUUAAGGCAGAGCCUAAGCCUAAACUAGAUGCUAAGCCAGAGCCUAAAGCAGAGGUUAAGCAAGAGCCUAAGCCUAAACCAGAGGCUAAAUCAGAGUCUAAAAUAGAUGCUAGGCAAAAGCUUACACCAGAGAGGAAGGCUGUUACUGUAAGGGUGAAAGAAUCACCUCCAAAGCCUGCUGAGACACUUGUAAAGAAAGUGACUACGCCAGAGAAGACAGUUAUUGCUGAUGUGGUGGAUGAAUCACCUCCAAAGCCUGCUGAGACACUUGUAAAGAAAGUGACUACGCCAGAGAAGACAGUUAUUGCUGAUGUGGUGGAUGAAUCACCUCCAAAGCCUGCUGAGACACUUGUAAAGAAAGUGACUAUGCCAGAGAAGACAGUUAUUGCUGAUGUGGUGGAUGAAUCACCUCCAAAGCCUGCUGAGACACUUGUAAAGAAAGUGACUACGCCAGAGAAGACAGUUAUUGCUGAUGUGGUGGAUGAAUCACCUCCAAAGCCUGCUGAGACACUUGUAAAGAAAGUGACUACGCCAGAGAAGACAGUUAUUGCUGAUGUGGUGGAUGAAUCACCUCCAAAGCCUGCUGAGACACUUGUAAAGAAAGUGACUACGCCAGAGAAGACAGUUAUUGCUGAUGUGGUGGAUGAAUCACCUCCAAAGCCUGCUGAGACACUUGUAAAGAAAGUGACUACGCCAGAGAAGACAGUUAUUGCUGAUGUGGUGGAUGAAUCACCUCCAAAGCCUGCUGAGACACUUGUAAAGAAAGUGACUACGCCAGAGAAGACAGUUAUUGCUGAUGUGGUGGAUGAAUCACCCCCGGGGCCUGUUGAGCCACUUGCAAAGAAAGUAGCCAAACCAGAAUCUAAGCCAGAGACCAAGACAAAGAAGAUGGCUAUAGGUGAAGAGGUGUCUCUGUCAAUUAAAGAAGAUGUUUAUCCUCAAAAAGUACCAGCAAACAAGAAGGAAACACCCCCACAGCCCACUGAGCCGCUUGUGAAGAAAGUGCCUAAGCUAGAGUCUAAACCAGAAAAAAGGAAUGCUGAGAAGGUGAAAGAAUCACCUCUUAAGCCGUCUGAGCCAAUUCCUAAAAAAGUGCCUAAGCCAGAGACAAUGGCUAUUGCUGAGCUGGAAUCACCACCUAAGCCUUCUAAGGCACUUGUAAAGAAAGUGGCUGAGCCAGAGACAAUGGCUAUUGCUGAGCUGGAAUCACCACCUAAGCCUACUAAGGCACUUGUAAAGAAAGUGGCUGAGCCAGAGACAAUGGCUAUUGCUGAGCUGGAAUCACCACCUAAGCCUACUAAGGCACUUGUAAAGAAAGUGGCUGAGCCAGAGACAAUGGCUAUUGCUGAGCUGGAAUCACCACCUAAGCCUACUAAGGCACUUGUAAAGAAAGUGGCUGAGCCAGAGACAAUGGCUAUUGCUGAGCUGGAAUCACCACCUAAGCCUACUAAGGCACUUGUAAAGAAAGUGGCUGAGCCAGAGACAAUGGCUAUUGCUGAGCUGGAAUCACCACCUAAGCCUACUAAGGCACUUGUAAAGAAAGUGGCUGAGCCAGAGACAAUGGCUAUUGCUGAGCUGGAAUCACCACCUAAGCCUACUAAGGCACUUGUAAAGAAAGUGGCUGAGCCAGAGACAAUGGCUAUUGCUGAGCUGGAAUCACCACCUAAGCCUACUAAGGCACUUGUAAAGAAAGUGGCUGAGCCAGGGACUAAGCCAGAGAAGAGAGCUAUUCUUGAAGAAGAUGUUGUUCCCAAAAAAGUUCUAGCAAAGGAGAAGGAAACAGCUCCAAAGCCUGCUGAGCCUCUUGCAAAGAAAGUUCCAAAGCCAGAGAAAACAGCUAUUGCUGAAGCGGUGAAGGAGUCACCUUCAAAGCCUGCUGAGAUACUUCUUAAGAAAUUGUCUUCGCCAGAGUCUAAACCUGAACCUAAGUCUGAGCCUAAGCCAGAGAAGAAGGGUGUUGCUGAGCCUCCAAAGCCAACAGAGCCACUUCUAAAGAAAAUGUCUAAGCCAGAGUCUAAACCUGAGCCUAAGUCUGAGUCUAAACCAGAGAAGAAGGCUGUUGCUGAAGUGGUGUCUCUUUCAAGUGAAGAUGAUGUUGCUCCCCAGAAAGUACCAGAAAAGGAGAAGGAAACAUUUCCAAAUCCCACUGAGCAACUUGCAAAGAAAGUCACACCUCGAGAGAAAAAGGCUACAGAGGAGACAAAGCCUGUCAUCCAAGAGCAAGAACAAGACAAUUUAAAGCCAGGUGAAGGCAAGCAGGCACCAGGACCAGCUAAGAAAGUUCUCCGACAAAAAGCUCAAAUUCACAUUGAGGAAGAAGAGAAACUUGUCCCGCCAACCUUGAAGAAAACAACCAGGAUUUCCAAAGACUUGGAGCAAGAACAGGAUAUUAUAUCGCUGAAGAAAGUACCUUCAGUCCCCUUUGAAGAUCUGCCAGCACCACUAAAGAAACCUCAAAAAAUGACAAAGCGUACAAUCCAUGACUUUGAAGAGAGAGUGUAUGAUGAAGGUGAAGUAACAAUAUCUGAAAGAUAUGAGGCAGAGAAAAUAAGCAAGAUACCUGAUAGAGCUAAAGUAAAGACACCUAAAGAAAAUGAACCAACUGAAGACAAAUGGUCUCGGCAGACCAUUCCCAGAGUUGAAAAAGAAGGGGACAAAAUGACUUUGAAGCAAAUUCCCAAGGGGGUGAAAGAAGAGGCACCAACAGACCCAAGUUUAGCCCAAAAGAAACUGUCCAGAUUACCAUCAGAUGAAAAAGAACAAGAAACUGUGAAGUUAAAACUGUUCCAAAAAUCUUCUAAAGCUGUGACCGUUGAGCCAGAGAAGGACAACAAAGAAUCUGUGGUUUUCAAGAGAGGUGAGAGACAACCAAGCGAUGAAGACAUUAAAGAACCUGUUGAUCGUAAGAAAGCUGAUAGAGUUCGUAGUGCUAAAGAAGAGCCACAGGCAGUCAAAUUUCAACCAGUGGCCAAAGUUCCUGAAGAUGAACAAGUCUGGUAUUCUGACAAACCACUGACAAGGGUGAAAAGGAUUCCAACACAGGAGCAAGAGAAGGAAGAUGUUAAAUUGAAUCCAUUUUCAAAGUUACCUAAAGCCGACACUGAAGCUGUGAAGCCUGAGAAGGAGCCUGAGACAAAAGAAGCUGGGAGAAAAACUCAACAUGAAUCAAGUCCUCCAAAGACAGCACCCGCAAAGAAAAUGGAAAAGAGUCCUCAAGUGGAAAAGUUAAAAAAGGUUGAUUGCGUGCCAAGAGAACCAGAGGACAAAGAAGACAAACCUUUGAAGCAUGAAGAGACACUUAAGAAAAUGGUGGAACUGAAAAAGACUCCUUCACCUAAGGUUGAAAAACCACAAGAAAUAGAAAAAAUUACUAUGGAGAGGAAUCCCAGGGCAGAAAGGACCAAAAAGCUGCCCAAAGAAGUUUCACCAAAAGAUUCAUUUGAAUGUGUUACCCUAAAAAAAAUUCAAAGGAAAUCACCACAAGAGAAAACUGAAGGAGCACCACCGAAGAAGGUGCCAGGAAUGAAAGAGCUUUCCCCCAAAGCGGUACAGUUACGAAAUCUCUCCACUCAGCGAGAGGAGGAAGUCUUUGAGGAGGAGCCAGAGGUUGAGGAGGAAUCUGACAAUGAAGGUUGGGGAUGGGAACUUGUCCCGCGUGAUACCUCUGGGUCCACAGAAGACUGGGGAGAGGAAGGUGAUGCACUUGAGACCCCUGGAAUGCCAAGACGAGAUGGAAAGCCAGCAGAAGAAGCAGGUGCAGGUAGAGGUGCAGGCAGAGGCAGAGGCCUCAAAGCAGGCAAAACUCCAUCCCCUGGUGAAGGCAGGGGUAGAGGACUGAAACCCGGAGGUGGAGGAGGAGACAAACCACCCGAUGCUAAUCCUUUUGGAUUCCAGCUCAAAGCAGUUCCACUGAAGUUUACGAAACCACUCAAAGACAUAGUGUUACAAGAAGGUGAUGCUGUUGGUGCAUCUGCUACGUUUGAGUGUGAAGUUUCACCUUCUACUGCUGUAACUACAUGGAUGAAAGAUGGCAGCAACCUAAGAGAGAGUCCAAAACACAAAUUCACCUCUGAUGGCAAAGAUCGCAGACUGGCCAUUAUUGACGUCCAACUGGUGGACACUGGUGAAUACACUUGUGUUGCCAAGCUGGGCAACAAGGAAAAGACAACAACUGCCAAACUCAUUGUUGAAGAACUGCCCGUGAAGUGGGUGAAAGAGCUAGGUGAGGAGACGUCGGUCCUGAAGGGGCAGCCUAUGUACCUGACCUGUGAGUUGAACAAGGAGAGAGAAGUGACCUGGAUGAAAAGUGGUAAGAUCCUCAAAGUAAUCGCUGGAAAGGUGGCCAUCAACGUCAUUGGAAUGCAACAAGCCGUUACGAUCCAGAACAUGGGAGAUGACGACGCUGGCAUCUACGCAUGCGAGUGUGAACUCAUCAGGACCAAAACAACUGUCAAAAUCAUUGAAAUUGUCAGAGACUGGUUGGUGAAACCAUUGAAAGAUCAGCAUGUGAAACCCAAGGCCAAUGCCACUUUCAAAUGCGAGCUCUUCAAAGAAACCCCCAACUGGAAGUGGUUCAAAGGCAACAAUGAGAUUACAAAUGAUCCAACUGACAAGACUGAGGUCAAGAAAGAAGGCAAAGUCCUGACUCUCACAAUAAAGAAUGCACAGCCCGAAGAUAUUGCAGAAUAUACUAUGGAGGUUGAAGGCCACAGAUACACAGCUAACCUGACUCUUGGAGAACGUGAAGCUGAGAUCUUGAAGCCUCUCUCAAGUUGCGAGGUGGUCGAGAAAGAGGAUGUUACAUUUGAAACGGAGAUAUCUGAAGAGGAUGUGCCUGGAGAAUGGAAACAUAAAGGGCAGGUCUUAACAAGUUCACCGACAUGUGAGAUCAAAAUGGAGGGCAAUAAACGUUUCCUCACUCUGAAAAGUGUUCCACUGGACGCGUCUGGUGAAGUGUCUUAUACAGCUCUGAAUGCUGUCACUAGUGCUGUGCUCACAGUCAAGGUAAUGGAAAUGGAAUUCACAGUCCCCUUAAAGGGCAUGUCUGUACCUGAAAAGAAACAGGCUAUGUUUGAAUGUACUAUCACAAGGGAUGUGCCUGAAGUCAUGUGGUUGAAGGGGUCAGACACUAUUGGUACAUCAGACAAAACAUAUGAAAUAAUCAAUGAUGGAAUAAAACAUAUGUUGGUCAUAAACAACUGUGAGUUUGAUGAUGAGGGAAAUUACAGUAUAGAAGCCGUGGGCAAAAAUUCAACCUCUACACUCACUGUGGAGGGUAUGAGGCUCAAAUUUGAAUUGCGACUUCAGGACCAAACUGAGAAGGAAGGUAACACUGCUCGGUUUGAGCUUGAGCUCUCUCAUGAGAAUGUACCUGUGACAUGGUACAAAAAUGAAGUAGAACUCCAUGUGAACAGAACCGUGCUCAUCCAUAGUCAUGGAAAGAAACACACGCUAGAAAUCAAGGAUUUGAGUCUUGAUGAUAUGGCAGAGGCUAAAGGAAAUCUCUCAAUGGCAAAACUGACGGUGAUAGGCCAGAACCUAGGAAGAAACCUAGAAAGGAACCAGGCUCUGAAGGGGUGGCCAGUCCUCUUCUGGCUGUCCCGGGUGGAGAUUAUAACCGGAAAUGGCCAAGAUGUUCAAACGUUCAUAGAUGACCUGCAGGGUCAGAUAACAAUAAUCACAGUGGUUGACAUUGAAAUGAUAGAGGAUGGUGCAAAGCACACAGUAAUAUUAUACAACCUCAAGGCCCCCUUGUCAGGGGAGAUAUUUACAGCUGCUAAUGCUAAAUGUGUUGCUAAUCUGAAAGUGAAAGAGAGUCCAAUUACAUUUGUCACACCUUUGAGUGAUGUACAAGUGUAUGAAAAAUAUGAGGUCAGAUUUGAGUGUGAGGUGUCCAGAGUGCCUAAAGGCUUCCGUUGGCUCAAGGAAUCUCAUGAGUUGACAGCAUAUGAUAAGUUUGAUAUUACCCAUGAGGGAAAGAUACACUCGGUGGUCAAAUCUGCCGCAUAUGAGGAUGAAGCUGGGUACAUAUUUGAGGCAGAGGACAAGAGAACCACUGGCGAACUAGUCAUCCAAUGAAUUCUCCUUGAGUUUGUGAAGCCCAUUAAAGAUGUCACGGUCAAGGAGCGCUAGGCAGCAGAGUUCAGUAUUGAGGCUAGACAGCAGAGUUCAGUAUCACAUGACAACAUCCAGGUCACCUUGUACAAGAACAAUGUGCGUUUGCAUCCCAGCCAAGUUGUGCACAUGUCAGACGAUGGCAAGAUGCACAAAUUGACCUUCAAGGGGGUGUCCAUUGAUGACACAUCCAUGAUCAAAGUAGAGGCCAUGGACAAAAUCUCAGAGGCCAUGCUCUCAGUUCUCGAGGGAAAGCCUUACUUCACGACAAAACUGCACGACUGCUCAGUCACUGAGAAAGAUGAACUGACGAUGAUUUGUGAACUGAGCAAGCCCAAUGCAGAGGUGAAAUGGUUCAAAGGUGACCAUCAAAUCACUUCCUCCAAGAACGUGGUCAUCAAAGCCGAUGGAAAGAGACGUAUGCUGAUCAUUAAGAAGACAGAGAAAGCCGACAUGGGAGAAUACAGCUGUGAUUGUGAUGCGGACAGAACCACGGCCAAGCUCAACAUUGAAGAUCGUGACAUUAAGUUUGUCAGGCCCCUGUACAGCGUGGAAGUGACAGAAACUGAAAUCGCCAAGUUUGAGACUGAGAUCUCUGCCGAUGAUGUCCAUGGUCACUGGAAACUCAAUGGAGAGGCCCUUCAUCAGUCUCCUGACUGUGAGAUUAAGGAGGAGGGUACAAGGCAUAUCCUUAUCCUGUACAACGUUCGCAAGGAUCAGGCCGGAGAAGUUGACUUCCAAGCUGUCAAUGCUAAAUCCAAUGCUCAGCUUAGAGUUAAAGCGCGGGUGAUCGGCCUGCUGCGGCCUCUCAAGGAUGUUACUGUUACUGCUGGGGAGACCGCCACUUUCGACUGUGAACUGUCAUAUGAAGGAAUUGCUGUGGAAUGGUUCUUAGGGGGUACAAAGUUGGAGCCAAGUGACAGAGUGGUCACCCGAGCAGAAGACAAAACUCACACGCUGACUCUCAGAGAUGUCAAGAUUUCAGAAGAUGGAGAAAUUAAACUCACUGCAAAGGAUUUCCAGAUUGAGGCCAGACUACAUGUGAAUGAACCACCAGUUGAGUUCACCAAACCUCUGGAGGACCAGACAGUUGAGGAAGAGGCCACUGCUACAUUGGAGUGUGAAGUCUCCAGGGAAAACGCUGAGGUCAGUUGGUUCCAAGAUGGACAGGAGAUCCUCAAAACGAAGAAAUAUGACAUUGUUGCCGAUGGCCGCGUGAGAAAACUCAUCAUUCAUGGCUGCAGUCUUGAUGAUUCAAAAACAUUUACCUGCGACGCCUCAGAAUUCAAAACCUCUUGCUUCCUUAACGUUGAACCUCCACAUGUUGAGUUCUCUAAGCCACUUCAUGAUGUUGAGGUCAAAGAAAAGGAAUCUGCCAGAUUUGAAUGCGAAGUAUCGCGCGAAAAUGCCAAGGUCCGUUGGUUGAAGGACAGCAGUGAAAUCAGAAAGGGAAAGAAAUAUGAAAUAAUCGCCAAAGGUCGCCAACACAUCCUCAUCAUCCACAAAUCAGUGUUCGAUGAUGAAGCAGAAUAUGAAUGUGAUGCGAAGGUCUCCAAAUCCUCCGGCAUGCUUACAGUCGUUGAGGAAGAAGCUACGUUCACCAGGAACCUGUCUAACGUGGAGGGAACAGAAGCAGACAGUGUGAAGAUGAUUUGUGAAGUGUCGAAGGCAGACGCUGAUGUCAUGUGGUAUAAGGAAGACCAGGAACUGCCAGAAGGAGGAAGAUACGAUCAGAUCGUAGACGGCAGGAAGAGGAUACUUAUCAUCCAGGAUCUCAAAACAGAUGAUGCUGGAGAGUACUAUUGCAAACUGUCCAGCUCAAAGACAACUGGAAACCUGAAAAUAAAUGAAUUGGCUGCUGAGUUUAUCGCCAUGCCUCAGAGUCAGGAGGUGGUUGAAGGAGAAAAGGCUGAGUUUGUCUGCUCAGUCUCUAAAGACACAUUCAUUGUCAAAUGGAUGAAGGAUGAAAAGGAGCUAGAAAAAGGGGACAAGUAUGACAUUGUCUGUGAUGGCAAGAGAAGAAUACUUGUUAUCAAGAACUCUGAACCCAAGGAUGAGGGAGCCUAUGUUGCCUUCAUUGGCACCACCAGAGCUACAGCUGAUCUGUUUGUUCUUGAAAAACUCAGGAUCAGUACACCAAUCAAAGACACAGAAGCCAAAGAGGGACAAGAGAUCAUCUUCAACUGUGAGGUGAACACUGAGGGAGCUAAAGCUAAGUGGCUGAAGAACGAGGAGACCAUGUUUGAGAGCAGCAAGUUUGUCAUGAUCCAGAAAGACAACGUUUUCUCUCUGAGGAUAAAGGAUGCUGAUAAGUCAGAUGAAGGAAACUAUACUAUUACAUUGACAAACCAACGUGGUGAACAUGCCAAGAGCUCUGGCAAACUUACAGUAAAAGAGGAGAGUCUGAAGAUCAUUGUACCUCUUGAGGACUGCGACACACAGGAGAAGAAGACUGUUAGCUUUUCUUGCAAGGUCAACAGGCAGAAGGUUACUCUGAAAUGGACAAAGGCUGGUCAGGAGAUCACCUUCAGCAAACGCAUAAUCUACAGGUUGGACCAAUAUAAGCACACACUGACCAUCAAGGACUGUACUCUUGCUGAUGAAGGUGAAUACACCGCCAUGGCUGGUGAUGACAAGUCUACAGCUGAGCUGAUCAUUAGUGAAGCCCCCACUGACUUCUCAGCACAACUCAAAGACCAGACCAUCCCCGAGUUUGAGAAUGCUGAGUUCACCUGCAAACUCACCAAGGAGAAGGCUGAGGUGAAAUGGUACAGGAAUGGACGUGAAAUAAGAGAGGGACCCAGGUACGUCUUUGAAAAAGAGGGCAAGACCUGCAGGCUGCGUAUCAAGGAGUGCAGACCAGACGAUGAGUGUGAAUAUUCCUGUGGCGUAGAUGAAAAGAGAUCACACGCCCAUCUCUUCGUUGAAGAGAGUGCAGUUGAGAUUGUCAGACCACCAAAGGAUGUGUUUGAGCCUCCAGGCUCAGAUGUUGUAUAUGAAGUUGAACUGAACAAAGACAGAGUUGAGGUAAAAUGGUUGAGGAACAACAUGACCAUCGUCCAGGGUGACAAAUACCAGAUGAUGAGCGAGGGCAAGGUCCAUAGACUCCAGGUGUGUGAGAUCAGGCCUCGGGACCAAGGAGAGUACAGAAUCAUCGCCAAAGACAAGGAUGCCAGAGCCAAAUUGGAACUGGCUGCUAAGCCAAAUAUCAAGACUAUGGAUCAGAGCUUAGUAACAGAUGCUGGAAAGCCCAUCGUCAUGUUCGUGCCCUACAGCGCGUAUCCUAAAGCUGAGGCUGAGUGGUUCUAUGAUAACGUCAGCCUGCCCAAGGACAACAUCCACACCGUUGGAGACAGGACAGAGUACAAGCUGAAGGACCCUAAGAAGUCCGACCAAGGACGUUACAAUGUUGUCAUCAAGAACAAACAUGGACAGGGAGAGGCAUUCAUUCAUCUGGAUGUCAUUGAUGUCCCUGGACCUGUGAAGAGUCUUCAAGUGCUUGACACCGCCGAUGGUGAGGUCAGCCUGGCCUGGGAAGAGCCAGAGAGCGACGGUGGCAGCAAGAUCAUUACAUACGUGGUGGAGAGGCGUGACGUCAAGCGCAAGACAUGGACUCUUGCUACUGACCGCUCUGAUGCUCCAGAAUACACUGUGACCGGACUCCAGAGGGAAUCCAUGUACCUAUUUCGUGUUUCUGCUCGCAACAGAGUGGGCAGUGGACCAAAUAUUGAGACAGAGAAACCUGGUGUUUAUGCCAAGAACAAGUUUGAUGUUCCUGAUACUCCUCAGGAUGUGAGUGUUGGAAACGUGAGUAAGUUUGGAGCCACAGUCUCCUGGGAAAAACCAGUGUCUGAUGGAGGGGCUGAGAUCACCUCCUACAUCAUUGAGUCCCGUGACAGGACCUCUGUGAAGUGGGCCGUGGCUAUGAUCAGUAAAGCAACAGACCGCAGUGCAAUCAUCAACGACGUCAUUGAGAACAAGGAAUACAUCUUCCGUGUCAAGGCUGAAAACAAGGCUGGCAUUGGAAAGCCAAGCGCUGCCACCAAUCCAGUGAAGAUCAUGGACCCCAUUGAGAGGCCAAGCCCACCACAGAACCUGGUGCCCUCAGAACAGAAUAAGAACUCAGUUCAGCUGACAUGGGAGACCCCAUUGAAAAAUGGAGGCAGCAUGAUCACUGGCUACAUCAUUGAGAGAUGUGAGGACGAAACAAACCAUUGGCUCAGAUGCAACGCCAGGCUCUGCCAGGAUCUCACCUACAAGAUAUCUGGCCUGAAAUAUGGCAAGAAAUACAACUACAGAGUGAUGUCUGAGAAUGCAGCUGGAGUGUCUGACCCAUCCAACACACUGGGACCCAUGCUGGCUGAUGAUACACAUGUUGGCCCCACAAUGGACCUGAGUGGAUUCAAGGAUGGCCUUGAGGUCAUUGUUCCCCAUCCCCUUACUAUCCGUGUCCCUAUCUCUGGAUAUCCCACACCACACGCAAAGUGGAGCUUCGCUGAUAAGGAGCUCACUGCUGGUGAACGUGUUUACAUGAUUACAAAGAGUACCUACGUAGAACUGACCGUCACCCCAAGUGUGCGUCCAGACAGAGGUGUAUACGCUCUGACCCUGGAGAAUGAUAUUACCAGUUGCUCAGGAGAGAUGGAAGUCAAUGUUAUCGCAUCCCCAAGUGCACCCAAAGACUUUAAGGUUGCCGAGGUGACCAGACAGCAUGUGCACCUGAUGUGGGAGGCACCAGAGCAUGAUGGAGGAAGCCCUCUGACUGGGUAUCAGAUUGAGAAACGUGACGUAUCCCGCAAGACCUGGGUCAAGGUGAUCACUGGUGUUCAAGACCAGGAGUUCACUGUCACUGAUGUUGUUGAGGGCAAAGAAUAUCUGUUCAGGGUUACUGCCUGCAACAAGUGUGGCCCAGGAGAGCCUGCCUACAUUGACGAGCCAGUCAAUGUGUCCUCCCCUGCCACUGUGCCAGACUCACCUGAGAACCUGAAAUGGAGGGACAAGACAGCAUCUGGCAUCUUUCUGACCUGGGAACCACCCAAGUGGGACGGCGGCACCGGAAUCAGGGGCUAUAACAUAGAAAGAUGCCAGCGUGGGACAGACAACUGGGAAUCCUGCGGAGAUCAGGUCCCUGAGUUUAAAUUGCAAGUGACUGGUCUGAUUGAGGGACAGUGGUAUGCCUACCGCGUGAAGGCUUUGAACAGACUGGGUGCCAGCAAACCCUGCAAGGCUACAGAUGAGAUACUGGCUGUUGAUCCUAAAGACCCCCCAGAGAUUCUUCUGGAUGUCAAGUGUCUUGCUGGACUGACCGUCAAAGCUGGAUCUAAGAUCGAGCUUCCAGCUGAUGUUCUUGGAAAGCCCGUACCUAAAGUGAAAUGGACCAAGGGCGAUGUGGUCCUGAAGGGAGACGAUAGGGUCUCUAUUGACGACAAGCCUGGUCACUCCGUCGUUACGAUCAGCAAGACAACAAGAGAGGAUACAGCUACCUACAUCAUUGAAGCCCACAACAGCUGUGGUCGUGCUACUGCAACCAUUGACGUCAACAUUCUAGAUAAGCCUGGUCCUCCAGCUGCGUUUGAUAUAUCUGAGAUCACCAACAAGUCCUGUUUCCUGGCCUGGAACCCUCCCAGAGAUGAUGGAGGUGCAAAGGUCACUAACUACAUUGUGGAGAGUAGAGCCGCAGACAGCGAAAUCUGGCACAAGCUCUCCUCCACUGUCAAAGAGACUAACUACAAGGCCCUCAACCUUACGGCCUUCAAGGAGUACAUCUUCAGAGUGUUCGCUGAGAACCAGUUUGGUAUUGGUGUGCCAGCGGAACAUAUGCCAAUUAUUGCCAGAUAUGCCUUCGAUUCUCCCGGUGCACCAACCAAGCUGGAGCCUUCUGAUAUUGUUAAAGAUGGCCUGACUCUGAAUUGGUAUGAGCCUGAAGAGGAUGGUGGUAGUCCUAUCACUGGAUACUGGGUUGAGAGGUUUGAACCAGAUCAGAACAGAUGGAUCAGAUGCAACAAGAUCCCAAUCAUAGACACCACAUACAGAGUCAAAGGACUACCCACAAGGAAGAAGUAUAAGUUCAGAGUCAUGGCUGAGAAUCUCGCCGGACCUGGAAAAUCAAGCAAGGAAACUGACCAGAUAUUGGUCAAGGAUCCUAUUGAUCCUCCAUGGGCUCCUGGUAAGCCAACCGUAAAAGACGUGGCAAAGACCUCUGCCUUCCUGCAGUGGACCAAGCCUGAGCACGAUGGUGGCGCCAAGAUCGAGGGCUACAUCAUUGAACUCCUGAAGAGUGGAACUGAGCAAUGGGUCCGUGUUUCAGAGGGAAUCAAUAUCCUGGAGCACUCCCUGAGAGGCCUGAUGGACAGACAGGAGUACUCCUUCAGGGUCCUUGCUGUCAACAUCGCUGGGGAGAGUGAGCCCAGCGAUCCUAGCGAUCCAGUUCUGUGCAAGGAGAGACUCAAUCCUCCUACACCCCCACGCUGGAUGAAUGUCAUCACCGUCACCAGGAACAGUGCUGAGCUGAAGUGGACAGUACCAGAGAAGGAUGGUGGUUCACCCAUCACCAACUACAUUGUUGAGAAGAGGGAUGUCAGGCGUAAGGGCUGGCAGACAGUGGACACCACUGUGAAGGAGCUGAAGUACACUGUCACUCCACUUAACGAGGGCUCUCUCUAUGUGUUCCGUGUGGCUGCUGAGAACGCUGUUGGACCCAGUGAAUUCUGUGAACUGGAAGACUCCAUUAUGGCUAAAGAUACUUAUACUACCCCUGGACCACCAUAUAAUCUCUCUGUCAAUGGUGUGUCAAAGAGACAUGUUGACCUGCAAUGGGACGCCCCCAAGAAUGAUGGUGGCAGACCAGUUCUGAGAUACUCCAUUGAGAAGAAGGAGAAACUUGGUACCCGCUGGGUAAAGUGUGGAAAGACCUCAGCUGAUGACUGCAAGUACAGAGUGACAGAUGUCAUUGAAGGAACCGAGGUUCAGUUCCAGGUCCGCGCUGAGAAUGAGGCCGGUGCUGGACAUCCUAGUGAAUCAACAGAAAUCAUUGCUAUUGAAGAUCCAACAGGUGUACCCUCUCCUCCAAUUGAGCUUUAUAUCACUGAAGCCAGCAGAGACCAUUUGUGUAUUGCUUGGAGACCACCAGAGAGAACUGGUGGCAGUGCUGUAACUGGCUACCAUAUUGAGCUGUGUGAGGCUGGUACUGAGAAGUGGAUGAGAAUCAACUCUCGCCCAAUCAAGGAGCUCAAAUACAAAACAGAGGAGGGCAUCACCCCAGAGAAACAAUAUGUCCUGAGAGUCCGUGCCAUCAACUCUGUUGGAGUUAGUGAGCCAUCUGAUAUCUCUGAGAAGGUCUAUGCCAAGGACCCUGACUGCAUCCCAACCCUUGAGUUUCAAACAAAGGACAUUGUGAUUGUUGAGGGAGAGAAGUGGCAUCUCCCCAUCCCAUUCAGAGCAGUACCCAAGCCCAAGAUAACCUGGCACAAAGACGGAAAGGAGCUGAAGGAUGAUGAGAGAAUGAGCUUCAGACAGGAGUACCUCUCCUGUCACCUGGAGAUCGAGAGCUGUCUGCAUUCAGACUCUGGCCAGUACAAGGUCACCCUGGAAAACUCCCUCGGAGCAAGCAGCGGAACAAUUAAUGUUAAAGUUGUUGGCCUGCCCGGUCCCUGCAAAGACAUUGUUGCCAGUGAAAUCACCAAGAGCUCUUGCAAGGUUUCCUGGGAUCCCCCCAACUAUGAUGGUGGUAGCCCUGUUCUCCACUAUGUGCUACAGCGCAGAGAGGCAGGCCGGAGGACCUACGUCAACAUGAUGUCUGGAGAGAACAAGGUCAGCUGGCCUGUCAAGGAUCUGAUCCCCAAUGGAGAGUACUACUUCCAGGUCAAAGCUGUCAACAAGAUUGGUGGCGGGGAGUAUCUUGAGCUCCGCAACCCUGUGAUUGCAGAGGAUCAGAAGCAGAGCCCUGACCCUCCAUUGGAUGUUGAGACCCACAACCCUACUUCCAAGACUAUCACCCUCACGUGGAAACCUCCUAUGUAUGACGGGGGUUGCAAGAUUAUGGGCUACGUUCUGGAGAUGUUGAUGAAGGGUGAUGAGAACUUCACAAGAUGCAACGACUUCCUUGUGCCUGUGCUGUCCUACACAGUGAGGAAUCUCAGGGAGGGAAAACAAUACCAGUUCCGUGUACGAGCUGAGAACGCUGCCGGAGUCAGCGACCCAUCACGCAGCACACCAAUGGUGACGGCUUCUGAUGCUGUCGAAACACCCAAGGUGUUCCUCAGUGGAAGCCUGCAGUCCGGUAUGAGCAUCAAGAGAGGUGCUCAGAUCAGACUGGGCGCCAACAUCUCUGGAUCCCCAUACCCUCAAAUCACAUGGUACAGGAACAACGUUGUCAUUAGACCAGAAGCCAUGAAGAAGAGACCAGAAAAACCCAUUGUUAAGAAGAAGAAGGAGGAAAAGAAGGAAGAACUCCCUGACUACCCAACCCUCCAGGAACGUCUCACCAUCCAUGACAAGAAGAGGGGAGAAUCCUCUUGCAUUGUCAGGGACACCAUCAGGGGUGACCACGGAGUGUACACUAUCAAGGUUGAGAACGACCAUGGUAUUGCCUCUGCAACUUGUGAAGUCAAUGUGCUAGAUGCGCCAGGACCUGCAAUCAACUUCCGGUUUGAGGAGAUCAGGAAGAACUCUGUCAUCUGCAAGUGGGAUCCUCCCAUGGAUGAUGGUGGCAGUGAGAUCCUGAACUACACCUUGGAAAAGAAGGACAACUCCAAGGUGGAGAUCGGAUGGAUCACCGUAACCUCAACGCUCAGGGGAUGUAGAUACCCCGUGACCAAACUGAUAGAGAAGAAGGAGUACAUCUUCCGGGUCACUGCUGAGAACAAGUUUGGUCCUGGACCACCAUGCAUUUCUAAGCCACUUAUUGCCAAGAAUCCAUUCGACCCACCAGAGGGUCCUGGGAAGCCUGAGAUUGAUGGCAUCACAGCCAACUCCAUGCUGGUUAGCUGGGAGGAGCCAAAUGACAUGGGCAGCCCCAUUCUGGGUUACUGGGUCGAGCGGCGUGAGAUCAACAGCACCCACUGGACCAGAGUCAACCGGGUUAUUUUGGAGGAUACAGAACUUAACGUGGAAGGCCUACUGGAAGGUCUGACAUACAUCUUCAGGGUGGCUGCUGAGAACCAAGCUGGGCCUGGGAAGUUCAGCAUCCCGUCUGAUCCUAUGACAUGCCAGGAUCCAAUCUUGCCACCUGGGCCACCGUUCCCAAGAAUCACUGAUACCACUGAGUCUUCCAUCGACGUGGAAUGGGAUCCUCCUGCCUCCAACGGAGGUGGAGACAUCCUGGGAUACCAUGUUGACAAAACCGUAGCAGGCACCAAAGACUGGUCCCGCUCCACAGAGAGACCCUGGAAGACCCGGGCCUUCACUGUGUAUGGAGUCAGAGAAGGAGCCAAGUACCUGGUCCGUGUGAUCGCAGUCAAUGGAGCCGGUGAAGGAACUCCUGGCUUGACCGAAUCAGUCUUUGUCAGAGAUCCUAAAGAGGCUCCAGUGGUGGAGCUGGAUCUCACUGUGAGGAAUGGCGUAAUGAUCAGAGCUGGGGAGCCAUUGAUUCUGCCUGCCCUGGUCACUGGUAGACCUCCUCCAGACAUCAAAUGGACCAAAGAUGACGGUCCACCUGACAAAGACCACGUUGAGAUAGAAAAUGUUGGAAAGGAAAGCAUUCUCAGUAUCAAGGCUGCCACAAGAAAGGAUCCUGGCAAAUACCAGAUCAGUGCCAGGAACAACAGUGGAAUCAAGUCUACAUGGACAAGGGUUGAAGUCAUGGAUGUUCCCGGGCCUGUGCUGGACCUGAAGCCUGUGGUGGUAACCAGGAAGCUGAUGAUUCUAAACUGGUCCGAUCCUGAUGACGAUGGCGGCAGUGAUCUGACCGGCUUCAUCAUUGAGAGAAGGGAUCCCAAGAUGCACACAUGGAGACAGCCCAUAGAGACACCCUCAUCUAAGUGUGAGAUUGUGGGUAUUGUUGAAGGGCAGGAGUACAUCUUCCGGGUCGUAGCGAAGAACAAGUUUGGCUGUGGCCCUCCCGUUGAUUUGGGCCCUAUUGCUGCAGUGGAUCCCAAAGCUCCACCAACUUCACCUGAGAGAUUCCACUACACUGAGAGGACAAAGACUUCCAUCAGCCUUGCCUGGAGACCUCCCCGCAAUGAAGGAGGCAGUCCAAUCUUGGGCUACUUUGUCGAGAAGAAGAAGCACGAUGCCCCAGCAUUUGAGCCUUGUAACACAGAGAUGUGCAAGGACCUCUUCAUGACCGUCGAGAACCUCGAGGAGCUGUUUAUGUAUGAGUUCCGUGUCAAGGCUGUCAAUUUAAUUGGAUCAAGUGAACCUGGAAUUCCACUCACCAUUGUCAUUCAAGAUGAUGAACUUCCUCCUACUGUGAGGAUGUUGAAGACCUUCAAGGGAGAUGCCAUCACUGUCAAGAAGGGAGAGCCUAUUGAAAUCCCUGCUGAGGUGACUGGUCUUCCAAUGCCCAAGGUUGAAUGGUUGAAGGAUGAGGUGAUUAUUGUAGAGCCCACUGAGACUCUGUUGAUGGACACCAAGGAAAUCAACAGAAUGCAGUGCAAUACCAAGCUCAGUAUCCCUGCAGCAGCAAGACUGGACAAAGGCAUCUUUACAGUGAUCGCCUCCAACCGUCUUGGGUCGGCUAGUCACACCAUCAAGGUUAAGGUGUUAGACCGUCCUCUGCCACCUAGGAAUGUGAAUAUUGGUAACAUCAAGGCUGAGUCCUGUCAUCUAACCUGGGACGCACCAGAGGACGAUGGAGGAAGUGAGCUCACUAACUACAUCGUUGAGAAGCUGGACAUUCUUCCUGAGGAGGAACCUGAAGAAGAAUAUGAGGAUGAGGAGGAUGAGGAGCCUAAACCUAAGCCUGAGCCUAGACCCGUUCCUGUAUGGACGGUGAUCACUAACAGCAUCAUUGAGAAACGAUUCGGGGUUUGGAAUCUGGAAACAGGUAGCCAGUGCCAGUUCAGAGUGAGAGCAGAGAACAGGUAUGGACAGAGUGACGCCUGCGAGACAGAGGCCACCGUCAUCAAGGAUCUGUACGGACUCCCUGGUACUCCAGAGAAACCACAGAUCGCAGAGCACACCAGGUCCUCCAUGCUUGUGACAUGGGACCCUCCACGAGACAACGGUGGAUCCACUAUCUCUGGCUACUGGCUGGAGAAGAGGGAGAAAGGUUCGUCUUAUUGGGCUCGGGUUAACAAGGCCCCGGUGACGAAGCGUGCUCCUAAGCGCUGGGAGUUCCAGGUCGUUCGUAUGAUCGAGGGGUCUGCGUAUGAGUUCCGUGUCAUGGCUGUCAAUAUUGCCGGUAUUGGACCCCCCAGUGGACCUUCCGAUCCUGCAUAUGCAGUGGACCCUCUUAUGAAACCCGGCAUGCCAGCACCACCAGAGGUGGCAGACAAAACCAAGCACAGUGUCAGCCUCACAUGGUCUCCACCUGAGAAAGACGGUGGAAGCUCCAUCAAGGGUUACAUCGUUGAGAUCCAGGAUGAAGCCUCUUCUGUUUGGAACAGAAUCACUGAUCUAGAGACUCUGCAUGAGACCACUGAGAUCACUGUCCCAAGUCUCAAAGAGCUGAAACACUACAAGUUCAGAGUCACAGCCGUCAAUGACAUCGGCGAGUCUGACCCAAGUCCCAAGACAGAAGUCCUAAUUGAGGACGUACAUGUGGAGCCGAAGAUCCUUAUCGAUUGUGUUGUGGAAGAUUUGCUGUGCGUCCGGGCUGGUCAUUCCUUCAGAAUUCCUGCCAUUAUCAAAGGGCGUCCCGUUCCUAAGGUGACCUGGGAAUUCACUGGACCAGCAAAGACCCACAAGAAGAAUCGCCUUCAUGUCCUUCCAGUUGACUCAGAGCUUGAAUCUACUGAUACUACCGCAAACAUCACUGUACCUGUGUGCUUGAGAACCCACUCUGGACGAUACACCAUCACAGCCAAGAACAAGGCGGGACAGAAACAUGUCAACGUCAGAGUCAAUGUUCUCGAUGUGCCUGGUGCUCCUAAAGGGCUCAAAGUAACCGACAUCACCAGAGCUACUAUGAGGCUGAUCUGGAAACUGCCUGCUAACGACGGUGGCGAGAGGAUCAAGAGUUACUUCAUUGAGAAGAAGAAUGUGACAGGAAAGGCCUGGACCAUAGUAAACCAGUGCUGUUUCAGCCAGGCCUACGUUGUGGAGGGACUGCUGGAGGGACAGGAGUAUGUGUUCCGUGUGCGGGCAGAGAACCGUCUGGGAAUGGGACCUUUAACUGAGACCACUGAGCCUGCUAGGGCAAGAGACCCCAUCUACAUACCUGAUCCCCCAACCCACGUCAAGGUCAAUCUGGUCACCAAGGAUACAGUGACCCUGACAUGGGUGCCACCUAAGAACAACGGUGGUUCUCCUGUGAAGCACUACAUCAUAGAGCGCUUGAGUUGGGACACCAGCGGCCCGGAGAAGGAGACAUGGAAGCAGUGUAACAAGCGCAACGUUGAGGAAACCAUCUUCAUCAUUGAAGAUCUGAAAAAUGGCGGAGAGUAUGAGUUCCGAGUCAAGGCUGUGAACGAGGCUGGCCCAAGCAGAUCGUCGGCCACCGCUGGACCAAUCAUCAUCAAGGACCAGACAUGUGCUCCUACCAUUGAACUGAAGGAACAGAUGGAAGGUGAAGAGGGACUAGACGUCCAUAUUGUGGCUAGGAUCCAUGGCUGUCCAUUCCCCUCCCUCGUAUGGCAGAAGGCUCCCAUUGCCAAGCCUGAAGACAAGGCUGUAGUGCAAUAUGAUCAGCAUGUCAACAAACGGCUCGUUGAUAACAAAUGUACCCUGCUGAUCCAGCAGUCCAAGAGAGACGACAGCUCCCUUUACACUAUCACUGCUAGCAACAGUCUGGGAAAAGCCUCUAAGGACAUCAAACUCACUGUCCUAGGACGGCCUAGCGUACCAGUCGGGCCGAUUGAAUUCAAAGAGGUGUUUGCCGAGAGGAUAACACUUGCAUGGAAACCACCUAGAGAUGACGGUGGAUCCAAGGUGACAAACUAUGUCAUUGAGAAGCGUGAGGAAAACAGAAAGUCAUGGGUGCACGUUUCCAAUGAUCCCAAAGAAGGUCUCUAUACAGUUCAGAGGCUGACUGAGGGCCAUGAGUAUGAGUUCCGUGUCAUGGCUCAGAACAAAUAUGGAGUUGGCCCACCGCUGUACAGCGAACAUGAGAAAGCAAGGAAUCUCUUCACUGUCCCUGGCCAAGUUGAGAAGCCCUUAGUGGAAGAUGUGACUCUUGAGUCUAUGGUGAUCGUCUGGGGUGAGCCAAAAUACGAUGGUGGAUCUCCAGUUAGUGGUUACUGGCUGGAGCGUAAAGAGACCACGGCUAAGCGCUGGACCAAAGUGAACCGCGCCCCUAUCAGGGUCAUGCCCCUGGGUCAGGAAUAUGAGAUCACUGGUCUGCAGGAGGGAGCAAUCUACCAGUUCCGUGUGACCACAAUCAACGCAGCUGGAAUGGGACUUCCCAGUGUCCCAUCGGAUCCUGUUCUUUCAAGAGACCCUAUUACUCUCCCCGGUCCCCCAACCCCCAAGGUAACAGACUGGACCAAGUCAACAGUGGAUCUGGACUGGAUUCCACCUUUGAUUGAUGGUGGAUCUAAGGUCAUUGGUUACUUUGUUGAAUACAUAGAAGAGGGAAAAGAAGCAGAAAUCGAAAAGCAGAAGGCUAAAGACAAGGAGAUUAGAGGCACUAAGUUUGUUGUGUCUGGACUGAAAGAGCUGGGAAGGUACAAGUUCAGAGUGAGGGCAGUGAAUGCUGCUGGCGUCGGUGAGCCCGGUCAAGUGGCCGAAGUUAUUGAAUGCAAGGACAGAACAAUUGCCCCUGAAGUGGACUUGGAUGCCUCAGUGAAGGAGAAGAUUGUAGUCCAUGCCGGUGCUACCAUCCGCCUCCUGGCCCAUGUGUCAGGCAAGCCAGCACCAGAGAUCACAUGGAGCAGAGAUGACCAGCCUCUACCAGCAGAGGCUAAUGUUGAAACCACUUCAAUCAGCUCUGCUCUGGUUAUCAAAAACUGUAGACGCCAUCACCAGGGUAUAUACACCCUGAGUGCAAAGAAUGAAGGAGGGGAAAGGAAGAAGGCUGUCAUUGUGGAGGUGUUGGAUGUUCCUGGCCCAGUUGGUCAGCCGUUCUCUGGUGUGAACCUCACCAUUGACUCUUGCAAGUUGACCUGGUACUCCCCUGAAGACGACGGUGGCUCAGCCAUCACCAACUACAUAAUUGAGAAGAGAGAGUCUGACCGCAUGGGCUGGACAGCAGUCUCUUACACGGUUACCAGGCACAAUGCUGUUGUCCAGGGUCUCAUCGACGGAAAAGGAUAUUUCUUUAGAAUCGCAGCUGAGAAUAUCAUCGGAAUGGGUCCAUUUAUUGAAUCAGAACGACCAGUUCUCAUCAAAGACCCUAUUUCUGUUCCUGAGCGUCCUGAGGAUCUAGAAAUCACAGCCAUCACCAAAGAUUCCAUCAGUUUGGCCUGGAGACCACCUAAGUACGAUGGUGGUUCUGAGGUUACAUGUUUUGUGCUUGAAGCUCGUCUGAUUGGAAAGGAUAGCUUCACUAAGAUCGAUACUGAUGACACGCUGAUGGAUAGGAAGUUCACAAAGGGAGGUCUCAAAGAGAAUUCCACGUAUGAAUUCCGUGUCAGUGCUGUCAACGUGAUUGGUCAGGGAAAGCACUCUUUCUGCACCAAGCCAAUCCAGGUCAAGGAAGAACUUGAGCCCCCAACGAUCGACUUGGACUUCCGUGACAGACUGGUGGUGCGUGUGGGAGACGUGUGCACCCUCCAGGGCCGCUUCACUGGGAAGCCAGCACCUACAAUAACAUGGACAAAGAACGAGGAAGAGCUGAAAGCAGAUGAGGAGGUCACAAUGACCAACACUAGUAAAACACUGUGCUUGGCUAUGCCCAAGGCUAAACGAGAACACAGCGGCAGAUACCAGGUGGUGGUGGAGAACAUUGUUGGCUUACGUAAAGGAAUUUGCAGUCUCAGUGUUGUUGAUCGCCCCCAGCCUCCAGAGGGCCCAGUGGUCUUCAAUGAGGUCUACAGGAACUACAUGGUGAUUUCUUGGAACCCUCCUCUGGAUGAUGGUGGAUGUGCCAUCUCCAACUACACCAUUGAGAAGAGAGACACAAACAGAGACCUCUGGAUGCCGGUGACAACAGCUUGCACCAGGACAACAUGCAAAGUACCUAAGCUGAUUGAGGGCAGAGAGUACAUCAUCAGAAUCUGUGCUGUGAACAUCCACGGCAUCAGCAACCCACUGCUGUCUGCCGAGACAAAGGCUAAGGAUGUCUUCAAGGUGCCAAAUGCACCCAAACAGCCCAUUGUGCAGGAGAUCUAUAAGGAUCAAGCCCUUCUGACUUGGGAACCACCUGCUGAUGGUGGGAAGCCCAUCACUGGCUAUGUCAUUGAGAGGAAGGAGACCAUGACUAAUAGAUGGACUCGCGCAUCCGGAAAAGACCGCAUCUUCCCCAAAGUGGAGUACUUUGUUCCAGACCUCCUCGAGGGCUGUGAAUAUGAGUUCCGUGUCAUGGCUGAGAACCUUGUGGGUCUCGGUGACCCCAGCCCUCCAUCAAAGCCCAUAUUUGCCAAAGAUCCAAUUGUGCUUCCAAGCCCCCCCGUGCUGCCAGAAGCUGUAGAUUGGACAAAAGAGUCUGUGUCACUGUCUUGGCAGCCACCAAAGGACUGUGGCAGGGGCAAGAUCUUCGGCUAUCUUGUUGAGUUCACUAAAGCUGGAGAGGAGUGGCAGAAGGUGAAUCAGACUCCUGAUUCUUGCCAAAAAACCAAGUUCAAGGUCAUUAACCUGGAAGAGGGAGAAUAUUACAGAUUCAGAGUAACUGCUGUGAACUUUGCUGGUGAAUCUGAACCUGCAUACACCACAGAUCCAGUGAAGGCAGAAGACAGACUUGAACAUCCUGAAUUGGAUGUUGAACUGGGUAUGCCUCGUGAGUUGAAAGCCAUGGCCGGAACCCAUAUCAAUCUAAUUGCUGGAAUCAAGGGAAUUCCAUUCCCCAAAGUCACAUGGAAGAAGAACGACGAAGACGUCCCCACAAGAGUUGACAUUGAGAUCAAUCCGCUAGGAUCCAAAUUGGAGAUGCGCUACUGUGUCCGUUCUGACUGUGGUGACUACACUCUGAACAUUGAAAACUCAUCUGGUUCGAAGACUGCCACAUGCACAGUCCUCGUCCUGGACAAACCUGGUCCAAUCCAGCACCUGAGGGUUUCAGAGGUGAGAAGCGAUUCAGCCUAUCUCUCCUGGAAAGACCCAGAGGACAAUGGAGGAGCACGUCUUACCAACUUUGUUGUGGAGAAGAAAGAUGUGGCAGCCGCACAGUGGGUGCCAGUGUGCUCUUCGUCUAAGAAACGAAGCAUGAUGGCCAAGCACUUGAUGGAAGGAACAUCGUAUUUGUUCCGCGUUGCUGCUGAGAAUCAGUUCGGCAGAAGUGAAUACAUUGAAACAACCAAAGCCGUCAAAGCCAUGAAUCCACUGUUCCCACCUGGUCCACCAAAGGACUUGCACCAUGUAGAUGUCGACAAGACGGAGGUCUGGCUUGUGUGGAACUGGCCUGACCGCAACGGAGGUAGCAACAUCAUAGGUUUCCUGGUUGAGUACCAAGAGGAAGGAGAGAGAGAGUGGGAUGAAUGGAACACAGUCAGCAUCCCUGAGAGCCACAUUAGUGGCCUCGAGGAAGGAAAGACUUACAGAUUCCGUGUGAGAGCGGAGAACGCUAUCGGACUGAGUAGACCAGACACCACUGUCCCCGUCCUCUGCCAGGAGAAGCUUGUGGCUCCAAUCGUUGAAGUUGAGGCCAAGCUGAUCGAAGGGAUCAUUGUAAAAUGUGGAAGCACUAUCAGACUCCCUGCGAUCAUGAGAGGCAUCCCUGCGCCUACUGCCAAAUGGUCCAUUGACGGAGCAGAAAUUGUACCCGAAGGCGCAGUUAAGAUUGAGAGUGACAACUAUUCAACAGUUCUCAGCAUCAAUGAGUGUAUGAGAACCAACAGUGGAACCUAUAUUCUCACAGUUUCCAACCCUGCAGGAACCAAGACUCUGGCUUUGAAUGUGACCGUUCUUGAUGUGCCCGCUGCUCCCAUUGGACCAGUCAAUGUCCUUGAGGUUACUCCUGAGUACAUGCUUAUUGACUGGCGUACUCCAAAGGAUGAUGGUGGAAGCCCUGUAACAGGUUACAUUGUUGAGAAGAGAGAGGCGAAGAAGGAAACCUGGGGAGGUGUGAGCUCUGGUAGCACAGCUACAAAGCUUAAGAUCCCUCGUUUGCAGAGCGGUGUUGAAUAUGUUGUGCGUAUCCGUGCAGAGAACAAAAUGGGUAUCGGCGCUCCUCUUGAAAGUGCACCAACUGUCGCCCAACACACGUUUGAAGCCCCUGGCCAUCCAGGCAAACCAAACACAUGGGACAUUGCAGAAGAUGCUCUCACAGUUGGGUGGACCAUGCCAUUGUUUGAUGGAGGCAGUCAAAUCACUGGAUAUAUAGUUGAGCGUAGACACAAAGGCGGUAAAUGGAUCCGUGUCAACACGACACCCUGUAAGGAUCUCAGAAUCAGAGUACUUGGUCUCUUUGAGGGAAAUGAGUAUGAGUUUAGAGUUUUCGCUGAAAAUAUUGCUGGUUUCAGUGGACCUUCUCCCAUAUCAGACCCAGCAAAACCCUGUCGUCAAAUUAAAGCUCCUGGACCUCCAGUUAACCCCAGAAUCAAGGACUACAGUAAGGAAAAUGCAGACCUAGUCUGGAUUAAGCCCAACAAAGAUGGAGGCAGUCCAAUCAUGGGCUACAUUAUUGAAAUGCAGAAAGCUGGCGGAGAAUGGGAGAUCAUCAACAAGGAUGGUCACAUUAAGCAGUGUGCUUACAGAGUUAAAGGCCUUGAAGAACACUCAGAGUACAGGUUCCGCAUUAGUGCUGUAAAUAUGAUUGGAGUUGGAGAGCCUAGAGAAUGCCUUGGAUCGGUGGUUGCCAAAGACAUCAUGAUACCUCCAGAGAUCGAGAUGGAUGCCUCAAGCCGUGAGCGUUUGACUGUCCGAGUUGGACAUAACAUCAACAUCAUCGGUUACGUGAAUGCCAGACCCGAUCCAGAGAUUAUCUGGAAAAAGGGUGAUGAUGUUUUGGAAACCGCCAAGCACACAACACUAACUCAGAACUUGCCUGUUGUUCAACUGAGAAUCAAAGAGGCAACCAGAGCAGACCAUGGAAAGUAUGUUUUGAAGGCUAACAACUACAGUGGUGAAGCCGAAGCUACAAUAACUGUGAAUGUGUUGGAUAGACCUGGACACUGUCAGAAUCUGAAGGCCACCUAUGUGACCAAAGACUCUUGUAUGGUGUCCUGGGAGAACCCUGUAGAUAACGGAGGCUCUGAGAUUACAAACUACAUUGUUGAGUGCCGUGAACCCAGUGUGAGGCUUUGGUCAAUGAUCUCAUCUGACUGCACUAACCGCAUGGUUAAAGCCAAACUCAUGGAGGGCCACGAGUAUUUCUUCCGUGUUUGUGCUGCGAACAAAUGCGGCCCUGGGCCCACAGUAGAGACAAAACAACCAACCCUUGCCAUCGAUCCCAUUAACAUGCCUGGUGAGCCAGAGAACUUCCACGUAACCGACGUGGGUAAGAACUUUGUCUUCUUGAAAUGGAGGAGGCCAGACUAUGAUGGUGGAAGCCCCAACAUUGGUUACGCUUUGGAGAGCAAAGAAGCAGGAGCGGCAGAAUGGGUGCCAAUACACGAGGAUCUGAUUACAAGUACUUACUUCAUGGCUGACAAGUGUGUGGAAAAACAAACCUAUCAGUUCAGAGUGCAGACAUGCAAUGAAGGUGGAGAAAGUGACUGGGUGAAGACUGGUGAUGUACUUGUUAAAGAGGAGAUCCAGAAACCAGUGCUUGAUAUAAAGUUAGCUGGAGCCCUUGUGGUUAAAGCUGGAGAGUCUAUCAGAAUUGAGGCUGGACUCAGAGGAAAGCCUCAACCAGAGGUGAAGUGGGUGAAGGACAGGGCCACAGGAGAUAACCCCAGAGUUAGUAUUGAAACGGGCACAGAUUACUCUAAAUUCCUUUUGACCAAAUCCAAACGUACAGACACCGGAAAAUAUGUUGUUACUGCCACAAACUCUGCUGGAACCUUCACUGGAUACGCAGUUGUUAAUGUCUUGGAUGUCCCAGGGCCUGUGAGAGACGUGAAGGUGUCUGGAAUCGGAGUAGACAAAUGUAGAGUUGCAUGGGAUCUCCCAGAAGAUGAAGGUGGAUGUGAAGUUGAUAGCUAUAUCAUUGAGAAAUGUGAGACAAGAAGAAUGGUCUGGUCCACAUACUCUGCUUCACUUGUCACCAACUAUUGCAAUGUUACCCGACUAGUAGAAGGAAAUGAGUACAUCUUCCGCAUCAGAGCAGAAAACAAGAUGGGGACAGGUCCCGCAGUGGAGAGUAAACCUGUCACAGCUAGGACUCAGUUCAACAGACCUGGACCACCAGAAUCACCAGAGAUAACCAAGAUCGGCAAGGAGGAAAUGACAGUCGUAUGGGCCCCACCAGAGAAUGAUGGUGGAAAGUCUAUCACUGGUUAUAUCCUGGAAAGGAAAGAAAAGCGCGCUGUCAAAUGGGUGCCAUGCACAAAGAGUACCAUCUCUGAGAGACGCAUGAAAGUCAGCAACUUGAUUCCCAACCACGACUAUCAGUUCCGUGUCAAGGCUGAAAAUGAAGUUGGACUGGGAGAGCCAAGCAAACCAUGCAGACCAGUAGCAGCCAAAGAUCCAAUUGAGACUCCUGGUCCUCCAGGCAGUUUCAAGGUAAUUGACAGCACCAAGACGUCCAUUACUCUUGGGUGGGCCAAGCCUAUCUAUGAUGGAGGUGCUCCUAUCAUUGGAUACAUGGUUGAAAUGAGAGACAAACUUGAACCUAAACAGGAAGUGAUUGAAGCUGAAGCUGAGAAAGAAGAGGGCUGGAAGAAGUGCAACACCGGUGCUGGUGUGCUGGUGCACACAGAAUUCACCAUUCCAAACUUGAAUGAGAAGCAGAUGUAUGAAUUCAGAGUCUCUGCACAGAACCAGGUCGGCUGGGGUCGUCCUGCUACGCUCAAAGAGGCUGUCAAUCCCAAGGAGGUCCUCGAAGCACCAGAGAUUGACUUGGAUGCCAGUCUAAGGAAGGGCUUCAUUGUUAGAGCAGGCUGCCCCAUCAGGCUCUUCGCUACUAUCAGAGGAAGACCAUCCCCCAAAGUCACCUGGAAGAAGCUCGGUGUUGAUAACGUCGCCAGGAGAGGGCACGUAGAUCAGAUUGAUACUAUGUCCUUCCUUGUGAUCCCUGAGAGCACUCGGGACGACUCCGGCAGAUACUCUCUCACACUCUCCAACUCCGCUGGGGAGAAAGCUAUAUUUGUCCGUGUUAAAGUAUUGGAUACUCCUGGACCUGUGGGAGGAUUUGAGGUCUGUGAUGUGACAAGCACCGGUUGUCAGCUGUCUUGGCUCCCUCCAGAUAAUGAUGGUGGCUGUCAAAUCCAGAACUACAUUGUUGAGAAACGUGAACUCGAAAAGAAGACUUGGUCAAAUUGUAUCAACGACUUGAAGAAAACAAGCUUCAGAGUCACCGGCCUCACACCUGGCUGUGACUACUACUUUAGAGUUAUGGCAGUCAAUAAAUAUGGCAUUGGUGUUCCUAAAGACUCUCCAAAAGCCUACCUGACAACUGAUCCUAUAAGUGAACCUGAUCCACCCAAGAAGAUGGAUGUCUUGGAAGUGACAAAGAACAGUGCCACUCUGGGAUGGCUGAAACCUUUGAGGGAUGGUGGAGCUAAGAUCAAUGGCUACAUGGUUGAUUACAAAGAGGAUGGCGAACCUGAAGACAAAUGGACACCAUAUUCCGUUGUUAAAGACUUAACCAUUGUAGUCGUUGGACUUAAAGAGGGCACAAAGUACAAGUUCAGGGUUGCAGCAAGAAACGUGGCUGGAACCAGUCUGGCAAGAGAAGCUGAGGGAGUAUUUCAGGUCAAGGAGCAGCUGAUGGCACCAAAGAUCAUCAUGCCUGAUAGUGUCACAGUAAAGGCAGGAGAGAAAAUGAGAGUUGACGCUAUUGUGGCUGGAAAACCUACACCAUUCUGCAAAUGGAGGCAAGGAGCCGAUGAUCUGUUGACAUCUGAUCGUCUCAUGGUGCAAAAGUCUCCAAACUGCAUUUCACUAAUCAUGAAAGACGUCUCGAGAAAGGACAGUGGUUAUUUCAGUCUUUCUGCUGAGAACAGCACCGCCAAAAUAAGCCAGAUCCUUAGAGUCAUAGUACAGGAUAAGCCUGGGCCUCCUGAUGCUCCCCUGGAGAUCGCUGAGCUUGAUAUUGAUGCCUGCACACUUCAGUGGAACCAACCCAGUGAGGAUGGUGGAAGCAACAUCACUAACUACAUCAUUGAGAAGUGUGAUGUGAGCAGAGGAGACUGGGUCACAGCUUCUGGCUCAUGCACUACAACCAGCUACAGAGUUGGCAAGCUUACCCCUGGAAUGGAGUAUGGCUUCCGUGUCCGAGCUGAGAACAGAUUUGGCAUCUCGGAGCCAAUCUAUUCAGAAAAAAUUAUCGCUAGAUAUCCCUUCGAUGUCCCAGGCGAGCCCAGAAAUCUGUGUAUCACGAAAGUUAAGAGUGAAGCAGUGUCUCUGUCCUACGAGACCCCAUCAACUGACGGUGGCAGUCCUCUUACCGGAUACUGCAUUGAGCGUAAAGAGAGGAACAGCCUUCUCUGGGUAAGAGCAAAUGAGUCCGUUGUCCGCGGACUUGAAUACAACUGCACAGGCUUAAUGGAAGGUCUGGAAUAUGCAUUCAGGGUGUCUGCCCUCAACAAGGCCGGCCAGGGUAAACCAAGCAAACAGACUGACUGGGUCACAGCAAGAACACCCAUCGAUCCACCUGGGAAACCUGAGGUAAUGGAUGUGACAAAGAGCACUGUUUCACUUGUUUGGACUCGCCCCCAAAAUGAUGGAGGCAGCAAGCUCAUUGGAUACUAUGUGGAGUACAUGAAGAUUGGUCAAGAAGUAGAGAAAUGGGUUCGCUGCAAUGCCAACUGCCAGAACGUCAAAGCAGAAGACUAUGUUGUAACUGGCCUGGAGGAGGGAGCCCAGUAUCACUUCAGAGUUUUCGCCAAGUCAGCAAUCAACAUCAGCUUGCCUUCUCAGAUCUCAGAUGCCAUUCCAGUGUUUGCAGAGAAUGUUCCCCCCAGGGUCGAGCUGGGAGUGGACAUGAAGAACAUGAUCAUAGUGAAGGCUGGAGAAAAUGUCUCCUUUGAUGCAGUAGUGUUUGGAAAACCACUGCCCAAGGUUACAUGGAAGAGAAAUGGUGUUCCAUUGAAACUGGUUGAUGGGAUGAAGAUGACACAGAAGAGACACACACACAUUCUGGAAUUGUUCUCUGUAGCAAGGAAGGAGUCUGGAGAGUACACUAUUUUAGCUGAAAACCCCAAUGGCACUAAAUGUGCCAAUAUUAAGCUCAAGGUUCUAGACAAACCCGGCCCACCAGCCGGAGUGAAAGUCACCAAGGUGUUUGCGGACCGUAUUAAGAUGAGGUGGGAGCCACCUAUUGCAGAUGGAGGCUCUGAAAUCAUCAACUACAUCAUUGACAAACGUGAAACCAGCAGAGCGAACUGGGCUCUGGUCACCUCCAAUAUCAAUGGUCAACUGACCGAUUGCACAGUAGAUAAACUCAUGCAGGACCAUGAAUACCAGUUCAGGGUCAGUGCUGAGAACCAGUAUGGUAUUGGAGACCCCAUCCUCACUGACCCUGUCAUGGUCAAGAAUCCAUAUGAUGUUCCUGGUCCUAGUGAGCCACCAGUUAUUACCAACAUUACAGCCAAUUCUAUGACUGUCAGCUGGAAAGCGCCUGCUGAUGAUGGUAAAGCUACCAUUCUGGGUUACAUGGUUGAGAAACGUGAAGCGUCAGAGCUCAACUGGGCUAAAGUCAACCGUAAACCAGUGAUUGACAGGAGCAUAAAAGCUGCCCAGCUCUCAGAGGAAUCUGAGUAUGAGUUCAGAGUGAUUGCCAUGAACAAAGCUGGAUUUGGCAAACCAAGUGAUGCAUCCAAUGCUGCCCUUGCCGUGGAUCCUGUGUAUCCACCUGCACCACCUGCUUUCCCUAAAGUUGUCGACUCAACACACAGCACCAUUAGCUUGUCUUGGACCAAGCCUGCUUACGAUGGUGGUUGUGAAAUCUUUGGCUACCUUGUCGAGUGCAAGAGAGCUGAUGCAGCAGACUGGACGAAGUGCAAUGUGCCCAAAAAUCUGCAAGAAACCAAGUUCCUGGUUACUGGUCUCAUUGAUAAAACAGAAUAUGUGUUCCGUGUCUUUGCUGUGAACAAGAUUGGAUACAGCGAGCCAAGUGAAGUUCCUGGGAAACACGAGGCCAAAGACAUCCUGAUUGCCGCUGAUGCUGAGCUGGAUGCUGACCUUCGCAAGGUACUGGUCCUGAGAGCCGGAGUCACAAUGAGACUCUAUGUGCCACUGAUAGGACGUCCCCCACCCAAGGUGGUGUGGACCAAGGUCAAUGCCAACCUCAAAGAACGAGCAGGAAUCAUGAUCAAAACGUCUGAAUGGGAUACCCUUAUGUACAUUGAGGAUAUCAACAGAUAUGAUGCUGGCAAAUACAUUUUGUCGCUUGAAAACGACAGUGGAAAGAAGUCUUACACUAUCGUCGUGAAGGUCCUAGAUACUCCUGGUCCACCACUGAAUCUAAUUGUGAAGGAAACAUCUCUGAACCAUGCAUCCAUCGGCUGGGAUCCUCCUCUGAUUGAUGGAGGAAGCCCAGUGAAGAGUUACAUUGUUGAGAAGCGUCUUGCAGAGAGAAAGGCGUGGUCCUGUGUCAUAGCCAAAUGCCCCAAAUCUACUUUCAGGAUUCCUAACUUGGAAGCUGGACAAGCCUACUGUUUCAGAGUCUUGGCUGAAAAUAACUAUGGUAUAGGAGAAGGUUGUGAGACUGCCGGAGUUGUAAGAGCUUCAGAACUACCUGGAGCAGUUAUAGAUUUUAAGGCACUGUCGAUCACUAAAGAUUCCAUUCAUAUUGGCUGGAAAAAGCCAAUCAGUGAUGGUGGAAGUCACAUCAGUGCUUAUCUUCUGGAGCUUCAGGAAGGUGAAGAGAAGUAUACGGAACUAGUGAAAGGAAAGGUCAUGUCACAUAUGAUGGUUGAACUUAAAGAAGGAAAGGAGUACUCUUACAGAGUGAAAGCAAUCAAUGAGUCUGGAGAGGGACCACCUUCGGAGCUCACUGUGAUCGCUAAAGAUCAAACCAUCGCACCUGAUUGUGACUUGAGUGGCAUCCCAGAUCUGUGUUAUGUUGCCAAGGAGGGAAGCACAGUCCGUAUCAACGUCCCUAUUGUUGGCAAACCAGCUCCUUCAGCCAUCUGGAAGAAGGGACAUGUUUCUCUGGGAGACAGUGGAAGAAUGUCAGUUGAAUCUACACCUACUUUGACAACUUUGCUCAUCCGUGAUUGCCAGAAAGGUGAUGCGGAAAAUUAUACAAUCCUGCUAAGAAACACUGCAGGAGUCAAAGAAGCAAAGAUGCAGAUAAAGGUGGUUGGAAAACCAGGAAUCCCAACAGGACCAUUCAAGUUUGAUGAAAUCACUGCCGAUGGAAUCACUCUGGAGUGGGGUCCACCAAAGGAUGAUGGUGGGACUGAAAUAUCCAACUACAUUCUGGAGAAGCGGCAAUCAACGGCCAACAAGUGGGCUACUGUGGCAUCUGCGAUCCAGAAGAAUACUAUGAGAGUUACCAGGCUCCAUGAUGGUACUGAAUACAUCUUCAGAGUGUUCGCAGAAAACAAAUAUGGAGUUGGAGAAUGCCUCAAAUCUGACCCAGUGGUGGCUCAGCAUCCAUUCAAUGUGCCUGAUGCACCUGCACCACCAGAGAUUGUGAGCAUUCGCCAUGAGUCGGCCAUUUUAAAUUGGACUGAACCUAAAGAAAAUGGAGGCUCACCAAUCACUGGCUAUCAUGUCGAAUUCAAAGAAAGGAACAGCUUGAUGUGGAAGAGAGCCACUAAGACCCCUAUUAGGGUAAAGGACUGCAGAGUGACUGGACUGAUUGAAGGCCUGGAGUAUGAAUUCAGAGUCAUGGCAAUGAAUGCGGCCGGUUUAGGAAGGCCAAGCAGGGCAACAGAACCAGUCAUCGCCCUUGAUCCAAUUGAUCCUCCUGGUAAGCCUGAUGUCAUCAAUGUAACCAGAAGCACUGUAACACUUAUGUGGACUGCACCCAAGUACGAUGGUGGACACAAACUGACUGGCUACCUGGUUGAGAAACUGGAAUUGCCAGGAAAGACAUGGAUGAAAGCAAAUCAUAUCAAUGUCCAAGGCCUUGCGUUUACUGUGCAAGACCUGACAGAAGGCAGCAGCAUGGAAUUCAGAAUCAGAGCUAAGAAUGCAGCUGGUGCAAUCAGUGUUCCUUCAGAGCAAACUGAUACCCUUAUCUGCAAAGAUGAGUAUGAACCACCAAGCAUCUCUAUCGAUCCAGACAUGAAGGAAGGUGUCUCUGUCAGAGCUGGGGACACCAUUGUGGUAUCUGCUUCCAAGAUCCUUGGCAAACCUCCACCUACAGCUGUGUGGUCCAAGGCAGGAAGAGAAUUCAAGACCUCAGAUAUUGUCCAAAUCACAAGCACUCCAACUACUUCAACGUUGUCUAUUAAAUAUGCCAGCAGGAAGAACACUGGAGAGUACACAAUUACAGCCAGCAAUCCUUUCGGUAUCAGAGAAGAACAUGUUAAGGUCAAGGUUCUUGAUAUCCCUGGACCUCCAGGCCCCAUUGAAGCUAGCAGUGUGUCAGCUGAGAAGUGCACAUUGACAUGGUUGCCACCAGAAGAGGAUGGUGGCUGCGCAAUCAAAUCCUACACACUGGAGAAGAGAGAAACAAGCCGUCUUCUCUGGACCAAACUUGCUGAAAAUAUCUUUGAUUGCAGAUUUGUUGCAAACAAGCUUAUCAAGGGCAAUGAGUACAUCUUCCGUGUGUCUGCAGUGAACCAGUAUGGCACUGGUGAUGGAACACAAUCCGGCCCAGUCAAAAUGGUUGACAGCUUUGGCCCACCAGGCCCACCCGGAGUCCCAGAGAUUGACAAUGUCAGCAGGAACGCUGUCACCAUUUUCUGGAAGAGGCCAAUUAAAGAUGGCGGAAGCGAUAUUAGAGGUUAUCAGGUUGAGAGGAAAGAGAGAAGAGGAAUGAGAUGGGUGAGAGCAUCGAAGAAAACGGUCUCUGACCUACGUUACAAAGUACAAGGACUCACAGAAGGUGUUCAAUAUGAAUUCAGAGUAACUGCAGAGAACAAAGCUGGCUUUGGGGAACCAAGUGGACCAUCUGCCCAUGUAAUGACAAAGGAUAUUGUAUAUCCACCAGGACCUCCUUCCAACCCAAGAAUUACUGACACCACCAAGACAACAGCCACAUUCAACUGGGGUAAACCCCACUAUGAUGGCGGCCUGGAUGUAGCAGGAUACAUUGUUGAGCACAAAAAGGAAGGACAUGACGAUUGGGUCACAGACGUCUCAAGACUGAGAAGUACAGAAUAUGUUGUCUCAGACCUGAAGGCAGGUGGGAACUACUAUUUCAGAGUCACAGCCAUGAAUACAGAAGGAGUUGGUGAACCAGCAGAGGUUGAAGAAAUUGUUGAACUUGGGGACCGUGAGACACUUCCUGACUAUGAGCUUGACGCUGAGUAUAGAAAAACCCUUGUUGUUAGGGUCCGUGGAUCCAUUCGUAUCUUCGUACCAAUUAAAGGACGUCCAGUUCCUGAAGUAACCUGGAUGAAAGAUGCCGCCAUUCUUGGUAAAGGUGGCCGUGAACACAUUGAUAUUACAGAGUCGUAUACUCUCCUGGUUAUCCCUGACUGCACAAGAUAUGAUGCCGGAAAAUACAUGCUGUCAUUAGAAAACGUUGCUGGUAAGAGAGAUGGAUUCGUUAAUGUCAGAGUACUGGAUUCACCAGGACCACCUGUGAACUUGAUACCACGUGAAAUCACCAAAACAAGCAUCACUAUGCAGUGGGAAAUCCCCAUCAUUGAUGGUGGAUCAAAGAUCAUUAACUAUGUCAUUGAGAAGCGAGAAGCCACAAGAAAAGCGUACACAGUAAUCAGUACAACCUGGCAGAAAUGUUCCUUCAAGUAUGACAACUUGGAUGAAGGCUCUGAAUAUUACUUCCGGGUAUCCGCUGAAAAUGAACUGGGCGUCGGCGAGCCAGCAGAGACACCUGAGACAAUCAGAGCAUCUCAAGCACCCACUGCCCCUGAAAAUCUGUAUGUCACUGACGUAUCAGUGGACACCGCAAGCCUUGCAUGGACGAAGCCAAAACAUGAUGGCGGCAGUAGGAUUACUGGAUACGUUAUUGAAGCACAGAAGAAGGACACAGAGACAUGGACCCAUGUGAGAACUGUAAAAGCUCUUGACUACACAGCCACAGAUCUCAUUGAAAAUAUGGAGUAUGUGUUCCGCAUCAUGGCAGUAAACAGCUCUGGCAGAAGUAACCCACGUGAAAGCAGACCUGCUAUCAUUAGAGAACAAACAGCAGCACCUGUGUUUGACCUGCGUGGAGUCUACCAGUCCUUGGUCAUUGCUAAAGCUGGUGAUAACGUGAAGGUUGAAAUUCCUGUUCUGGGUCGCCCCAGACCAGCAGUUUCAUGGAAGAGAGGUGAGGACACACUUAAACAGACACAGAGAAUCAACACUGAUACUACUGCAACUUCAACUACUCUCCACAUCAAUGAGAUCAAAAGGACCGAUGGUGGUACAUUUUCGAUGACCGGCAAGAAUAUACUUGGAACAACGACAGAGACAAUUACUGUUGAAGUCCACGAUAUUCCAGGACCCCCUACUGGACCAAUUAAGCUUGAAGAAGUUUCAUGUGACUACAUUCUCAUGUCAUGGGAAGGUCCGGAGAAUGAUGGUGGCGUACCCAUUAACAAUUACAUUGUUGAAGCUAGAGAAACCACAGGCACAUCAUGGGUUGAAUUAGCAGCAACAGUUAUCCGUACGACAUUCAAAGCUGCCCGUCUCACAACAGGAAUCACAUAUCAGUUCCGUGUUAAAGCCCAGAACAGGUAUGGCAUUGGACCCUGUAUAGUCUCAGAACAAGUGGUUGCUGCUUAUCCAUUCGAUGUGCCAGGACAACCAGGCAUUCCUGAAAUCGUCCACUUCAACAAGGAUUCCAUGACUAUUAGCUGGGAUGAACCAGCGUCCGAUGGUGGAAGCCCCAUUUUGGGAUAUCACAUUGAAAGGAAAGAGAAGAACAGUAUCCUAUGGCAGAAAAUCAGCAAAGCACUUGUAGCGGGGAACAUGUUCAAAUCAACAGGCUUGGUGGAUGGAAUUGCCUAUGAGUACCGUGUUAUUGCUGAAAACAUGGCUGGUUUGAGCAGGGCAAGCAAGCAUUCUGAGACUACAUUUGCUCUGGAUCCAGUGGACCCACCUGGCCAACCAGUGGCAUUGAAUGUAACCAGACAUGAGGUGACUCUUCAGUGGACAAAACCUGAAGGUGAUGGAGGAUUCUCAAUAACUGGGUACCAAGUAGAAAAGAGAGAACUCCCAGACGGACGCUGGCUUAAGGCCAACUAUAGCAACGUCCUUGAGACAACAUUCACUAUUAGCGGGCUCACAGAGGAUGCUACUUAUGAGUUCCAUGUUUUGGCAAGAAACUCAGCUGGCGCUCUCAGUAAGCCAUCUCUACCAUCAGAGGAAAUCACUUGCAGAGAUGACAUUGAAGAGCCCAAACUUGAAGUUGAUACAAUCUAUAAUAGUACUGUGGUUGUGAAAGCAGGAGAUGUCUUCAAACUUGCUGCCAACGUAACAGGCAGACCAAUCCCAACACUGCUAUGGACCAAAGACGGGAAGGAACUUGAAGAUACGGCAAAGUUGGAAAUCAAACUCUAUGACUUUUCUACAACAUUAGUCAACAAAGAUUCGCUAAGAAGGUGCGGCGGCACAUUCACUUUAACUGCCAGCAAUCCUGGUGGUUUUGCAAAGCAUACCUUCAAUGUUAAGGUUCUUGAUAGACCUGGACCUCCAGAUGGUCCACUUGCUGUAACAGAUGUCACUGCUGAGAAAUGUAUCCUGUCAUGGUUGCCACCAUCACAUGAUGGUGGUGCAAAGAUUCUACAUUACAUCAUUGAGAAACGUGAAACAAGUAGACUUGCUUGGACAAAUGUAGCGUCAGACUUACAAGUGAACCGGUUUAAGGUUACCAAGUUGUUGAAGGGUAAUGAAUAUAUCUUCCGAGUUAUGGCUGUCAACAUAUAUGGAACUGGAGAGCCCCUUGAGUCCAAUCCAAUGGUUUCUACAAAUCCAUAUGUGCCAGCUGAUGCUCCAACAACACCUGAGGUGACGACCAUCACAAAGAACACCAUGGUUGUCUGCUGGGAACGCCCUGAACACGACGGUGGAAGCAGCAUUUUCAACUAUGUUGUUGAAAGGAGAGACAAAACUGGUCUUCGCUGGGUUAAAUGCAACAAGAGGACUGUAACUGACCUGAGGUACAAAGUAUCGGGGCUCACACCAGGGCAUGAAUACGAAUUCAGAAUCAUUGCAGAAAACAAUGCUGGUUUAGGUACACCAAGUCCUUCAAGUGAAUUCUACAAAGCAGUAGACACAAUCUUCCAACCUGGACCACCUGGAAAUCAAAGAGUCUUGGACACAACCAAGUCAUCCAUUACAGUUGCAUGGAACAAACCUGUAUACGAUGGUGGUUCUGAUAUCAUUGGUUACAUUGUGGAGACCUGUCUACCUGAGGAAGAUGAAUGGACAAUUCAAACCCCUAAGAAGGGAUUAGUUGGUACGUCAUUUACCAUCACUAACCUGGUAGAAAACCAAGAUUAUAAAAUCAACAUUUGUGCAAUUAACUGUGAAGGGGUUGGAGAGCCAGCACAAGUGCCUGGCACACCAAUUGCAGAGGAUAGGCUGCUUCCUCCUGAAAUUGACCUUGGUGCAGAGCUUCGUAAGGUUGUCUGCGUUAGAGCUUGUGGCACAUUGAGACUCUUUGUACCUAUUAAAGGAAGACCAGCUCCUGAGGCCAAGUGGUCCAGAGAAAAUGGAGAGCCUGUUACGAGAGCAACAAUCGACACCACAUCAUCAUUUACUGCUCUUAUGGUGGAAAAUGUUGACAGAUUUGACAGUGGAAAGUACAUGUUGACAGUGGAAAACGCCUCAGGAAGCAAAACAGCAUAUGUGAAUGUCAGAGUGCUGGACACACCUGGAGCACCACAAAGCCUCAUAAUCAGAGAGGUCACCAGAGACUCAGUAUCACUCAUGUGGGACGCACCCCUUAUUGACGGUGGCUCCAGAAUUAGAAACUACGUUGUGGAGAAACGUGAAUCAACAAGAAAAGCUUACGCCACAGUUUGUGCUCAAUGCGUUAAAUCCAGCUGGAAAAUUGGUGGCCUGGAGGAAGGAAAUACAUAUUUCUUCAGAAUUCUGGCAGAGAAUGAAUUUGGCAUUGGCCUUCCAAUAGAGACUCCUGAGGCAAUCAGAGUAUCUGAGAAGCCACUUCCACCAGGCAAAGUAACUCUUGUUGAUGUUACAGGCACCAGUGUCUCUCUGUCUUGGGAAAAACCAGAUCAUGAUGGAGGAAGCAGAAUCUCAGGAUAUAUUGUUGAAAUGCAGGGCAAAGACAGUGAAACUUGGACCCAGUGUGCAGUUGCAAAAAUCACACAGGCUAUUGUUCUUGGACUGACACAGGGUGAAGAAUAUAUGUUCCGUGUGUCAGCACAUAAUGAAAAAGGAACCAGUGAUCCUCGUCUACUUAGUGUAUCUGUGGUAGCCAAAGAUCUUGUCAUUGUGCCAGUAUUCAAGCUGCUGUUUACCACAUUCAGUGUAUUGGCAGGAGACGAUCUCAAGAUAGAUUUGCCUUAUUCUGCUCGUCCCAAAGCAGUUGUGACCUGGCUCAAGGAUGGUGUUGCACUCAAAGAAACAACCAGAGUCAAUGCUGAUGCCACUGAUACACAUUUGUAUCUUGUGGUCAAGGAAGCCAGUAGGGAAGAUGUGGGCAAGUACACCAUCAAACUUGUAAACACAGCUGGUGAAGCAACAGUGGACAUUGGGGUUGUUGUUCUUGAUAAACCUGGUCCUCCGACUGGCCCAAUCACUCUUGAUGAAGUCACUUCUGACAGUGUGGUACUGUCCUGGAACCCACCUACAUAUGUGGGUGGUUGUGCCAUUAACAACUAUGUAGUAGAAAAGAGGGAAACCACCUCCACAAAUUGGCAGAUUGUGUCUGCAACAGUUGCAAGAACCACCAUUAAAGCAGCUCGGUUGAAGACUGGCUGUGAAUAUCAGUUCAGGAUUGCUGCUGAGAACAGAUAUGGAAAGAGUCCAGUACUUAUAUCAGAAAAUAUUGUUGCUCAAUAUCCAUUCAAUCUCCCAAGCGCUCCAGGAACCCCAGUUAUACAAUCAUCUACAAAGGACAGCAUGGUUAUUGUAUGGGAGAAGCCUGGUAGUGAUGGUGGGAGCAAGAUUUUGGGAUAUCACCUUGAGAGUAAGGAGAGAAACAGCCUCCUCUGGGUGAAACAAAACAAACAGCUGAUCCCAGACUCAAGGUUCAAGCUUGGUGGUCUUGAUGAAGGUAUCGAAUAUGAGUACAGAGUUUAUGCUGAAAAUAUUGUUGGGGUUGGCAAAGCUAGCAAAUUGUCAGAUAUUCGUGUAGCAAGAGAUCCCUGUGACAGUCCAGGCAAGCCUGAAGCUGUCAUUGUCACAAGAGGAGCUGUCACUCUCCAAUGGACUAAGCCAGAGUUAGAUGGAGGUAGCAAAAUCACUGGCUACGUUGUGGAGAAGAAAGAGCUGCCUGAAGGGCGCUGGAUGAAGGCCAGUUUCGCCAAUGUCAUUGAGACCCAAUUUCUUGUGACUGGCUUAGUUGAAAACCAGUGCUAUGAGUUCCGUGUCAUUGCAAGAAAUGCAGCAGGUGUUUUUAGUCUUCCAUCAGAGAGCACUGGGUCUAUUACAGCAAAGGAUGAAGUUGAUCCUCCCAAAAUAGAGAUUGACUCAAAGUACUCUUCAACAGUUGUUCUGAUGGCUGGUGAAUCGUUCAACCUUUGUGCAGAUAUUUUCGGCAAACCUGUGCCCUCAGUCCAUUGGAUGAAGAACAACAUAGAAAUAAAAGAUGCUGCACGCCUUGAGAUAAAGAACACCGCUUUUAAAGCAUCUUUGAGUGUUAAGGAGGCAAUCCGUGUUGAUGGAGGACAAUAUAUCCUACUUUUGAAAAAUGUAGGUGGAGAGAAGGCAGUGAACAUCAAUGUCAAAGUGUUGGACAGACCUGGUCCACCAGGAGGCCCAAUUUCUAUCUAUGGAGUCACAAGUGAAAAGGCUUGUAUUGCCUGGAGACCACCAGCACAAGAUGGAGGUAGUGAUGUUUCUCAUUACAUUGUUGAGAAGAGAGAGACAAGCAGAUUGGUUUGGACUCUGGUUGAACCUAAAGUGCAGACUCUAAAUCUGAAGAUCAUAAAACUUGUUCCUGGAAAUGAAUAUGUCUUCCGAGUGAUUCCUGUAAACAAAUACGGAAUUGGUGAACCUCUUGAAUCCGAGCCAAUGAUUUCCAGAAAUCAAUUUGUGACACCUGAUCCACCAACGGAUGUGGAAGUCUCUACCAUCACAAAAGAUUCAAUGGUGGUAACGUGGGAAAGACCUGAAAACGAUGGUGACAAUGCCAUUUCUGGAUUUGUCAUUGAGAAGCGUGACAAAGAAGGUGUGCGCUGGACCAGAUGCAAUAAGCGUACAGUGAGUGAGCUGCGCUUCAGAGUAGCAGGUCUUCUUGAAAACCGCAGCUAUGAGUUCCGAGUUUCAUCUGAGAAUGCUGCUGGAGUUGGUAAACCAAGUGAACCCACUAUUUACUAUAAAGCAUUGGAUGCUAUCUUCACAUCAGGUCCACCAAAUAAUCCCAAAGUGACUGACACAACAAGAACAUCUGUGUCCUUGUCAUGGGGCAAACCUAUCUAUGAUGGUGGCUGUGAGAUUCAAGGAUACUUAGUGGAGGCCUGUGAAGGAGCAACUGAUGAAUGGACAAUGUGCACUCCACCUGCUGGAAUCAUAAACACUAAAUUUACAGUUACAAAACUACUAGAGAAGCACGAGUAUAAAUUCAGAGUCUGUGCCAUAAACAAGGUUGGUGUUGGUGAGCAUGCAGAUGUCCCUGGAUCAGUUCUUCUAGAGGAGAAAUUGGAAGCACCAGAUCUUGAGCUUGACUCUGACAUGAGGAAGAUGAUUAAUGUCAGAGCUGGAAGCGCUCUUAGGUUGUUCGUUCCUGUUAGGGGACGGCCAGCUCCUGAACUGAAAUGGGGAAAAGCUGAUGGAGAACUCAAGGAGACAGCACAGAUUGACAAUACAAGCAGUUAUGCCUCACUUCUGAUUGAAAACGUUGACAGAUUUGACACUGGCAAAUACACUGUUACUGCAGAGAAUUCCAGUGGAGUUAAAUCUGUCUUCAUCAGUGUCAGAGUACUUGAUUCACCUAGUAUGCCGGCUAAUUUCGCUAUUAAGGAGAUAACAAAGAACUCAGUCACCCUUACUUGGGAGCCACCUAUUUUGGAUGGUGGGUCUAAAAUUAAGCAAUAUCAUGUUGAAAAACGAGAAAGCACUAGGAAAGUGUAUUCCCCUGUCACAACCUGUCACAAGAUGUCGUGGAAGAUUGAACCACUUGUAGAGGGAAGUAUCUAUUUCUUCAGAGUUCUUGCUGAAAAUGAGUGGGGCAUUGGCUUACCUGCAGAGACCCCAGAACCCCUAAAGAUUUCAGAGGUACCUCAACCUCCCGGUAAAGUAACAGUUCUGGACGUGACUCGUAACAGUGUCUCUCUUAAGUGGGAGAAACCAGAUCAUGAUGGAGGCAGCAGAAUAAGCCAUUAUGAGAUUGAAAUGCAAUCCAAGGAUAGUGACAAGUGGACAUUAUGUGCUCAAUGUAAAUAUCUUGAAACUACUGUCACUAGCUUAGCCCAAGGAGAGGAGUAUCAAUUCAGAGUAAUUGCGGUCAAUAGCAAAGGAAAGAGUGACUCUAGACUUCUGGCCAAUCCAGUAGUAGUAAAGGACCUUGUCAUUGAACCUGACAUAAGACCUAAAUUGACACAGUACAGUGUACAGGUUGGCUAUGAUUUGAAGAUUGAAGUUCCCAUUGCUGGACAUCCUAAACCAGUCAUUACAUGGACAAAGGAUGGUGCUGCCCUGAAACAGACCACAAGAGUUAAUGUUGUCGACAGUGCACGCAAUACACAUCUAACCAUCAAAGAAGCAACAAAAGACAAUGGGGGAUUGUAUAGUAUUAAUAUUACCAAUAUGCAUGGCUCCAAAGAUGCCACCAUUGAAGUAAUCACACUGGAUAAACCUGGCCCACCAACAGGCCCAAUCAAGAUGGAUGACAUCAGUGCUGAAAGUAUGACACUUACCUGGGAACCACCCUCAUACACUGGUGGCUGCCCAAUUUCAAAUUACGUUGUCCAGAAAAGAGAUACAACCACAACCAACUGGGUAGUAGUCUCUGCCACUGUGGCGAGAAAUACCCUGAAAGUGACAAAUCUAAAAACAGGUGCAGAAUACCAAUUUAGGAUCUGUGCUGAAAACAGAUAUGGCAAAAGUUAUGCUAUUGAUUCUGAACCUGUCCUUGCCCAGUAUCCCUUCAAGGAGCCAGGACCACCAGGAACACCUUACGUAUCUUCAUACACUAAGGAUUACAUGGUUGUGGAAUGGCACAAACCAAUUUCAGAUGGAGGCAGUGCCAUUUUUGGCUAUCACAUUGAGAGAAAGGAAAAGAACAGUAUCCUUUGGACAAAGAUCAAUAAAUCCCUUAUUCAAGACUGUAGAUUUAAAUCUACUCCUUUAGAGGAAGGUAUUGAAUAUGAAUUUAAAGUGUCUGCUGAGAAUAUUGUUGGCAUUGGCGCAUGCAGCAAACUCUCUGAGGGAUAUGUGGCACGUGAUCCUUGCGAUCCUCCUGGCACCCCAGAGGCUAUCAUUGUAACCAGGCACUCCAUGAAACUGAAGUGGACAAGACCACAGUAUGAUGGUGGCAGUCUGAUCACAGGCUAUGUGGUGGAGAAACGCAAUCUCCCAGAGGGAAGGUGGAUGAAGGCAAGUUUCACAAAUGUCAUUGAAACCGUAUUCACAGUUCUUGGUCUAACUGAAGACUGCAAAUAUGACUUCAGAAUCAUAGCUAGGAAUGCUGCUGGGUCUAUCAGCAAGCCCUCUACGAGCACCGGAUCCAUCACAGCAAAGGAUGAAGUUGAUCCUCCAAAAUGUGAAGUUGACUCAGUGUACAGCCAGGUUGUUAUCAUCAAUGCUGGGGAAACAUUUACACUUGAGGCCGCUGUACAAGGAAAGCCAAUUCCUACAGUUCAAUGGUUCAAGAGUGAAGCAUUAGUGGAGAAUUCAGCCAGGGCUGAGAUUAUGAAUUCAGAUUUCCAAGCAAAGCUUGUUGUCAAAGAUGCUAUCAGAGUGGAUGGAGGACAAUAUACUUUGCUUGUAACUAAUGUUGCUGGAGCUAAAACUGUAACGUUCAAUGUGAGAGUACUGGACAGACCUGGGCCCUCUCAGGGACCCCUCACUGUCAGCAAUGUCUCAUGUGAGAAAUGCUCACUGUCCUGGCUUCCUCCAAGAGCUGACGGUGGCAGCAGCAUUUCCCACUAUGUCAUUCAGAAGAGAGAGACUAGCCGUCUUGCAUGGACUGUGGUUGCUAGCGAUUGUGGAGCUACAAUGUUCAAAGUCACAAAGCUUCUGAUGGGAAAUGAGUACAUUUUCCGUGUUAUGGCUGUCAACAAAUUUGGUACUGGUGAACCUCUUGAAUCAGCCCCAGUUAUAAUGAGAAAUCAAUUUGUUACUCCUGGACCACCUCAAGAAUUGGAAAUAGCCAAUAUCGCAAGGGAUUCCAUGACUGUGUGCUGGACUCGCCCAGAGGUUGAUGGUGGAAGUGACAUUGCUGGUUACAUUGUUGAGAAGAGAGAUAGAGCUGGAAUCAGAUGGACAAAAUGCAACAAACGCAGAGUCACAGACCUUCGCUUCAGAGUGACAGGCCUGACAGAGGAUCAUGAAUAUGAAUUCAGAUUAUCUGCUGAGAAUGCUGCAGGAGUCGGCCAACCAACUGAACCAACUUCUUACACCAAAGCCUGUGAUCCAACCUUUGAGCCUGGCCCUCCCACUAAUGCACAUGUGGUUGAUACUUCCAAGAACUCCAUUACACUCGCAUGGAGCAGACCCAUUUACGAUGGUGGAGUCGAUAUCCAGGGAUAUGCAGUGGAGAUCUGCAAAGCUGAUGAGGAUGAAUGGACCCUAUGCACUCCACCAACGGGAGUGAAUGCAACUACCUUCAAAAUCACCAAACUUACUGAGCAUCAAGAAUAUAAGGUGCAAGUAUGUGCCAUUAAUAAAUUGGGUAUUGGUGAACCUGCUGAAAUUCUAGGAACCGUAAAACCGGUAGAUGCCAUGUUUGCGCCAGAGAUAGAGCUGGAUUCAGAGCUAAGGAAAGGAGUCGUUGUGCGUGCUGGAGGAUCCAUGAGGAUCAAUAUUCCAUUCAAAGGACGUCCUACUCCAGAAAUAAGCUGGUCCAAGGAUGAGGGUGAAUUGACUAACAAAGUUCAAAUUGAGAAAGGCGCCAAUUUUACUCAACUGUCAGUAGAUAUCUGUGACAGAAAUGAUGCUGGAAAGUAUACUCUGACCCUGGAAAACAGCAGUGGUUCCAAGUCCGCAUUUGUUUCUGUCAAAGUACUUGAUACACCAGGAGCACCCGUAAACUUCACAGUGAAAGAUAUUAAGAAAAACUCUGUCAACCUUGUUUGGGAGCCCCCACUCAUUGACGGAGGCGCGAGGGUCAAGCAUUAUUUUGUUGAGAAGCGUGAAUCCACCAGGAAAGCUUAUUCCAACAUUUCGAACAAGUGUACAAGGAACAGUUUCCAUGUGGGAGAUCUCAAUGAGGGGGUAAUUUAUUACUUCAGAAUUAUGGCUGAGAAUGAAUAUGGUGUAGGCCUGGCAGCAGAAACAGCUGAGCCAGUGAAGACAUCAGAAGUCCCUCUGCCUGUAGGAAAGGUCACGUUGACUGAGGUGACUAAGACAACCGCUUCGAUGGCAUGGGAAAAACCAGACCAUGACGGUGGAAGUAGGAUAAUGGGAUACUACAUAGAAAUGCUGCCUGCAGGAUCAGAAGAAUGGAUCCUAUCCACAACCACAAAGACAUGUGAGGGAACUGUAGAAGGCCUAACCGCAGGUCAAGAAUACCAGUUCAGAGUUUCAGCCUUUAAUGACAAAGGAAAGAGUGACACAAGGGUAUUAGCUGUGCCUGUCAUAGCUAAAGAUGUGACUAUUGAACCUAGUUUUGUAAUGGCAUUCAACACCUUUAGUGUCCAACAUAGUGAAGAUCUGAAGAUGGAAAUACCAGUGAGAGGAUGCCCAGCACCAAAAGUGGUAUGGACAAAAGAUGGACAGGCAAUCAAAGAGACAACCAGGCUGAAUGUUUCAAGAACAGCAUCAUCAACAAUCCUUGCUAUAAAAGAGGCAACAAGAGUGGAUUCUGGAAAGUACAAGAUCACAGCUACCAACAGUGUAGGAGAAAAAGUUGCAGAAAUCGGAGUGAUCAUCCUCAAUAAACCUGGCCCAGUCACAGGGCCUAUAAAGAUUGAGGAAGUGAGUUCCAAUUAUGUAAACCUUGCAUGGGAACCACCUGCGUACACAGGAGGAUGUCAAAUAAACAAUUACAUUGUGGAAAAGCGUGACACAACAACCGUAGCAUGGCACUGUGUGUCUGCAACCGUUGCAAGAACAACUAUCAAAGUUACCAAGCUGAAAACCGGUACUGAAUACCAGUUUAGGGUGUUUGCAGAAAACAGAUAUGGAAAGAGUCCGUCAUUGGACUCAGCAGCUGUUGUUGUGCAGUAUCCUUUCAGUGAACCUCUUGCACCUGGUACUCCAUUUGUGUCAUCAGUAACUAAGGACAACAUGGUUGUUGAAUGGAAAGUACCAACCAGUGAUGGAGGCAGUCCAAUCCUUGGUUACCACCUUGAACGCAAAGAGAAGAACAGCAUUCUCUGGACUAAGUUGAACAAACUGCUCAUUCCUGACUGUCGAUUCAAAACAAAUGAACUUGAAGAGGGCAUUGAAUAUGAAUUCAAGGUCUUUGCUGAGAACAUUGCUGGCAUAAGUCCACCUAGCAAGAUUUCUGAUGUUUGUGUUGCCAGAGACCCAUGUGAUCCUCCUGGUACCCCUGAGGCUAUUGAUAUUACCAGGAACCACGUUACACUGUCAUGGACAAGGCCUCAUUAUGAUGGUGGUAGCCUGAUCACAGGCUAUGUUGUUGAAAGGAAGAAGCUUCCUGAUGGCCGUUGGAUGAAGGCUAGCUUCACAAACGUAAUUGAGACUCAAUUUACAAUCUCAGGUCUGACUGAAGAGUGUGAGUAUGAAUUUAGAGUAAUUGCAAAGAAUGCUUCUGGUAUUUUCAGUACUCCAUCUGAAAGCACUGGAGCAAUUACUGCUAAAGAUGAAAUUGAAGCACCAACAGCAUCAAUGGAUCCCAAGUUCAAGGAUUCUAUUGUCGUCCAUGCUGGUGAAACAUUUGUUAUUGAAGCUGAUAUUUUGGGAAAACCACUCCCUGAAAUCACAUGGUUGAAAGAUGGAAAAGAAAUUGACCAAACUACCCCAAGAAUGGAGAUCAAAACUACCAUUCAACGCACUAUUCUAACAGUCAAGGAAUGUAUCAGAGUAGAUGGUGGACACUUUGUCCUGAGUCUUAGCAACGUUGGUGGGACAAAAUCUAUUCCCGUCAACGUGAAGGUUCUUGAUAGACCUGGUCCACCCGAAGGUCCAAUGAAGAUAACUGGCGUGACUGCAGAGAAAGCCUAUCUUCACUGGAGUCAUCCAUUGCAUGAUGGCGGUGCCAGCUGUUCUCAUUAUAUCAUUGAAAAGAGGGAAACCAGCAGACUGUCAUGGACUGUAGUUGAACCCAGAAUCCAAGCUAUCAGCUACAAAGUGACUAAACUCUUGCCUGGCAAUGAGUACAUCUUCAGAGUUACGGCAGUGAAUAAGUUUGGCAUUGGUGAACCUCUUGAAUCAGACCCAGUUAUUGCACGUAAUCCUUUCGUGACACCCAGCGCUCCCUCAACACCUGAAGCAAGUGCUAUUACAAGGGACUCAAUGGUCCUUACAUGGGAACGUCCAGAAGAUAAUGGUGGCUCAGACAUUGAUGGCUAUGUCCUGGAGAAAAGAGAUAAAGAUGGAGUUAGAUGGACCAAAUGCAACAAGAAAAGACUUAAUGACAUCAGGUUCAGAUGCACCGGACUCACCGAGGGACAUUCCUUUGAGUUCAGAGUAUCUGCUGAAAAUGCUGCUGGUGUGGGAGUGCCAAGUGCACCAACAGAAUACAUAAAAGCCUGUGAUGCCACAUAUCCACCUGGUCCUCCUAACAACCCUAAGGUGACAGACCACUCAAGCACAACUGUGUCCCUCUCAUGGGCAAGACCCAUUUAUGACGGUGGAGCAGCCAUCAAAGGGUAUGUUGUUGAGAUGAGAGAAGAAGGGGGUGAUGAAUGGAUAACCUGUACACCAUCAACUGGUGUCCAAGCAACACACUUCACAGUGAAAAAACUGAGGGAAAAUGCAGAAUACUAUUUCCGCAUCUGUGCAAUUAACAUUGAAGGAGUUGGUGAGCAUGCUGAUGUUCCAGGGUCUGUAGUUGCAUCUGAAAGAAUUGAGGCCCCUGAGAUUGAACUUGAUUCAGACCUUAGGAAAAUGGUCCAAGUACGAGCAAGUGCAACACUGCGUUUGUUUGUCACAAUCAAAGGAAGACCUGAACCUGAAGUAAAGUGGUCCAAGAUGGACGGCCCUCUUACUGAGCGUGCCCAAAUUGAGGUCACAAGCUCCUACACAAUGCUUGUCAUCGACAAUGUCAACAGAUUUGACACUGGCAAGUAUGUGUUGACUCUUGAGAACCUUAGUGGUCAAAAAUCGGCAUUCAUUAAUGUCAGAGUGUUGGACUCACCAAGUGCCCCUGAGAACUUUUUAGUCAAGGACAUUAAGAGAGAUUCUGUAUCACUAUCCUGGGAGCCUCCUAUGAUUGACGGUGGAGCUAAAGUCACACAUUACAUUGUGGAAAAGAGAGAUACUACAAGACUGGCAUUUACAAGUGUUUCAAAUAACUGUGUAAGAAAUUCCAUGAAGAUUGAUGACCUUACAGAGGGUGGAAUUUACUAUUUCCGCGUCAAAGCUGUCAAUGAGCUUGGUGUGGGUUUGCCAGCAGAAACAACAGAACCAAUCAAGGUAUCCCAAGCCCCCUUGCCUCCAGGUAAAGUUACAGUUGUAGAUGUUUCUCGUGACAGUGUGUGUCUCGCAUGGGAAAAGCCUGAUCAUGAUGGUGGUAGUAAAAUCACAAGCUACACAGUAGAAAUGCAAACCAAGAGUGAUGAGAAAUGGACUGUAUGCACUGAGAUUAAAGCAUUGGAAGCAACUAUUGGUGGACUCACAACUGGAGAGGAAUAUGCAUUUAGGAUUACUGCUGUCAAUGAUAAAGGCAAGAGUGAACCUAAGCCACUUGCAGAUCCUGUCGUAGUAAAGGACAUUACAAUCAAACCUAUCAUCGAUCUGAUGUUCAACACAUACAGUGUCAAGGCAGGAGACGAUCUAAAGAUUGAUGUUCCAUUCAGAAGCAGACCUGAACCUGAGGUUGCAUGGAAAAAAGAUGGAGCUGUAUUGAAGCAGACAACCAGGGUGAAUGUUCUAGCAGCUAAGAAUUCAUCAAAAAUUACAAUCAAAGAUGCAACCAGGGAGGACUUUGGGAAGUAUGAGAUCACUUUAACCAAUGCAGUUGGCAAGAAAUCAGCCACAAUAGCUGUUAUCAUCUUGGAUAAACCUGGCACACCAAGUGCAAUCAAAGUAGAUGAAGUAAGUGCUGACAAUAUUUCACUGUCUUGGGAUGCUCCACUCUAUGAUGGAGGAUGUCAAAUCAACAACUAUGUUGUGGAGAAGAGAGAUACCACCACUACAACAUGGCAGAUUGUUUCAGCCACAGUUGCCAGAACAUCAAUUAAAGUUCCCCGCUUGACACAAGGCACUGAAUAUCAGUUCCGUAUUGCAGCUGAAAACCGCUACGGCAAGAGCCAUGCCGUGGACUCCGCGCCAAUUGUUGCACAGUACCCCUUCGAGACACCUGGCCUUCCCACUUCCCUCCAUGUUGCCCAUGCUACAAAGUCUGGCAUAUUGGUUGCAUGGGGUAAACCAGCCAGUGACGGUGGAAGUCCAGUCAUCGGUUAUCACCUGGAAAUGAAAGACCAUAGCAGUAUUCUCUGGACAAAGAUCAACAGAGGUCUCAUUGCUGAAACAGAAUUCAAAGUAAUUGGUAUUGAGGAAGGCUUGCUGUAUGAGUUCCGUGUUUAUGCUCAGAAUGUUGCUGGAAUUGGACCUUGCACCAAAGCAUCUGAGCCUGUAGCUGCAAGAGAUCCUUGUGAUCCACCUGUUAACCUUGAGGUCAUUGACAUCACAAGAACUUCAGUUUCCAUUACUUGGCAGGCGCCAGAGAAUGAUGGUGGAGCCAAGCUGACUGGCUACAUUGUUGAACACAGGGAGCUUCCAGAUGGGCGUUGGCUGAAAUGCAAUUUUGCCAAUCUCCAGGACACAUACUUUGACAUUACAGGCCUUACGGAGGACGUACAAUAUGACUUCCAUGUUAUUGCAAAGAAUGCAGCUGGAUUACUCAGUGAGCCAUCACUGGGCACAGGUGCCAUCACAGUCAAGGAUGAGGUGGAUUCACCUCGCAUUGAGUUGGAAGACAGGUUUAGGCAAUUAGUAGUUGUCAAAGCUGGAGAUAUUUUGAGAAUUGAUGCAGAUAUUUCUGGGCGCCCACGUCCAGUCAUUGCAUGGACAAAGGAUGGUAAAGAAAUUGAUGCCAAGGCAAGAGUGGAGAUUACUUCAACACACAGCACCACCACAUUGAUAGUCAGAGACACUAUCAGAAGGGACACUGGCCAGUACAUUGUAACUCUACAGAACGUUGCUGGUACAAGGUCCUUGGCUGUAAAUUGUAAGGUCCUUGACCGUCCUGGACCAUCCUCUGGACCAUUGGCAGUCACUGGUCUAACAGCAGAGAAGUGCACUUUGACCUGGGGACCACCUCAAGAAAAUGGUGGUGCAGAAAUCAUGCACUACAUCGUUGAGAAACGUGAAACCAGCCGUCUCGCCUGGACUUUAGUAUAUGGAGAUAUGAAGGCUACAACAUGUAAAGUCACUAAACUGCUUAAAGGAAAUGAAUACAUCUUCAGAGUAAGGGGAGUGAAUAAAUAUGGAGACGGUGAAGCCCUAGAGAGUGAGCCCACCAGAGCCAAGAAUGCAUACACUGUCCCUGCAGCACCAACAUAUGUUGAAAUCACCAGUAUCACAAGUGAUGCAAUGACAAUCUGCUGGGAAAGACCUGAAUCCGAUGGAGGAAGCAGCAUUUAUGGCUAUGUUAUUGAGAAACGAGAGAAAAUUGGAUUGCGCUGGGUACGUGUGAACAAAAAGCCUGUGUAUGACCUCAGAGUCAAGGCAUCCAAUCUCCGUGAGGGUGCUGAAUAUGAGUACAGAGUUUAUGCAGAAAAUGCUGCAGGCUUGAGUCUCCCAAGUAUUCCUACCGAAUUAACAAAGGCGGAGGAUCCCCAAUUCCUGCCAUCUCCACCACCUAAACCGAAAGUUAUUGACUCAACUAAGACUACUGUUACUCUUUCAUGGAAUAAGCCAUUGUUCGAUGGUGGUGCUCCUGUGACUGGAUACUGUGUUGAAUAUAGGAGAACAGACGAAUAUGAUGAUGACUGGUGUGUCGGUGUUUCAAACACAAAAAACACUGAAUUCACCAUCGUUGGAUUAACUUCUGGAGCAGAAUAUCUGUUUGUGGUCAAAUCUAUCAACAAGAUUGGUCUCAGUGAGCCAAGCCCCCCUACGGAUCCACAGGUGGCUAAAGAGAGAGAAGAGGAACCAGUAUUUGAUAUCAGCAAUGAAAUGCGAAAGACAAUCAUUGUAAAGGAUGGCAGUUCAUUCACCCUAACUGUGCCAUUCAGGGGCAAGCCUGUCCCUAAUGUUAUGUGGACCAAGGCUGCUGUUGAUCUGAGAGUUAGGGCCAGUAUUGAUACCACUGACACAUUCACGUCUAUCACAGUGGAACAAGCAACAAGAGAUGACUCUGGAAAAUAUAUUGUGACUCUCCAAAAUAUAGCUGGAAAAGUCGCAUGCACAUUAAAUGUCAGGGUUCUUGACUCUCCUGGGCCACCAUCUCAUGUUGGGGUCAAGGAUGUCACGAAGACAUCUGCAACAGUUACAUGGGAUACUCCAGAUAAUGAAGGCGGUGCUGCUGUAAAGAACUACCUUGUUGAUAUUCGUGAGGCAAGCAAAAAGGGAUGGACCAGACUCACAGAUACCUGCCCUCGUCUGACCUACAAAGUGACAGACCUGGUGGAGGGAGGAGUGUACUACUUCAGAGUCUCUGGUGAAAAUGAAUAUGGAGUUGGCGUAUCAGCUGAGACCAAAGAUGGAGCAAAGAUUACAGAAAAACCCAGUCCACCAGCAUCACUUGGAGUCAGCGAUAUAACCAAGGAAAGUGUUUCACUUGCAUGGGGCAAGCCUGAGCAAGACGGAGGUAGCAGAAUCACCAGUUACCAAAUUGAUGCUCUUGAGAAGGGUCAGGAUAAAUGGGUGAAAGUUGGUGUCACCAAGUUCACCCACUUGGUGGUCUAUGGCCUGACGCAAAAUGCUGAAUACUUCUUCAGAGUUCGUGCUGAAAACCAUGCUGGAUUCAGUGACGCUAAAGACAUGAUUCUGCCUGUAACAGUUAAAGACCAGCAUGACCCUCCUGAGAUCAACAUGAAGAAGUUCCCUCACAAUACAGUCUACGUCAGAGCAGGAUCAAACCUGAAAUGUGAGAUCCCACUUACUGGUAGACCAAUGCCAAAGGUUUCUCUUUCAAAGGACAAUGUUGCACUGAAGUCAACUACGAGAUUCAACUCUGAAGUAACCCCUGAAUACCUCAUCAUUACUCUCCGUGAGAGCAUUGCUAUUGAUUCAGGAAGGUAUGACAUCUGUGCCUCCAACACAAGUGGAACCACCAAGUCUUUCGUUAACAUUGUGGUCCUGGAUAGACCAAGCGCCCCAGUUGGUCCUAUUGAAAUGACUGAUGUGACAGAGGACAGUGUGAGUCUGAAGUGGUCUCCUCCUCGUUAUGACGGUGGAAGCGUCAUUUCAAAUUACAUAAUCCACAAACGUGAAACAACCAACGCCAACUGGACUGAGGUCUCCUCGGCUGUCGCAAGAUGCACCAUGAAAAUCAUGAAGCUUACAACAGGACUGGUGUACCAGUUCAGAAUCAGGGCUGAGAAUCGCUACGGCAUCAGUGAGCACAUCGACUCUCCAACCGUCAGAGUGGAUCUGCCCUACACCAUCCCUGUAGCUCCAUCAGCUCCUAUGGUUACAUCUGUAACCAGAGAGAGCAUCACUGUAGCCUGGAAGGAGCCAGCCUCCAACGGAGGAAGCCAUGUUUUUGGAUACCACCUCGAGAUAAAGGAUAGAAACAGCAUCUGUUGGCAGAAGGUUAACAAGACUGUUAUCCGUGCCACACACUACAAGGUGCCAAACAUAGCUGCCGGCCUCAUCUAUGAGUUCAGGAUCGUUGCAGAAAACGCAGCUGGAUGCAGUCCACUCAGCAAGAUCUCAGACGCAGUACUUGCAAUUGAUGCUUGCGAGGCUCCAACCAAUGUCAGGAUCACUGACAUCACAAAGACUUCCAUCAGCAUCGCAUGGCAGAAGCCCAAUUAUGAUGGUGGUAGCAAGAUCACAGGAUACCUGAUUGAGAAGAAAGAGGGCGAGAAAGACAGAUGGACGAAGGCCAACUUGACCAACGUUUCCGAAACACAUUAUACUGUGACAGGACUUACUCAGGAUGAGACCUAUGAAUUCAGAGUCAUGGCAAAGAAUGCAGUUGGAUCAGUUAGCAAUCCAUCCAUCAUUGCAGGCCCUGCAACUUGUGUGGAUACAUAUGGUGCCCCUGAGAUUGAAAUUCCUGAUGAAUAUCGCGAGGUUGUGAAACACAAAGCUGGAACCACUGUCGAGCUUAGAUUUGGAAUCAUUGCCAAACCAGCACCUACAAUUGAGUGGUACAAGGACGGAAAGGAACUUGACCCCAGGACCCAGGCUCAGCUGGUACAGAACAACGCUGCUGAUAGUUCAACUCUUAUCAUCAGAGAUACCACACGUCUCAACUCUGGAACAUAUGAAAUGAGACUGAAGAACUCUUUGGGCUCAGCAUAUGCCUACGUCAGAGUACAAAUUAUGGAUAAACCUGGACCACCACCUGGCGAGAUUCAGCUCAAGAAGGUCACUGCUAACAGUAUCACCAUCAUGUGGGAUCCUCCAGAGGAUGAGGGUGGUGCUAUGGUCACCCACUACAUUGUGGAGAAACGGGAGGCCAGCAGAAUUCAAUGGUCCAUUAUCUCUGAGAAUUGGGCGGAAUGUAUCGUGAAUGUCCCAAGACUGAUCAAAGGCAAUGAGUACAUCUUCAGAGUCCGAGGAGUUAACAAAUAUGGAGUUGGAGACCCACUGGAAUCUGAACCCGUAGAGGCAAAGAAUGCAUUUGUUCCUCCAAGUCAACCUUCCAAGCCUCAAGUCACCAUGAUCACACACUCUUCAAUGACAGUGGUAUGGGAAAGACCUGGAAUUGAUGGCGGAAGUGACAUAAAUGGAUAUUACCUGGAAAAACGAGAGAAGACAAGCUUGCGUUGGUUCAAGGUUAUCAAAGACACCAUUCGUGACACAAGACAGAAAGUCAGCAACCUGCUCACUGGAAAGGACUAUCAGUAUCGUGUAUGUGCCGUUAACAAGGCUGGAGCUGGUCCGUACUCCAAAGAGUCUGACCUCUUCAAAGCUGCUGACGCAGUUGACGUACCAGGUGAACCAACCAAACUCAGAGUAGUCGACUCCACCAAAACAUCCAUCACCCUGGGCUGGGUUGCGCCAGUGUAUGAUGGUGGCAGCGAGAUCACCAGCUACAUUGUUGAGCAGAUGAACUCUGAAGAAAGGGAAUGGGUUGUCAUCAGCCACAAUGGAGAAGUGAGGACAACAGAGUAUGUUGUGAAUCACCUGAAACCAGGAACAUAUUACUUCUUCCGUGUAUCCGCAGUCAACUGUCUGGGACCCAGUCAACCAAUCGAGAUGUACCAGCCUGUUCAAUCCAAGGAUAUUCUUGAGGAAGCCGAUCUCAAUUUGGAUGUUCCCAUGACAACUCAAUACACUGCCAAGGCAGGAAGGGAUAUUGAGGUGUUUAUUCCACUGAAGGGCAGACCUGCACCAAACUGUACAUGGAGAAGACAUGAGAAGAACAUGGCCAGCGAUGCAAGAUACACUAUCACCAGCACAGAACGUACAACAGUUCUUGUCAUUCCAAAGGUCACCCGCGACGACUGCGGCAAAUACUACCUGGAGAUUGAGAAUGGUGUUGGAGAGUCCAAGUUCAUCACUGUGUCUGUUAAGGUUCUUGACACCCCAUCCACUUGCCAGAAACUGAUCAUCAAGAAUGUCACCAGAGGCAAGUUGACCCUGAGCUGGGAUGCUCCUCUAAUCGAUGGUGGUUCCCCAAUCACCAACUACAUUGUGGAGAAGAAAGAUGCUAAUAACAGAGCGUAUACAGUCGUGUCAUCAGAAUGCCCCAACACAUCAUACAAGAUUGACGGUCUGUCGGAUGAAAUCGCCUACUUCUUUAGAGUGUCUGCUGAGAAUGAGCAUGGUACUGGUGAUACAUGUGAGACUGCAGAGCCAGUCAGGGCCACUGAGACCCCCGGACCAGUCAAAGAGCUGGUCGUGACAGACGCUACCAAGACAUCAGUGACUCUUCACUGGACCAAGCCUGACCAUGAUGGAGGUAGCCACAUUUCAGACUAUGUCAUUGAGACAAAAACUAAAGAGGACGAAACCUGGACUGUUGCUACAACAUGCAAACGUUGCACAUGUGAAGUUAAAAACCUGAAGGAAAACUCUGUUGUAGACUUUAGAGUGUUUUCUAAGAAUGAGAAUGGCAACAGUGACUUCUCUCAGAUUGGGCCCAUAACAGUAAAGGAGUUCAUUAUUCCACCUGAGGCCAACAUGAUAGAUUAUCCAAAUGGCGAACUCUUUGUUCGCGUCGGUCAAAACAUCCAUAUUGAGUUGCCAUUUAAGGGUAAACCAAAACCAUCCGUUGGAUGGAUGAAGGAAAACAUUCCCUUGAAAGAAAGUGAACAGAUUCGCUUCCGUGAAACAGACAACAAAGUGUCUAUAACAGUCAGAAGUGCAAAGAAAGAGAAUGCAGGCCUAUACACAUUGAUUCUGGACAACAGGCUUAUCAAGAACUUCUUUGAUAUCAAUGUGAUCACUCUCGGACCCCCCUCUGUGCCAGUUGGACCGGUCCGAUUUGAUGAGAUCAAAGCACAGGGCAUCAUUAUAUCUUGGGAUGAACCACAGGACAAUGGAGGUGGAGACAUCACUUGCUACAGUGUGGAGAAACGAGAGACGGCCCAGGCUAACUGGAAAAUGGUUUGCUCUAGUGUGGUGAGGACAACGUUCAAGAUACCCAACCUUGUCAAGGGCACAGAGUACCAGUUUAGAGUGCGUGCAGAGAACAAAUAUGGAGUGAGCAAUCCUUUGAAUUCACCAGACGUGAUCGCCCAACACCAGUACAUGCCACCAGGUGCACCAGGAAAACCAGUCACAUACAACAUUACCAGUGAUGGCAUGACUAUCCAAUGGGAAGCACCCAGCUUUGAUGGUGGCUCACCAAUCACUGGCUACCAUGUUGAAAAGAAGGACAGAAACAGCCUUCUGUGGACCAAGGUCAAUUCCAGCAUAAUAUCUGCCCGUGACUACAGAAUCAUUCAGCUGAUUGAAGGACUGGAGUAUUCCUUCAGAGUCUAUGCAGAGAAUAAUGCUGGCCUGAGUCUUGUCAGUGAACAGAGCAAGCAUGCCCUUGCAAUCUCCCCAGUUGAUCCACCUGGUACUCCUAACGUCAUUGAUGUCACACGAGACACCGUCACACUUAAAUGGGAUACACCCAAGAAAGAUGGAGGCUUUAAGAUUGUGGGGUACAGUGUGGAGCGACGCCAAGGCAGAGGCAAAUGGUUGAGAUGCAACUUCACAGACAUUAGUGAUUUGCAAUUCACCAUCACCGGACUUUCUGCUGGUGAUCGCUAUGAAUUCAGAGUGAUUGCCAGAAAUGCUGUCGGCACAGUCAGUCCACCAACGCAGUCUUCUGGCUAUGUCAUGACUAAAGAUGAAAGUGUUUCACCCGACAUUGAGUUCAGUGCUGAUACUGCUCUUGUGUACAAGGCUGGUGAAAACAUCAAACUGAACUGCAGUAUCACUGGACGACCAGUGCCUCAGGUCAUAUGGUACAAGAACGGUAAAGAGGUCGACAAGAAGAUGUUGAUUGAUAUCACAACUAACAUCGGCUCCAGCAGCCUUUUCAUCAGAGAUGCUGAUCGCGACCACCGCGGAGUGUACAUGGUGGAAGCCAAGAACAGCUCUGGAACAAAGACAGAGAGUGUCAACAUCAGAGUCUCAGAUACCCCUGGACCACCUGAGGGACCAGUGCGUUUCACUGGUAUCACUACAGAAAAGGCAACUGUCUGGUGGAACCCGCCAGAGAACGAUGGAUGUGCUGCAAUCCUCUAUUAUACGGUGGAGAAGAGAGAAACAUCUAGGAUCUCCUGGGCAAUGGUGACAAGCAAGUGUGAAGCUUGUUCAUUCAACGCCACCAAGCUGAUCAAGGGAAACGAGUACCAGUUCCGUAUCUCUGCUGUCAACAAGUUCGGAGUUGGACGUCCACUUGACUCUGAUUCAUUCAUUGCACAGAUGCAAUUCACUGUUCCAGAAGCCCCAGGAACACCAGAUGCCACAAAUGUGACUGGAGACACCAUCACAAUAGGCUGGACAAGACCCAGAUCAGAUGGUGGAAAUGAGAUCAAGCACUACAUCCUGGAGAGACGUGAGAAGAAGAGUUUGCAAUGGGUGAAGGUUUCAUCCAAAAGACCAAUCACUGAGCUCAGACACAGAGUGACACACCUGACCGAAGGUAAUGAAUAUGAAUUCCGUGUCAUGGCUGAAAAUGGUGCCGGAAUCGGACCAGCAAGCAGCACAUCAAGACUCUUCAAGUGCAAAGAGCCAACAAGCGCACCAAGUGCUCCUUCACUGGUGAAGGUUACCGACUCCACAAAAUCAUCUGUCACCCUGGAAUGGAUCAAGCCUGUGUUCGAUGGUGGAAUGGAGAUAAUUGGCUAUAUCAUUGAGAUGUGCAAGGCAAGCCUUAAUGAAUGGCACCAAGUCAAUAGAACAACUUGCAUCAACACCACAUACACCGCUAAAGGUUUAAUGGCUGGUGAGGAAUAUAGGUUCCGUGUGCGUGCAGUGAAUGGGUCUGGAAAAGGAGAAGCAUGUGCAGUUCCUAAUCCAGUGCAAGCUGUUGAUAGACUGACGUCACCAGAAAUCACCCUUGAUGCAGACUUCAAACAGACACAUGUCGUGAAGAACGGUGCCACCGUCACUCUUCAUAUUGCCUUCUGUGGUAAACCAGCUCCGCUGGCGACAUGGACCAAGGCAAGUGGAGAACUUGGUGUUAUGACAGAUGUCAACACAACUGACACAUACAGUACCUUGACCAUUGAGAGCUGUACCAGAUAUGACUCUGGGAAAUAUACCUUAUCUCUUGAGAACAACGGUGGCCGCAAAUCUAUCACAUUUACCGUGAAGGUGCUUGAUACACCUGGACCUCCAGGAGCUAUCAGCUUCAAGGAUGUGACCAGAGGAGCUCUGACAAUGCUGUGGGAUGCUCCAGCCAACGACGGUGGAGCCCGUAUUCAGCACUACAUCGUAGAAAAGCGUGAGGCUAGUCGUCUCAGCUGGAAGUCAGUCAGCGAAAAAUCCUCACGUCAAAUGAUCAGAAUGACCAACCUAGGCAUAGGUGUGCCUUACCUGUUCAGAGUCAUCGCUGAAAAUAUGUAUGGCAGGGGAGAACCCUGUGAGAUGACUGAACCAAUUACUGCAACUGAGGUGCCUGCUCCACCCAAGAGUCUUGACGUCAUUGACACUACUAAUUCCACUGCUAUCUUGGCCUGGCUGAAACCUGAACACGACGGUGGCUGCCGCAUCACAGGUUACAUUGCUGAAGCCAAAGCAAAAGACUCUGAUCGCUGGGUUGUUGGCGGUCAAACCAAACUCCUGAAGUUAGUCAUUGAGGGCUUGAUUGAGAACACAGAAUAUGACUUCCGCGUCAAGGCUAUCAAUGAGGCUGGUAUCAGUGUCCCAAGAGAUGCCUUAGCAUCCGUUGUCAUCAAGGAGCCUAAGAUUGAGCCCACAGCAGAUCUCAGUGGCAUAACCAACCAGCUCAUCACAUGCAAGACUCAUGAUGCAUUCACCAUUGAUAUCCCCAUCAGUGGCAGACCAGCUCCAAAGGCCACCUGGAAACUGGAAGAGAUGAAGCUAAAAGAGACUGAUAGAGUGAUCAUCAAGACUACUACAGAAAGGACCACCCUGGUGGUAAAAGACAGCAAGAGAGCAGACAGUGGAAAAUACUACCUCACUCUGGACAAUGCCGCCGGAGCAAAGACAUUUGCUGUUACUGUCAACGUUGUUGGAAGACCCACUCCACCAGUAGGACCCAUUGGAAUCUCUGCAGUGUCAUCAGAUGGCUGUUCAUUGGCUUGGACAGCACCAGAGGAUGACGGUGGAACGGAUAUAGACAACUACAUCAUUGAGAAACGUGAAUCUGGAUCUACAUCCUGGCAAGUGGUGAACUCAAGUUGUAAACGCACCACGAUCAAAGUCAGCCAUCUGACCAAAUACAUGGAGUACACCUUCCGUGUCUCUGCUGAGAGCAAGUAUGGCGUGAGCAAGUCCAUCGAAUCCUCAGCUGUUGUCAUUGAGCAUCCAUUCGUUCCACCAAGUCCACCAACCCGCCCAGAUGUGGUGACAGUAUCUGCUAAUGCUAUUGGGAUCAAGUGGGAUCUGCCAUAUGCUGAUGGCGGCAGCAAGGUGACUGGAUACUGGAUAGAGAAGAAGGAGAGAAACACCAUUCUUUGGGUCAGGGAGAACAAGCUCCCAUGCCUGGAUACCCAAUUCAAAGUCUCCAGUCUCAUUGAGGGCCUGGAGUACCAGUUCAGAGUUUAUGCAAUGAAUAUUUCUGGUCUCAGCAAAGCCAGUGAGGCCUCAAGACCAGUAGUGGCUUUGAACCCAGUCGAUCCUCCUGGUAAACCAGAGGUGACUGAUGUCACAAGGUCCUCAGCUACUAUUGCAUGGGGUAUACCAUUCAAUGAUGGUGGCAGCAAGAUUGUCGGAUACGUCGUGGAGCGCAAGCCAUGGAGUGAUGAUGAGUGGGAUGAUGCCCACUGGUUGAAGUGUAACUACACCACCAUCACUGAGACUCACUUCACAGUCAGAGGACUGGGUGAAGGAGAAAUCUUUGAAUUCCGUGUCAUUGCCAGAAAUGGAGCCGGAGUUCACAGUGCACCAUCUGAAACAACAGGACCGAUCACCUGCAAGGAUGAAUACACUCCUCCCAAAGCUGAACUUGACAGCUCUCUUGUUGGAGAGCACGUCACUGUCCGGGCUGGGUCAGACCUGGUCCUUGAUGGUGUAGUUGGUGGUAAACCCGAACCCAUAGUAUGGUGGGCCAAGGGUGACAAGGUCCUGGAGCUGGGAGAGAAAUACUCCCUGACAUAUACCAGCUCAAGAGCCAUGGCCAUCAUCAAGUCCUGCAACAGAAAUGACACUGGAAGAUAUGUUCUGACCGCGAAGAACGCCAGUGGAACCAAGACAGUGGCUGUCAAUGUUAAAGUACUCGAUACACCAGGGCCUCCUGAGGACAAGAUCACAAUCACCAGGGUGACAGAGGAGAAGUGCACUGUGUCUUGGAAGAUCCCUCUGGAGGACGGUGGAGAUCUGGUCACUCAUUACAUUGUUGAUAGGCGUGAGACCAGCAGACUCAACUGGGUGAUCAUGGAGACUGAGUGCAAGACUCUGUCUUGUGUCAGCUCCAAACUGAUCAAGAACAACGAGUACGUCUUCCGUGUCAGAGGAGUCAACAAGUUCGGACCUGGUGUGCCCUUGGAGUCCGAGCCUGUCAUCGCCAGAAACGCAUACACUAUCCCAUCACAACCUGGAGCACCAGAGGUCACGGCUGUAGGAAAAGAGCACGUCAUCAUUGAAUGGAUGAAACCUGAGAGUGAUGGUGGAAGUGAGAUCAAGAAUUACCUGGUGGACAAACGUGAGAAGAGCAGCUCCAGAUGGACCAGGGUCAAUAAGACCUUUACCAUCUACGACAUCCGCCUGAAGAUCUCUGGUCUGCUGGAAGGCAGUGAUUACCAGUUCCGGGUUACAGCCGUGAAUACAGCUGGAAACAGCCAGCCCAGUGAAGCCUCUCAGUAUGCCUACUGUAGAGAGCCAACAUACACUCCAGCCCCUCCUUCAAUUCCACGUGUGAUAGAUUGCACCAAGCAUAGCAUUAGCUUGCAAUGGACCAGACCAAUGUAUGAUGGUGGUGCUGAUGUUGUUGGCUACGUGGUGGAGGUGCUUGAGGAAGGAACCGAGCAGUGGUACAGGGCCACUCAGAAGACUCUGAAGACCAAUUCGUUUGUUGCCGCUGGACUUCAAAGCAACAAGAAGUACAGCUUCCGCGUCGCAGGAGUCAAUAGUAAUGGCACUGGGGAAUUCAGCGAACCAAGUGUGGAAAUUGAGCCGGUUGAGAAACUUUCAAUCCCUGAUCUUGAUCUUCCUGAUGAUCUGAAGAAGACUGUGUGUCUGAGAGCUGGUAACACUCUGAGGCUGUUUGUCAAUGUGACUGGAAGACCUGCACCAGUAUUGACCUGGAGGAAACCUGGCAUUGACCUGCAGAGCCGUGGGUUCAUUGAUACAACUGACAGUUACACUCAACUGAUUGUUGAGAAGGUCCAUCUCGAUUCUGGCAAAUACACCAUUGAGGCUGAAAAUCCAUCUGGCAAGAAAUCAGCAACCAUUCUCGUCAAAGUUUAUGACACUCCUGGACCACCCGGUUCAGUUAGAGUCAAAGACUACACAAAGGAGUCUGUCGUCAUCACAUGGGAUGUACCAAGUAUUGAUGGUGGAGCCCCUGUGAACAACUACAUCAUUGAGAAACGUGAAGCUUCAAUGAAAUCCUACAAGACCGUUACAACAGAAUGCAGGAAGACCUUGUUCAGAAUCACUGGCCUGGAGGAAUCAGUACACUACUUCUUCAGAGUGUUACCAGAGAACAUAUAUGGUGUUGGAGAACCAUGUGAAAUCCCUGAAUCAGUAUUGAUCUGUGAAGUUCCCAGCAUUCCUCAGGAUCUGCACAUUGUGGAUGUCGCCAAGACCUCAGCAAUCCUGAACUGGGAAAGACCUCUUCACGAUGGUGGAAGCAGACUGACGUGCUACGUCAUUGAAGCUAACAUCGUUGGAUCAGACAGAUGGAGUGCAGUGGCCACCGUUAAACAGUCCAUGUCCCAGCACACCGUCACUGGUCUGACAGAGAAGGAGACUUAUCUCUUCAGAAUCAGAGCUACAAACAGCAGAGGAGUCAGUGAGCCUAGGGAGAUUACAGGACCUGUGGUCAUUCAGGAACAACUACUGGCACCCUAUAUUGAUCUGACCGGCAUUCCACAGAAGAUUGUCCAUGUACCAGCCGGUAAACCAAUCAACAUCAAUAUUCCUAUAAAAGCCCAACCUGCUCCAGUCUGCAGCUGGUCCUUCAAUGGUACAAAGAUGAAGGAUAGUCUUGACCGGGUUAAGAUUGAGUCUAAUGGAAAAUACACCAAACUGACUGUGCGUGAGACAACCAUUGAUGACACUGGUAGCUACACUCUUCAAGUGAAGAAUUCCAUAGGAACUGCAACAGAGAUACUCAAAGUUAUCAUUCUUGAUAAACCUGGAAUACCCAUUGGACCAAUCACAGUUGAUGCUGUUGAUGCCACAUCGGUAACGGUCAGCUGGGAGCCACCAGAGAAGGAUGGCGGUGCCAACGUCAGUGGCUAUGUUGUUGAGCAGCGUGACGCUCACCGCCCCGGAUGGCUACCAGUGUCUGAAUCUGUCACAAGACCCACAUUCAAGUUCACCAGAUUGUCUGAGGGAACGGAAUACGUGUUCCGUGUGGCUGCAACCAACCGCUUCGGCAUUGGAGGAUUCUUGCAGUCUGAAGUUGUUGAAUGCAAGAGUCUCAAGACCGUACCCAGUGCACCAAACAGACCUGAUGUACUGGAUGUGACUCAUGAAGGAAUGACCAUCACAUGGCAGUCACCAGAAGAAGAUGGAGGGUCCCAGGUGUCUGGAUACAUAAUUGAGCGCAAAGAGGUCAGAUCUGAAAGGUGGAUGAGCAUCGUUAAGAACCCAGUCACCAUGACCAGAUACAGAUCAUCUGGUCUGUGCGAAGGCAAUGAGUAUGAGUUCCGCGUGAUCGCCCUGAACUCAAGAGGCUCGAGCAAACCCAGUAUGGCAUCUAAACCAGCUAUCGCCAUGGAUCCCAUUGAGCCUCCUAGCACACCACAGUUCCCCAUGGUUACAGACACCACCAGAACUUCUGUGUCUCUGGCUUGGAGUCCUCCUGAGGAAGAGGGUGGUUCCGUCGUCACUGGUUACCUGAUUGAGAUGCAGAAGGUGGACCAGGUGGAAUGGACCAUGUGCAACACGACACCCAUAAAAAUCUGUGAAUACACUCUGACACACAUGCCUCAGGGAGCUGAGUACAAGUUCCGUGUGAUGGCCUGCAACGCUGGUGGACCCGGAGAGCCAGUCGAGAUCCCAGGAAUCGUCAAGGUUAUAGAAAUGCUCGACUAUCCUGACUACGAACUGGACCCCAAAUAUGAGGAAGGCUAUGUGGUCAGACAGGGAGGAGUCAUCAGGCUGUCUGUGCCAAUCAAGGGUAAACCAGUCCCUAUCUGCAAGUGGACAAAGGAAGGCCGAGAUGUCUCUCACCGAGCUAUGAUCGCCACCAAUGAUGAUAUCACUGAACUUGUGAUCAAAGAAGCCCACAGAGACGACACCGGAACAUAUGACCUGGUGCUAGAGAAUAAAUGUGGCAGAAAGGCUGUCUACAUCAAUGUUAAAGUGAUUGGACGUCCAGACGCACCGGAAGGUCCCCUUGAGUUUGAUGAUAUCCAGGCUCGCUCCGUACGAGUCAGCUGGAGACCUCCCUCUCAAGACGGUGGCUCUGAUAUCCUGGGUUACAUCGUUGAACGGCGUGAGGUAUCAAAGGUAGCAUGGUACACUGUGGACUCUAGAGUGGUGGACACAGCUCUGGUGGUCAAGGGACUGAAGGAGAAUGUUGAAUACCACUUCAAGAUCACUGCUGAAAACCAAUUUGGUGUGAGCAGAUCUCUCAAAUCAGAUGAAUGUGUCACUCCGAAGACACCCCUGUCUCCUCCAGAACCUCCAAUCAACCCACCAGAAGUUAUGGAUGUCACAAAGAGCACUGUUGCUCUAUCUUGGGGCCGACCAAAGGAUGAUGGUGGCGCCCGAAUUUCAGGAUAUUACGUUGAGCGGAGAGAGGUGUCCACAGAGAAGUGGGUGCGUCAUAACAAGACACACAUCACCACUACAAUGUACAGUCUCACUGGACUCAUCCCUGAUGCUGAAUACCUGUUCCGUGUCGUGGCACAAAACGACAUUGGUCAGAGUGAACCUGGACCAGUAUCUGAAAAUGUUAUAUGCAAAGAUCCAUUUGACAAACCCGGUCAACCAGGUGAGAUUGAUAUCAUCUCUGUUGCCAAAGACUUUAUCACUAUUCACUGGCUGCGCCCAGAAUGUGAUGGUGGCAAAGAGAUCCUGGGUUACUGGAUUGAAUUUAGACAGGCAGGAGAAAGUGCCUGGAAGAAAUGCAACAAGGAGCGUUCCAAGGACAGACAGUUCACCAUGGGUGGUCUGAUGGAGGCUACAGAGUAUGAGUUCAGAAUCCUUGCAGAAAAUGAAACCGGAAUGAGUAGACCUCGCAGGACUGCCAUGGGCAUCAAGACUAAACUGAGCUUGGGAGAGGCUCCUAGUCUCAAGGAAGACAUGGCAGAUGUCAUUGCAAAACUUGGUGAAUCAGGAACUCUGACAUGCCAGAUUAUUGGCCGUCCCCUUCCUGACAUCAGAUGGUACAGAUAUGGCAAGGAGCUGAUCCAGAGCCGCAAGUACAAGAUGAGUUCUGAUGGUCGCAACCAUUCACUGACAGUGGCCACAGAUGAACAGGAAGAUGAGGGCAUGUACACUUGCAGAGCUGUCAAUGAAGCCGGUGAAACAGAGUCCAGCGGCAAGCUGCGCUUGCAGGCCACACCUGCUUUCCACCCUGGAUUCCCAUUGAAGGAGAAAUACACUGCAGGGUGUGGAACAAGUCUUCGUCUCCAUGUUGUCUACAUUGGCCGUCCAAUUCCUCAAAUCAUGUGGUUCUAUGCAAAGAAGCCUCUCAACGCUUCUGAAAAUGUGAUCAUUGAAAACACUGAGAGUUACACUCAUCUGGUUAUAAGGAAUGUACAGCGCAAGACAAAUGCUGGAAAAUACAAGGUGCAAUUGACCAACAAAUUUGGAACUGUUGAAACCACACUCAAGGUUGAAAUUCAAGAUAAACCUACCAAACCCGAGGGGCCUAUUGUUGUUGAUGCUGUGUUGAAGAGUGCAGUGAUCAUCAGCUGGAAACCACCGAAGGAUGACGGUGGAUCAAUGAUCACCAAUUACAUUGUGGAGAAACGAGAAGCAAAGGAAGGCGAGCAGUGGCAACUUGUGUCAUCGUCAGUCUCAGGAAACACUUGCAGGAUUCCAAAUCUUAUUGAAAAUGCUGGAUACUACUUCCGUGUUUCUGCUCAGAACCAAUAUGGAGUCAGUGAGGCACUUGAGGUUCCAAGUGUUCUCAUUAUCAAGAGUCCAUUCGAAAAACCUGGAAUUCCCAUGCAGCCUGUUGUCACAGAAGUGACCAAGGAUUCUUGUCUUGUGUUCUGGAAACCACCAAAAGAUGAUGGAGGUGCAAAGAUAAAUAACUAUUUCCUGGAUAAACGAGAGAAGAAACAGAACAAAUGGAUCGCUUGUACAUCCAAUGAAAUCCACGAGACACAUUUCUCUGUAAAAGGCCUUCUUGAGGGCUUUGAGUAUGAGUUCCGUGUGAAAUGUGAAAACAUGGGUGGUGAGAGUGGUUGGAGUGAGGUGUCAGAGGCCAUCAUUCCCAAAUCAGGUCUCACAAUGAAACCUCCUGUCUUUAGAGAAGAAAUGAGGCCAGACAUGAUUGUGAAGUUUAAGUCCAAUGCUACAUUUGUCACCAAAAUUGUUGGACAUCCCAUCCCUGCCGUGAAAUGGUACAAGAAUGGCAAAGAAGUUGUUUCAGAUGGAAUCAAAAUCAAAUUGCAAGAAUUCAAGGGAGGCUAUUACCAACUUAUUAUUGCUAAUGCUGAGGACAGUGACACAGGUGUCUAUCAAGUCAGGGCAACAAACCAAGGAGGAUCCAUCUCUACAACAGUGAAUCUGACUGUUGAAGUUCCUGCCAAGAUCCACCUACCUCUAGAAUUGCAAGGCAUGGGAGCAGUCCAUGCUGUCAAGGGUGAAGUGGUUACCAUUAAGAUUCCAAUCAGUGGCAAACCCGACCCUCAAAUCCAAUGGCAGAAGGGACCAGAGAUCAUGGGAUCAUCUGCCCACACUCAAGUGAUUGUCACAAGAUCAUUUACUUCACUCGUCUUUCCUAAAGGAGUUCAGAAGAAGGAUACAGGUUACUAUGUAAUCACUGCCAAGAACCGAUUCGGAGCUGACAAACAGACCAUUGAAGUUGCCGUGGCAGAUGUACCAGAUCCUCCUAAGGGCAUUAAAGUCAGUGAAAUCACUAGAGAUUCCAUCACUCUAACCUGGAGUCCUCCUGAAAAAGAUGGCGGAAGCCCUAUCGUCAACUACAUCAUCCAGAAGUGCCCCACAUCAGGUGACAGGUGGAUCCUCGCUGGUAAAACCAACCAGCCUAAAUACACCAUGGUCGCUCUGUUUGGCAAGACAAAGUACCAGUUCCGUGUCAUUGCGGAGAACCAGUUUGGUCUAAGCGAUCAUUCUGAACCAACUGAGCCUGUUACAACAAUAGAGGAUAAAUCUGUUAUCAGAAACUACGAUGAAGAAGUUGAUGAAGCUAGAGAAAUCACCAAAGAAGAGGCUCCACAUUCAUCAAAAAUCAAGAUGGUGGCUGCCCAGUACACAAUAUCUGAAGAGCUGGCACGUGCCGGAACAUUUGGCAUUGUUCAUCGCUGUGUUGAAAACAAGUCCAAGAAGACAUUCAUGGCCAAGUUUAUCAAGAUUAAAGGUACUGAUCAGGAGCUGGUUGCUAGGGAAAUUGAGACACUCAAUCUUGCUAAACACAAAAACUUCAUGUACCUACACGAGUCCUUUGACAGUUUGGAAGAAAUGGUCUUGAUCUACGAGUUUAUCUCAGGCGUGGACAUCUUUGAACGACUUGGCACAGGCAACUUUGAGCUCUCAGAACUGGAGAUUGUUAGGUACCUGAGACAGGUGUGCUCAGCUCUGAAGUUCUUGCACAAACUCAACUAUGCUCAUUUUGAAAUCAAACCUGACAACAUUGUCUACACCACAAGAAAGAGCACAAACAUCAAAAUUAUUGAAACGGGCCAGGCUAGAUUACUGACUCCUGGAGAAAAUAUCAGAAUCAAUUUCACUGCACCAGAGUACUGUGCACCUGAAGUCCACUGCCAUGGUCUUGUCAGCACUGCAACUGACAUGUGGUCAGUUGGUGUGCUAACCUAUGUGCUCCUCAGUGGACUUAACCCCUUUGCAGCAGAAUCAACCACAAAAAUGAUUGAAAAUAUCUCAAAUGCAGAAUACAUCUUUGACAGUGAGGCCUUCAAAGAGACCAGCAUCGAAGGUAUGGACUUCUGUGACAGACUUCUGUGUAAAGACCUGAAGAAACGUAUGACUGCUCAUGAAGCUUUGGAACAUCCUUGGCUUAGGUUGAAGCUGGAACACCUCAGCACAAAGACUAUCAAAACUUUGAGACACAGAAGAUACUACCAGACAUUGGUGAAGAAAGACAGAGAGACAAUCGUCUCAGCAGCGCGUGUUGCUUUUGGUGGUGGAUUCAGGAGUUACAGAGGUUAUGCAGUUGGCAAAGUCAAGAUUGCGUACCCUGUAGAAGGUCUGAGAGCCGGUCCAGUCAUGCAUGGAUCUUCAGAGGAAGGUGGGCAUGUCAGAUUUGUUUGCAACAUUGAAAACUACGACGAAACCACAACAGCAAUUUGGUACUUUGGCACCCGCCAGUUAACAGCAAGUCACAAAUAUGAAAUCAGCUACUUCAAUGGAGUUGCUAGCAUCUACGUCAAGGAAAUUGAAACAUCUGAUGAUGGUGUCUACAGAUGCAAAGUUGUCAGUCAGGAUGGUGAAGAUAGCACCUAUGGAGAACUCUUCGUUGAAACUGUGAGAUGCUAUCGUGAACACUUUAUUGGACGCUCACUUACAAAGAAGAGAAAGCUUGAUAAGCAAAGACUUAUGCAAAGACCACCAGAGUUCACUCUGCCUCUGUACAACCGCGCUGCUUACAUCGGUGAAGAUGUUCGUUUUGGUGUAACCAUAACAGUGCAUCCAGAGCCAACAGUAACAUGGUUGAAGGCUGGACAGAAAAUCAAACGAGAUGAUAAGAAGUACACUUUCAUUAGUGACAAGGGUCUUUAUCAAUUGAUGAUCCACAAUCUUGAACUUGAUGACGAUGCUGAAUAUACUGUUAUGGCCCACAACAAGUUUGGUGAAGAUAGUUGCACCGCACGUCUGGCAGUGACACCUCACGCUGUUAGUGAAGACACCAUGAGGCCAAUGUUCAAACGGCUGUUGGCUAAUGUGGAGUGUGUAGAGGGCCAUAGUGUCCGUUUUGACUUGAGGGUCUCUGGAACACCUGCACCAACCCUGAAGUGGGAGAAGGAUGGCAGGCCAUUGGAAUUCAACCAACAAAUCGCAGUUGUCCAAGAGGAUGUAGACUAUCACGUUCUGCAUGUCAGAGAAACUCUUAUUGAGGAUUCAGGUCUUUACAAAGUUACCGCAACAAACUCUGUUGGAUCAGUGUGUUGCCAGGCCACAUUGAAGGUGGACCGAAUUACAUAUAAAAGAAGAGAAUAUAAGAGUGAGGUGGAACAACAGAAGUAUGUUCAACAACAAAUUGACAAGACACUGAAAAUGGCACAAAGCCUUUCCACCACUGAAGUUACUGGAUUCAACCAAGUGGCUCAAGAGGCUUUGAAACAUGCUGCAGACAUAUACAAGCCAGGAGUGAGCACUAAACACUGCGAGGGUGAAUUUGAUAUCACAGAAGAAAAACCAUUCGUAAAGAUUGAGGAAAGGAAACUUUGCAUGCCAUAUAAAAUUCCUGAGCCACGUGUCCAUGAUGCAAGUGCUCUGGAUGAAGACCUGUUGAUUAAACACUUUGUACCUUUGUCUGACAUGAAGUGGUACAAGAAACUCAGAGACCAGUACGAAAUGCCUGAGCGGAUGGAGAAGAUUGUACAGAAGAGACAGAAACGCAUUCGUCUCUCCAGGUGGGAGCAAUUCUAUGUCAUGCCCCUUCCUAGAAUCACUGACCAGUAUAGGCCUAGAUGGCGUAUUCCAAAGCUCACACAAGAUGACUUGGAAACAGUAAGACCAGCAAGACGGUCACCUUCUCCUGGAUCAGAGGCAUCCUUCAGAUCAAGAAGACGCUCCCUGGGUGAUAUGAGUGAUGAAGAGCUUCUGCAGCCCAUUGACGAUUACCUCUCAAUGAAGAAAGCUGAGGAGGAAAGGCUCCAACUUGACGAGGAGCUUGAACUUGGCUUCUCUGCCUCCCCACAAAGCAGCCCUGUCCGGUUCGAGUUAUCUGCUCUGCGUCAUGAAGCAAAGAAACAUGUUGCAAAAAGAGGAGUAUCACAAGUAACCGAGCACAAGGUCAAGAGAACAGAAGUUUCACAGUUCAUGAGGAGGAGAAGAUCACUGUCUCCUACAUACAUUGAGCUGAUGCGCCCUGUGUCUGAGCUGAUAAGAGCUCCUCGCCCAUGUCCUCUAGGGCCAGAGGAGAUUGUGGAAAGGAGAUCACCCACCCCUGAGAGGACACGUCCACACUCCCCCAGCCCCCCAGCUUCAGCUGAGAGAUCCUCCCGCUCAUCCUCAAGAUUUGAGAGGUCAGCCAGAUUCGACAUCAUGUCCAGAUACGAGUCAAGAAAGGCUGCACUGAAAUCUGAGCGCAAGUACCAGACAGUGACCCAAACACCCUUCAGCCUCGACCACGCCCCACGUGUGACCGUGAGAAUGCGUUCUCAUCGCGUCCCAUGUGGUCAGAAUACAAAGUUCACUCUGAAUGUCCAAGCGAAGCCUGAGGCUGAGAUCCAGUGGUUCCACAAUGGACAACUGAUUCAACAAAGUGAGAAGUUCCGCUUCACAAACAUGAGUGGAGUGCUGUCUAUACAGAUCUGUGAUUGUCAGGCAGAGGACAGUGGCACGUACCGUGUUGUUUGCUCAAACUCAAAGGGAGAAGCGUCCGACUAUGGUAUCCUUGAUGUUUCUGAAGAUGAAUUCUCCACAUAUACAUCACGUCGUAAAGAUGAGGAGGCUCCACAACCAUUUGUUCCUGAUAUCACAAAGACAGACCAUUACCACAUAUCAUCCUUCAAGGCAGCUUCCUCCUCAGCAACACACAUGGAGGUGAAGGAAAGUAAAUCAAAGUUAACUGAAACACGUGAAACAUAUGAAAGAUAUGAUACAUAUGCUUCAUCUGAAACAAAAAUUAGGGCUAUGAAGGAGUCAGAAGUUGAGCAAGUGACUGUUCAUAAAGUCAAGUUGACUCUGGCAGCCAGAAUAAUAACUAAACCACAGUCUGUAACAGUUAAUGAGGGAGAGACUGCUCGAUUCACUUGCGACAUUGAUGGCGAACCAGCACCAACUGUUACAUGGAUGCAUGAAGGACAAGUCAUUGUAUCCUCUCAUCAUCGUAUGGUGUCAACCACGCAGUACAAGUCUACCUUUGAAAUUUCCUCUGUCCAAUCUUCUGACGAAGGAAGCUACACACUGGUGGUUGAGAAUGCUGAGGGGAGACAAGAGACUCGGUUUAGCCUGACAAUUUUCAGAGCAAUUGUUGAAGAGGAGUUUGUUGUCUCAUCCCCUCCCCAAGUCAAGUCUCCUGAACCAAUCAUGUCGCCAAAGGGAGUAAAAUCACCUCCCAGAGUCAAGUCUCCUGAACCAGUUGUCUCACCUCCAAGGGUGAAGUCCCCUCCCCCAGCCAAGUCUCCUGAACCAAAAGGAGUGAAGUCACCUCCCCAAAUUGUCCAACAACUCACAGCUGAAAACUCAAAAGACAAAGUGAGAAUGUCCUGUGUAUCUGAAAGCAGCGUGAGAGAAGUUGUGUGGUACAGGAAUGGAGUGAAACUGACACAGAGCAGUCACUAUGAGUUCCACAUGUCUGUGGAUGGGCAUUGUUCCCUCAUUAUCAAUGACCUCUCUGAGAAGGACCAGGGAGAAUACUCUUGUGAGCUCAUCUCAGAAGGAGGAGUCUCAGCUAAAUCUUCAUUCUCAUUUGUCGGCCAAGUGUUCCAAUCCAUCUACACUAAAGUCACAGCUUAUGUGCAGCAACACAUGGCCAUGAAAGUGAAAACCAAACAAGUAACAAUGGGUCAAAAAGAGGCAUCUAUGGCUAUGGCUUCCCAUACAAGUUCAGAACAGGUCGUUAAGAAAGAAAUCCACGGAGGAGCUCAGAUGAUGAUGAUGGGGGAGAGUGCUGCUCUUAGUAGCAUGCAAGAAAGCUUCUCUUCCCAAUCAGCCCACAUGGCUUCUUCUAUGCACCAGGAGACCUCUUUCAGCAGCUCCAGUAUGUCGAGCAUGGCUGCUGAAAUGCAGAUGGAAACCAUGUCUCUAUCUAGCAUGUCUUCCAUGACAUCUUCCCAUACCAUGAGCUCCAGCAGUAUGACCGAAAUUAUGAGCCACUCUCACCUGGAGGGGUCCUCCAUGAGAUCCAUUGCACAGGGUAUGCUAGGUGCAACAGGUGCACCAAGAAUUGAAGCUCUCCCAGAGGAUAUAACCAUUGAACUUGGGAAGGUUCUCACCGUGGCCUGUGCUUUCUCCGGAGAGCCCACACCUAACAUCGAAUGGUCCCGCAGUGGAAAAACCCUACCUGGUGAGAAGCAAGGCGGUAGGUUCCAUAUCGAGACCUCAGAGGACCUCACUACACUCAUCAUCACCAGUGUGAAAGAGGAGGAUGCUGGAGUGUACACCCUCAAACUAUACAAUGACUUUGGAUCUGACACUGCAACAGUAACUGUAAGCAUUCGAUCAUAAAAUUUAAAAAAACAGUCCAAAUAUUUCUAUCCUCCCCUUUCCCAACUUCAAUGCUUUUUAUUUAUUAAUUUAACAAAAAAUAAUCUUACUUGAUAAAGACCUGGAUUUCUGUUAUUGUAAAUAUGAACUAUUUUUAUACCAAACAUGACAUAAAUUUAUGCCAAACUAGACUAAAGUCUAAAGUUGUUAUAAAAUGUGCCAUAUUGGAUAAUUAUGACUUAGGAUUUUUGAUCCAUUUUUCUGUGACAUGUACAUAAUGUAUAUAGCCGAAUUUAACGGUUAUGGAAAAUGUAUGAAUUGUUAUUUAUGACAAUAUUAACUGAAACAAAAGGAACUAAAUGUUUAACAGGAGAAAGUUUCACAUGAAACGAAUACCCUGAAAAACCUGAAACUAAACUCCGUGCCUCAACAAAAAGUUGAAGUCUUAAGAUUUCCUCAACAGGUAGAGAGGUUCCCUGUUGAAGUUUAUACUAAAUCAGAGAGACGAGAUGUUAGACACUGUAUGUUAUUACCUGCAGUGUUAUUAUCAUACUCCUAUGAAUUGUAACAUGAUCAUAAGACCCUGAGUGCUGUUUGCAUAAACCCUCAUGUAAGUAGCACAACUAGGCCUUGUGUUCAGACUGACUAUGUCAUAACCACCAUUUUAAUGACAUGCUCAAGGUGCGAGCGGCCUGCACUUGAGCUGAAAUGUUUUUUUUGGGGUGCUCUGUUUCUCGCAAAUGACUGCUUGAUUGAUUUUCUGAACAACAUCAACCUGGCCAUUAAAAAUUGAAAGUCCAUCAGGCACUUUUUUUGCAGAAUCAGAGCCAUCUCUUGGAGGUUUGCUUGAGUGCGUUACUUUUGUGUGUUAGCUUUAGAAUUUCACCUUUCACCAGGUGUUAGGGCAAACAUCAAGCAAGUGUACCACAGCAACAACACCUGCUGUGUUAAAAUUAAAAGAAAACCAAAUGUAUUAACUGUUCUGCCCUGCACUUUCGUUUGAUUUAAAUUAGAAUUGUAGAAUGAAAUGCAACCUCCCCUUUAUUUAAUAAAGCAUGAUAU